GCAACAGACUGAGCUCGGCCUCGUCCAAUGAAAAAAAAAGAAGCGGGCCUCCGGGAACCUAUCAGGCGCACCGGAGUGGGCGAGGGAAGGCGGCAGGAGGCUGGUCUCACACUCGCCGACAAGAUGGCGACGGCAGCGAUGGGGAUGGCCGCGCCAGCCGCUUUGUUUCCCACCAGGGCUUGAAGCUCGCCUCCCACAGACCUGAACGAAAGUGACAGGAGCUGUGGAGAAAUGACUGCGGAGCCCGUGAGGUACGCGGCGGCGCCUCGCUACUCUCCCGGCCAUGGCGGGCGGUGAGGAAUGGGAAGGCGUGGGGGGGUGGGGGAGGAGCCGGAGCUGAGGGGCGAUCGCCCUCUCUGCCUCACGCGCGUGGCCUGCCGAGAGGGCGCGGAGGACAGAUUAGACAACACCCCCCAUCCGCCGGCUCCUCCCGCCAUUUCUCCGAGGUCAUUUUAUCAGCGGCAGCUCAGGGUGGGGGAGGGAGGGAGGUUGGGGAGGGCCGGGUGUCUCCCUGCCUGCGCAUGCCCAGUGUGAGGCGAACGUCCCCUCUCCCCCCUCCACUGCGCCCCCUCCUGAGAGGCCGUUUUCUUCCCCUGGCGGGCGAGGGGGCGGGGCCACUGCAGAGGAAAGGGGCGGGGCUCCCUGCGCAGAUCCUGCCACCCGUCCCCUCCCUUCCCUGCCCCCCCCCCGCUUUUGCCGGUCACUGAUCAGAGUUGCGGGUCCCCUUCCACGCCCACCCAACCGCGCGCGCUGCUCAUAGGGCUCCUGAGCGGCCUGUCUUUUACCGGAACCAGGCCUCGGUCGUCGGGGGGCCGGCGGCAUGGUUGAUGUUGAUCGGCGGCCUCUGCACACGCUUUCCCAGAGACCUUGCGGCGCCCUUUUAAAUAGGGGCAUCGCCUAGGAAGCAUAGCUGUCAACGUUUCCCUUUUUUUAAGGGGAAGUUCCCUUAUUCCGAAUAGGAUUUCUCGGAAGAAAAGGGAAAAGUUGACAGCUAUUCUAGGAAGCCGCCUCGUGCCAUGCUACCGGUGCACGGUAGUGCAGCGUUGACUGCGCCAGUAGCCAUCCGGAGCUUCAGCUUAGGGUAAGAUGUCGAGGGUUGAAUUUGGGCACUUUUGUUCUGCCACCCAGAUGCAGACCACGUCCAUGCUUAGAGAACUGCUUUGUACUGAGUUGUGGGGAGGGUCGUCUAGCCCAGUGUUGCCUCUGUGUGGAUUGGCAGCAGCUGCCCAUUGUUUUGGGCAAGAAUCUUGCCCAGUUGUACCUGGAGCGGCUUGGGCGGCGUUGAACCCUCGGGCUUUCUCUGUGUAAGGCAACUGCCUUACUACUGAGUUACAGACGUUCCUCAAAACGUGGUCAGUACUCAGGGAUGGUGGAAGUUGCAGCUGAACAGCAUCUGGAGGAGUCCCAGAUUACAGUCCUGGCAUCUUUGGAAGGGUAACAGAGAGGGUGGGGCUGUAGUUCCAUGUUGCCUACCUGGUGGUAGGUGCCAUUGUGCAAAAGUUGGAAGAAAUCAUAGUUACCUACAUGUGCAGUAGAGAGAGAGUACUCACACACAAAAACACACAUAUACAUAAUAGCAAUUAUUAACCACCACAAGUGUGUUCUGCGAGCAAUUGUUUGCAUGGAAAGCAUACCAGAUUUGUUGUCCUGUUUUUUAACUAAUGUGAUAUAUUAGUUCAUAUAUUGGUUCAUAUGAGAGAUGCUAUUUUCCCUUCCGAGCAUAAUAAUUCAUAGUAGAGCACAUUAUCUAUGUCAUGGAAACAUUUUCAAUAAGUUAUUAAGAGGUUGCUUGAAAAUGGGAUCUGAAAUGGAUAUGUGAAUAAAUGUAUAUUGCUCUUUAAAAUGCUGAUGAUUCAUCACAUGUACAUGCUAGGUUGACUAUUGGUUAUCUUACCUGUGUGCUUGUUUUGAACUAGUGCUUGUGCUUUGUUUAUACUGUAUUGUAAAACAUUGGUUUCCAAAUUUUAUUUAUUUGCAAAUUAUGUAAGUAAACAUCUCAUACAUUGUAUAUAAACUUUAUGUCCCUAUGGUCUCCAGCAGAAUAGUAAGAUGACUAUUACAGUAAGCAUAAUAACAUAAAAUAAUAAAAUGAAACAAUACAGUAAAUGCAAGCAGCAGACCAAAGAAGCAAGAGCUUACUAAGAUAGUAACCUCUCCUUCUUUUUGCAGCUUAUUUCUAGAGUAAUUGGGAGGCAAGGAGGGCGGAUCUGGAUCUGGACCCUGGUGGAGGGGUGGGGUACCCUGCUGCAGACCUGAAUUGGAUCUCCCUCCUACUGCAUGGCUAUUUACUCUGGGGAAAAUGGUUAACAUAAUUGCUAAUUGUGUGAAUUACGUCAUGUCUAGUUACUUUCUUUGGAACUCUUAUUUCCAUUGCCUCUUAACCUUGCAGUAUAGUUUUUUGUUGGCUUCUUCCUGUUGUAUCACAAUUGAUGAUAGAUGGCUGGUAUAUAAAUUCUUGUUCAACAACAAAUUAUUCAGAGUGUAAAUAUGCACAAUGCUUCAUAUGUACAAAGUGUGUGAUGUAGUUUUUGUGGCUUGUGUGUAGUGCUAAGUAUUUCACAAUGUGACCAUUACGAGUUGGCUGCACAUGGAAUUAAAUUUCCCUAUUGUAAAUUAGAGUGUUCACAAUUGAGAGAGAGAGAGAGAGAGUACAGUGGUACCUUAGGUUACAUAUGCUUCAGGUUACAUACGCUUCAGGUUACAGACUCCGCUAACCCAGAAAUAGUGCCUCAGGUUAAGAACUUUGCUUCAGGAUGAGAACAGAAAUCGCGCUCUGGCGGCGCGGCAGCAGCAAGAGGCCCCAUUAGCUAAAGUAGUGCUUCAGGUUAAGAACAGUUUCAGGUUAAGUACGGACCUCCGGAACGAAUUAAGUACUUAACCCGAGGUACCACUGUAUAAAUAUAUCAUUUCUUUUCUCUUCCACACCGAUUGGUGAAUCCUAAAGCUCAGACUUCUCUGCAUUGUAAAAAAAAAGAAACUGAGUUCUUCUGUAUUGAAACAUGUUCACACACCUACACUUGCACUUCUUAUCUGUACCAAAAUUCCAUUCUCUCCCACUUCAUGAUUUUGCAGCCUACCUAUAAAAUGCUCCCCCUGAAAGCUACAGCAGUCUGCCUGACAAAGAAUUCCAGAAGAAGUGUCAGCAGUGGUGGUGGUGGCUGCUGCUAAGAAAGAGGCAUGGCAACCUCAGUGCCUAGGCGGUAAGCUUGCACCACCUUGCCUGCCUGCCAUUGGUGAAGGGUUUUGGGGGUGUACACUCCCCCAAGGUGCCUGGGCCAGAGGCUGCCAUGCCUGCCACAAAGCAUCAACUGGGUGUCAAAGUUGGAAGAUCAAAUCUGGCACAGGGAGGGAGGCAGCCCAUGGUAUCUGGUGCCCCAGGCUUUUUCCUCCCUCUGCAGGCUCCCCACAAACCUUUGAGAGACGGCUGUGCAUCCAAAGGGACCACCCAAAGCACCCAGCUCAAUGAGCCCUGGCCGUCUGAAGCCCACCCCUGGGGGUGCUAGGUGGCUUACAUCUCUGCAGCCCAGCCUAGUCGAACUCCAAGCGAGGAUGGCUCCCACUGCAGCAGUUCCUAGUGUCCUGGAACUGUCUGCACUCAAAUCACCUGCUCCCUGGGAGGUUGUGUUCCUCUGGAGCCCUGGCAACCUAGGGAUGCUGCCAGGCUCCAAGCUGGCCUGAGAGCACAGCCUGGCGGCUCCAACAAUCUUGCGCCUUUGGCUGUGGCACACGCUCUCCACCGGCCUUGCUCAUGCUGCCCUGGGUGGGGUUAGAGGGUGGGGAGAUGGAGGGCCGCUAAAAACAGUGGUUUGCAUGUUGGACCACCCUUAUCUAUAUUGUAAUCAUUGUAAUCCAUGAUUUUUUAAAAAGAAUUUUUUUUUAAAAUCAGAUUUUUAAAAUAAAAUGCUUCUGGAGAAAAAAAUCUUUCUAAAGAUAGUUUUCUAUUUAAGUUACAUUAUAGUCCAAAGGCUUUUCAUCAGGAAAUAAGGAUUUGUUUUAAGUUUUUCAUGUGUGCUAAAACUCAGUCUUAGUUUUUUUCUUAAUUAAAAAAGGUUUAACCACAUCAGUUAACAAACAUGGAUACAUAUGCUAUAAUGUUAUUGCUUUAAUUAAAUAAAUGGUUUAAAUUGUUAUUAAGGAAAUGAUUCUUUUUCUUCUUCCAAUAAAGUACAGCAGAAAAGUUGUACAAAUAUAAACAGUUAACUUAUUAAACCUCACAAUAAUUUCAUAAUUAUCUGUGUAUUUCUAAUAGUAUAACCAUUUUUGAUAUCUCUAAAAACUACUCUGAAAAUUUAUUCUUCCAAAAAUGAAACCUUCAUAUGGUUGUAAAUAUUAAGAUUAUACCAGCAAGAAUGAGUCUUUCUGUAAAAAAUAUAUGAUUUAAACCAAGUCUUACUGACCAGUGAUUUAAAUCAAGUCUUACUAACUACAGUCAUACCUCAGGUUGAAUGUGCUUCAGGUUGAGCGCUUUCGGGUUGUGCUCCGUGGCAACCCGGAAGUAACGGAGCAUAUUACUUCCGGGUUUCGCCCCUCGCACAUGCGCAGACGCUCAAAAUGACGGCACAUGCAUGCGCGGAAGCGGCAAAACGCGCCACACGCAGACGCGCCAUCAUGUUUUACGUUUCAUUCAGGAUGAGAACGGUGCUCCGGAAUGGAUCCCGUUCGCAUCCCGAGGUACCACUGUAGUGAUUUAAAUCGUGAUUUAAAUUGAUUUGAUUUAAAUCAAAUACACCCUGGUUGUAAUCCACUAGGGGGUUUUGUGAUGGCGUUGAAGGGUCUGGAAAUUGACUGAGCUGUUAUAGGGGUUUGUGGCGGACACACAUGUGUUCCUUUGGUAAAGUUGCUGUACUGUGUGGAAAAAGAAUGGUAGACAAGCCUUGGAAAAGAAGAAAAGGAGUCAAACAAGGCACACUUGGAAGUUGAUUGCUGGUUUGGGAUGGGAUGUAGCUCACAUAAACAAGUGGAAAAUGAACUGAACUGAAAUGAUAGGGCCAGCAGGUGCAAAGGUAAGGGAAGCUGAAGUCCAGCCAUAGAUUAGAAAUAAAUCUUUGUCUGCAAGUUUUUAUUAGGAAUCUGUUCCCACAAGGUCUUGAAUUUUAUAAUUGCUAAUACUGGAAAUUACAUAGUUCUUAUAACAUGUAUGGUCAAUGUUUUGAAGAAGAGUGCAGUAAUCUUAUGUGUGAUUAGUAUCUUCAAUUUUUAAUGGACUUUGGUAGAAACGUGGUAAAACAAAAGAAUACUAUUCCUGUAAAGAAACUAACUAAAUUAUUUAUUUGUAAGUUUGCAUCCUGCCGUAUCUUCCGGCUGUUAGAGAGCGCAUAAAAACAUAUUGAUUAGAAGGAGUUGUAUAUACAGUGGUACCUCGGGUUAAGUACUUAAUUCGUUCCGGAGGUUCGUACUUAACCUGAAACUGUUCUUAACCUGAAGCACCACUUUAGCUAAUGGGGCCUCCUGCUGCCGCCGGAGCACGAUUUCUGUUCUCAUCCUGAAGCAAAGUUCUUAACCUGAAGCACUAUUUCUGGGUAAGCAGAGUCUGUAACCUGAAGCGUAUGUAACCUGAAGCGUAUGUAACCCGAGGUACCACUGUAAUAGUUUGAAGAGAGGCCUAGAUGACUAUUCUACAGUGUAAGAAAUCCUCAAUUGGACCAACAACUGGUGUGGGUCCAGUUCCGACCAUGUGGAGAUCUCUGGGUGGUGACUGACAUCUCCAUCUGGCUGGCUCCAGGCUGGCCCCAGGCUUCCUAUGCAGGUAAGCAGAAGAGCUUAUUUACUGCAUUUAUAUCCCAUCUUUUUCUCCAAGGAGUACACAGUUCAGCCUCCUCCUCAGGUAAUCCCUACAACCACCUUGUGAAGUUGGUUAAGAGGUUGUGACUGGCCCCAGAUCACCCAGUGAGCUUCCUAGAGUACUUCUAUGGGGCAGCUAUAUAAGUAGGUAAAUCAAUAUGGAGAAAGAAAAUACCACUUAGAGAAUGAUCUGAAAUAUUUUUCUUGAAGCUUGAAUUUGUUUUAUUCUUGAUUGUUAAGAUGUUUGAAUGUGAUGUAAAUUACUUUGAUAUUUUUCUUUGAAAUAUAAAGCGGUAUAUAAAUGAAAUUAAUAAUAAUAGUACAGUCGUACCUUGCUUCCAAAUGGAAUCCGUUCCAGAAGUCUGUUCGACUUCAGAAACGUUCAAAAACCAAAGUGUGGCUUCUGAUUGGCUGCAGGAGCUUCCUGCACUCAGUUGGAAGCCACAUCAGAUGUUUGGCUUCCAAAGAAAGUUCACAAACCGGAACACUUACUUCCGGGUUUGCGGCAUUUAGGAGCAAAAACGUUUGAGCCGCAAUGCAUUCGAGAACCAAGGUACGACUGUAAUAAUGUUUCAUUGCAAAAAUAAAAUGACACCUAGACAUUCUGUUGUGCCAUUGGGCGAUUAGUUUAUAUACCUGAGUUUCUACUACAGUGGUACCUCAGGUUAAGAACUUAAUUCGUUCCGGAGGUCCGUUCUUAACCUGAAACUGUUCUUAACCUGAAGCACCACUUUAGCUAAUGGGGCCUCCCGUUGCUGCUGUGCUGCCGCUGCGCGAUUUCUGUUCUCAUCCUGAAGCAAAGUUCUUAACCCGAGGUACUAUUUCUGGAUUAGCAGAGUCUGUAACCUGAAGCGUCUGUAACCUGAGGUACCACUGUAUAUCCCCCCCAUGCUGCUUCACCCCCCCAAAGAAAAGGCUUAGCCGUUGACAGAACUGACACGAUCCCUUCACGUGUCUCAAAACCCUGUCAUCCCCACAUGCUAACAUACCAAACACAAGUGGAACAAAUAAAAAAAAUUUCUCUGCCUUACAGAAAACCUUGAUUGCCUUUGCUUGCCAAGGUUUCUCUUCCCCCAACCCCUUCCAUUUUAAAUUAAGCCUAGAGAAAACUGGGAGAGAGCUUAAGUACAGGCACUUCCCCAUUUAAACUGGGGUUAUGUUCCGAGGCAUCAUGCGUUUUAGAGAAAUUGCGCAUAUUGGGAGCACCAUUGAAAAAGCCUGCAAACACACUCUAAACCUCUGGAAACCCUUUAAAAAACCCAAAGUCCACCACAGUUGCUCCCUCCAAACCUCUUAGAUUAUUAUUUACACUGGUGUUCCUUCCUUACCAGCAGGCUUUGCAUCUCUUUGCCAUACCUUUUUCAUGUUUUUAUUUUUUAUCUAUAGACAGAAUGCUUUAAAAAUGUUUCCAUAGGCUCUUCCUUUUGACCACCAGCAGAGAUUAAAUUGGGGCAUAUCUAGAACCUGGGUACUGGGUUGCUCUUUCUUCUUUCCAGUGUCUCUGCUUUUUUUUUGCUCUAUAUUGGCCAAUCACCAUCAUAGAGACAAAGUAACAAGCAAAAUUAAAUUCCCAAAAUAGAUAGGCUGAAGAAAGAUUUGAGCUGCUGCUGCUCUGCCUCUGAGUAUUGGGGAGGACCGCUCCCCCUUGAAGCCCAUUCUCCACCUUGGGCCUGGGGGUGGGCCCCAUACUCACCACCAUAGCUUAUAAGGCUCUAAUAACACCAAUGCUAUCAAAGGAGGCACUAAUGGGGCUUGGAAUUACUACCGUGGAACGGCAAGGAAACUAUGGCGGUGGGGGCAGAUCUUGUAGGCGAAGGGGUAUGAGAUAUGGAUAUGCUUGUACCCCUUUCUACCUGUGCCCCAUCCCCAGGGACGAAGGUAGGGUGAGCAAGGAUUACUCACCUCCAUCACUGGUGCUGUGCAAUGACAGGUCUAUAGGCAACAAAACCGCCACCCUUGAGAUUUAUUUACCUUGCAGGGGGUUGACCUGGCUUGUGUAAUGGAGACCUGGGUGCCCGAAGGGGAAACAGUUACCUUACGAGAGAUGGUGCCCCCAGGUUUCUCCGUCCACCAGUUGCGGACUGUGGGUUGGGGUGGGUGGGGUGGGUUGGCAUUGUUAAUCUGGGAAGAUUGUUCUUUCAGGCCUCUAUCAUUGUUGUUGAUCCCCGGCAUUGAAUGUGUUAGCCUGGUGUAGGGUUCUGAGGAGAACUUGGCUGUCUUGCUGGUGUACCAGCCACCUAGUGUACCAGCAGCCACGCUGUCAGACCUGCUAGAGGUGGUGACCGCCUGGGCCUUGGAGUUCCCCAAUCUAUUGGUAUUGGGGAACUUCAACGUACAUGUGGAUGCCGCCCCUUCCUUACAGGCUAUGGAUCUGGUGUCUUCCACGGCGACACUAGGGCUCUCUCCAUUUGUUUCGGGCACCACACAUAAAGCAGGCCACACGCAGGGCCUGAUCUUUGGCGCAGGCAUAGAUGUGAUCACAUCCCCCACUAUGGAGCUGCCAUGGUCUGAUCACUAUGCUCUGAAAGCCAGGAUUGACUUCCUGCUCCUACCUUGCUUAGGUGGUGAUCUUAUUUGGGCUCGCCUGCAAAGGCUGAUGGAUCCUGAUAGAUUCCAUCAGGCCCUGCGGGAUCCUGCUCCCCCUGGCGACUCAUUGACUGAGCUUGUUGAGGUUUGGAAUACCCGGCUCUUGGCGGCCAUCAAUGAGAUCGCAUCUAGGCACCCUCUGCGACCCCGCAGAAACUGGCCCCCCUAGUUUACCGAGGAGCUCCGGAAAAUGAAGUGGGACCUCAGACGACUAGAGCGAGUAUGGCAGGAUGCCCGCAACUGACCCUCAAGAACAUCUUAUAGGGCGUUUAUGAAAACCUAUGAGAUUGCAGUGAAGGUUGCUAAGAAGUCCUACUUCUCAGCCUCCAUUGCACCCACUAGCUCUUGCCUGGCGCAACUUUUUGGUAUAAUUAGGUCUCUAAUGUCCCUAGAGGGACAGUCAAUUUAAAUAUGAAUCAAGCACAUAGCUGUUAGGCAUUUGCAAGCUUUUUUGUGGAAAAAUUCCUGACUCUCCACCGUGACCUCCCUGCCAAUUUGAAUACAAUAACAGAACUGGAGGUUCCUCGACUGUCCUCGGGUCCACUAUUGGACUACUUCAACCGGAUACUCCCAGCCGAUGUGGACAAACUCCUCUGUGCCAGAAAGCCCACCACCUGUUGACCCGUGUCUGUCCUGGCUGAUUAGAGUGUGUCCAGACGAGGUGCGGGCACCGGGUGAGAUCAUUGGCUCUGGGACAUUGCCUGGGGAACUGAAGGAGGCAGUGGUGUGUUUGCUCUUAAAUAAAACAUCAUUAGAUCCUUUAGAUCUAUCCAAUUACCGCCCAGUUUUGAAUCUUCUGUUCCUGGGUAAGGUGAUUGAGAGAGCAGUUGCUGAACAGCUUGGCGGAUUUCUGGAUGAAACAUCGGCUUUGGAUCCAUUCCAGUCCGGUUUUUGCUCUGGUCAUUGGACCAAGACGGCUCUGGCCACCCUAACAGAUGACUUCUGUAGGCAGCUGGAUUGAGGCGGGUCGGGGCUGUUGAUUCUUUAAGAUAUGUCAGCAGCCUUUGACAUGGUCAACCAUGAACUUCUAGACCACCGCCUCGCCGACAUGGGGAUUUGGGGCACAGUCCUUCAAUGGCUGCGCUCAUUCCUCUCUGGUUGGGGACAGAGGGUGGCACUGCGGGGGGGGGGGGGAGCUGUUGUUGCACUACUUGGUGUGUGUAGUACUGCAGCGUGCAAUUCUCUCCCCAAUGCUUUUCAACAUCUUUAUGCGCUCCCUCACCCAGCUUGUCUGGAAUUUUGGUUUGGGUUGCCAUUAGUAUACUGAUGACACCCAACUCUGUUGAUGGAAGGCUGUCCUGGCUUGGCCCCAGGCACACUGAUUAGAUGUUUGGAAGCUGUGGUUGGAUGGCUACGUGGGAGCCGGUUGAAGUUAAAUCCUUCGAAGACAGAGGUCCUUUGGCUGGGUUGGAAUGAUAUGGGGUUGGGGGGACCAACUCCCAUCCCUUGCGGGGCACAAUUAGUGCCAGCGCCUUCUGUCAAGAGUUUGGGUGUAAUCUUUGACGCCUCCCUUUCUAUUGAGGUGCAAGUUACAGCUACAACAAUGGUGACAUUUUUUCAUCUCUGCUGAGCUAAGCAGUUGGUCCCUUACCUCUUUUGCCCUGACCUUGCCACUGUGAUCCAUGCGACGGUCACCUCCAGGCUUGAUUAUUGUAACUCACUUUACAUGGGGCUGCCCUUGAAACUGACCCAGAAGUUCCAGCGGGUGCAGAAUGCCACGGUGACACUCCUUAUGGGGUCUCUGCCAUGGGAUCACAUUCACCCAGUGCUGUAGCAGCUGCUCUGGCUCCCGGUGGAGAACAGGAUCAGGUUUAAGGUGCUGGUUUUAAGCUUUAAAGCCUUAAAUGGCCUAGGACUCUCGUACCUACGGGACUUCUGGUAUGCCCCACGGAGGACCUUACGGUCUGCUAAGAACAACACUUUGAAGAUCCUGGGCCCCAGGGAAAUUAGACUGGCAUCAACCAGGGCCAGGGCCUUUUCGGCCGUUGCCCCAGCCUGGUGGAACGCUCUCCCACACGAGACUAGGGCCCUGCGCAAUGCGACAUCUUAAGGGCCUGCCAGACGGAGCUGUUCCCCCAGGCCUUUGGGCAGGAUGCAGUUUGACUUACUUUCCUUUGUAUAAAAUAAACCCAAAGGAGGCCCCCAACCCAGUCACAGGUCCUUGUAUGCUCAGUGGAAACAGUUGGUCGUGGCAAAUAUUAACCACUCUCAAUUCCAACCUGAUAAUUGCCACCUGCCCAGAUUUUAACUUGUAUUUUAAUUAAUUGAUGUAUUUUAAUUAAUUGAUGUCUGUUUUUAUGCAUAUUGUGUUUUAUGAUGUUAGCCGCUCUGAGCCUGGCGUUGGCCGGGGAGGGCGGGAUUCAAAUUAUUGUUGUUGUUGUUGUUGUUAUUAUUAUUUAUUGUGCUGAUUAGAGUGGUUCUCGUAUGUUAUAUUUUGAGAAAAAAUGUUAAGAUUGUGUUUCAUUCUCAGCUAGAUGAUUCUAGGAAGAGGAGUUAUCUACCAGCUGCACUGACUCCCGGUGGAGUACAGGAUCAGGUUCAAGGUGCUGGUUUUAACUUUUAAAGCCCUAUAUGGCCUAGGACCCUUGUACCUACGGGACCGCCUCUCCUGGUAUGUCCCACGGAGGACCUUAUGGUCUUCAAACAAAAACACCUUGGAGGUCCCAGGCCACAGAGAGGUUAGGCUGGCCUCAACCAGAGCCAGGGCUUUUUUGGCUGUGGCUCCAAUCUGGUAGAAAGUUCUGUCACAAGAGACUAGGGCCCUGCGGGAUUUGACAUCUUUCCGCAGGGUCUGCAAGACAGAGCUGUUCCACCAGGCCUUUGGUAAUUCUUCACAGAACUCCAGCCCAAUGGUUGCCAUCAAUGUGAUAUGAACUGAUUUUAUAAUGAAUUGAUUUUAGAAUGCUGUAUUAUUUUACUGUUGUUAGCCGCUCUGAGCCCGGCUUCGGCUGGGGAGGGAGGGAUAUAAAUAAAUUAUUAUUAUUGUUGUUGUUAACAUGGGCAUGAAAAUGUAGCAGAAGCCAUAUUUUAAAGCUCUUGAUCCAUGUGGUGGGCUCUGCACACAGAGAAAUUUCACAUCCCAGUUAUAUGCUCAUAUUUGCAGACACUGCAUGCAAAAGGGGUACAUUUGUUAAAUUUUGUUGUAUACUUUUUGGAGUGUCCAUGGAUGGAACUGUUCUUUGUUGAUUUAACUUGUCAGAAUUAGUCCUGACCAGCUUUGGAAAUUAACCAGGCACCAGGUGCAUUUUGCACAUGGCUAUCAGCCACUUGUGACCAAUUGAAGAUGCCUGGGCACCAGGAUGGGAGCUGAUGUCUCCACUAUCUGGAGGUUCAUGCCUUGGGAUCCUUGGAUUUUGCUGGUUUUCACAGACCAACACAUCCUUUGGAAUUCUAUCCAUGAUAUUUUAUCUGUACAAUCAGAAUGAAUUUCAGGAACCAAAAAGUUGAAUGGAAAGAUACAACUUUUGAGCCUUCCGGCUCCAAAAUGGCAACUAGACAUUACGUUUUGGUGAAAGUAACCCUGGCUUAAGGAGCCAUUUGGCACCUAGCUCAUACAUUUGAGUUUCUGACACUGGUCCUGACUAGGGCUGGGCAAUGUUAGGUUUUCAACAUUGCAAUGUAUCCUCAGCCAAACAUCGUGUUUGGGGUGAAACCGCUUUAGCUCUCAUCGUGGGAGCUGAGGCAGUUUCACCCAAGCAUCUGGCGGGCUGGGGCCAAUGCAGUUGACUCCAGCUUGCUGGUCACCUCCUGAGUCAGCCCUAAUGUCCCUGCCUCAGGGCUCCUUUCUGAGGUUGCCUUCGCUGAUGCAGGGUUGGCAGGCUACCCCGCACCUCUCUCCCUGAAGUUGGACCAAGCUACAGUAGCCAACUGCGGAGGGUCUUAGGAGCAGCGGCAGUUUCGCCAGUGAUAUAUUGUUGAGUGAAGCUUUCAUUGUGGUCUGUUCCUCAUACUGGUCCUGGGUGAUAAGUCGCUACAUCACCCAGGUCUAGUCCUGACCCUGAAAUGGUUUGAUGAGAAUGUCAUUAGGCUUCUCAGGCAUCGGGGCAUAGAACAUUCCAAGGAGGGUAGAUAGAACAUGCAUAGCAGUCAAGUGUGUAGACCUUGGAAGACAGGAGAACAGAAUGAGUUUGUUUCUCCCCCCAUCCUUCACUCCCCCUUUCACUUGAGGCUUAUAUUUGUUUCUUAACCCAAGAGAUGUCUCGAAAACGGGACACUGCUAUUUUUGAGAGAGUUUGAGAUUGCAUGUCGUAAUGGAAAUAAAGCUUGUUUCACACUGUGACAAUAUUUACAAAAAGGCAAACAUUCAAAUGGUGCAUUUUUUUUAAAAAACAGUGAAAGCAAGUUGACUACAUUGGUGCAGAAGCUUCAUGACUUUUUGGCUCACUCAUCAGAAGAAUCUGAGGAUGCAAAGUCUCCUCCAAGAUUAACUAUAGGUAAAACAGCCUUACUAAUUAAAACCUGUUCAGAUCUGUGCUCCUUGUAUGUUCAUUCUGUCAUGCCAUUCAACAAAACUAUUUAGUUCUGAAAUAAUAAUUACUGCUGUUGUGUUCUUGAUGACUCUGAGAGGUGAGUUGUACCUUCUUUGAUGUAUUGUUUAGGCAUCUGUAACUUAGGAAGUAACCUUGUGCAGUUUGUAUAAGUUAAUCUGCACCAGAUCCACCCCCCUGCUGUGCCUAAGCGUGGUGGAUGGAAAACAAGCCUUUAGAAUAGUGUUAUAGGCUGUAUUGCUAGGUCACAUGACUGAGCUGAACAGGCUUCAGAUCCAGCCUAAGCACCUCCUUUCUAGUAUCGCUACACUCCUGGAACACCUUUUGGGGCCUUACACUAAGGUGGGCUGAAGCAGAAUGAGCAAAUUAUGCUGGUGUGUCUUUGGCUGAGCUGGAGUUGAAGACUUAAUGCUGGCUUAGCCAGGAAUCACCUGCAUCCUAAACUGCUCAUUCUGGCUGAUCUUGCCACCAAUAUGACUAAAUCAUUCACUUUAUUAAUAAAUAUGUUAAUAAAUAUGUCAGAUAUGUUUACCUUAAUGUGUUCAGUGUUUCCAUAGUUCUUUAUAUUAGUUCUGCUUACACAGCUCUAAGUAGUAUACGGUAUUAUCUUUCUGCCCAUGCCAACCUUAGUUCUCAAGUAUUACGUUGAAUGUUGCUAGGAGUUUUGUGGCAAAUUCAGAAACUGUUGCAAAAUAACAUAGAAAUAACUGCUACAUUAUCAGAUCUGGGGAAUUCUAAUGAUUAAUGCCAAUUACUGUAAAAUAAACCACCUACUAAGUUCUGAGAGAGUAGGGAUCCUUGCAUACAUGGGCAAGGUCUGUGUGACAAGGUCUGCUCACGUAUGAAAACAAAACUGAACAUGUUACAUGAAGAAAAACCAAUCAUUUCAAGUAGAGGAAAGUGUUUGCAGCCUUCCAGCUUUCUUUUUAUUCUUCAUUCUUUCAGUUUUCAGGUUACUUGAUGUUCAGUAUCUCUUUAGAUUACUAGUAGUUUGCACUUGGGAUUUUUGAGGCUAGAUUUUAUAGGUACAGGUAUAGGCCCACCACUUUCAUGAGGGUUGGGUCCCUGUGCAAAGGCGAAAUGGCACAAAGUCAGGAACCCCUGGAACUACCUUCCUGCAGGUGGAGGACUGCUUACUGGAGUCUGGGAAGGUCACAGGAGAACUUUAUAACUUUAAAUUUUGAUAAUUUGCAGUUCUGUAAAUUGAAUGAUUUAUCUUAUUCUUGUGUUUGUUUUUUGAUUUACAUUAUAAAUUGCCCUUGGCUGUAAACAAUAACAGUCUGACUGAUUUACAUUUUUAUGCAAAUAUUGGUGCUAAAAAUGAUGACCAUCUGUUUUUGCAUUGGAGAAUCACUCUUUUCCAGAAACUGCAGAUGUGGAUUGUCUAAGCAAAAAAUGUGGUUGCCAUGGAAAUGUGGAGGGGUGGGGGCAGUGUUAGAAAUUGAUAUAUGAAAGCCAGAAGCUAAAUGGCACCUUAAACCUAGAUUAUGGCCGCAAGAACGAAAUGUCUAGGCAUACUUUUUUAUAACAAGAAUGGAAAGCUAAAAACGAAUGAACUGCAGCUAAAAUAUUGUGUUCAUUUUUCACAUGGUCUAGUCUUUCACUUGCCCACCCCUCUAAUAUUCUCUUCUCUAGUCUUCAGAGAGUAGCUGGAAGGGGGAAGGCAGAAAAAGGUCUUCCUUCCACUCUUCAGGUUUAAUAUGAAAUCUUAGGCGCAAUACUGUACCCAGAGCUCAGAAACCGCUUGCACUAAUGAAAUUCCCUGUUGCAAAAUGCACCUAGAACAAGGGGAGUUUCAAACACUGGGUGGGGGGAGCAUGCACUGUUGUGUACCUUUGGGAAGGAGUACCCCUUUGUUCAUUAGUAGCUGACACUCUUCUCUUUUUUUCCCUUGUCCCCCACUUUUUCCAGAGGGAAAUGGGAAAUUGGCCUGCAUUGUUGGUUGUCACUUUCUAAAGGUACUCUGUGACAAUCUGAUUUUAUUUUCUGAAGAGAAUCCUUGGUUUUUAGUGUUUCUUUAUGAUUUGAUCUAGUACUAAAUAAAUACAAUCCAACCAGGAUCAGUUUGAGUUGUUUGUGGAAGAUAGUACAGUACUUUGCCUACAGUGUAGUUAUAUGCAUUGUUGCUGUUUUGUGUAUUUUGAAUCAUUACUAUCCAUCUUUACGCGUGAACAUAUUCCAUCCGUUUCUUACAGAUAAAUUUGCUAUGACGGAAAAUAUUCCAACUCCAGUUCCAACUCCAAUGGAAAACUGCAGGGAAGAAGUAAGAACAAUUUAGUAGCUUAGUUUAUAAUAAUGAAAAACAGUUGUGGAAAGUGGUGAUUGAUUUCAUAUGAGCGCAGAUUGCUUAGGUUACUUUCUCCAUGGUGUGUAAGAGUGAAUUUGUAUAGAGCAUCUAUUUAGAAAUGAUUUUGUUUAUAUUUUUGGAAAUUCCCAGGAUGUAUAGUGCAGCUUUAAUAAGCCAGUGAUAACAAAUGAACCACAACAAUAAUAACUUGGUUUUAUUUUUUGGUAUUUUGAAAACUUGAGGAAUUAUCUUAUAUUCAGCAUAUAAAUUCAGUAUUUUUUCAGUUCUUUCAUUUUUAUGAGAUCCAGCUAUUGGUUUCUGGUUUUUUGUUUCAGAGGCAAUUUUCUUCUUACAAAUAAUUUUUAAAAAUUGUUUGUGCCCAUUAAGCAUCUCAACUGUGACUUUUAAUUUUGUGGAGGAUGAUAAUUUUACUGAUGUUAGGAUUACUUAACCUAGAAAGAUUGUAUGUUCUGGCCUGUGGUUCAUAAUAUUCAUGCAAACUAUAUUGUUCAUAUGGACAGUGCUUUCCUGUAUGAGAUUUACAGGUGUGCAAACCUUCCUGCCCUUGCUAUACUUUAUUAAUGUGGCUGAAAGCAGAUGGUAAGAUCAUCGAGAUUUGAAGUCUAGUGUUUUACUUUUAUACAAUUAUUUAAUUCCAUUGCAUUUUAUAGUUUAUAUUUAAAGCACAAGCCCAGUUAGUUACAUUUACAUAUAUAAAAGUAGGGUAGAGUUGUCCUUAAACUUCAUAGUAAGUUAUGUAUUAAUUGAUGUGCAUGCAUAGGGAUGUUUAAGUGUAUAUGGCUUGCGAUUUUGUGUUUCCUCUCCCUUUCAUAUUCAGGGUAGCAGCUCUUCUGAAAAGUCCAAAUCGUUAUGUUCAGCACGUUCCAAAAGGUUAGUUUGAUAUUCUGUUUACCAGUUUGAAUUGCUUGCUACAGUGAGUCUGAAGGAACAACUCACUGUCUGUUAGAAUCCAUGGUGGUGAUUUUAAGAAAUAGUACAUGUUACUAUGUUACAUAUUUUUCUGUUUUUAUACUGUAACCUGCCCUGUGAUCCUUGGAAGAAGAGUGGUAUAUAACCCCUCCUUAAAUUCUUAUUUAUUUUUAAAAACUUAAAUACAAAACAUAAAAAGUGAGUUUUUUAAUAUAAAAAAUGAAGAAAGAGAAAGAAGUGUUGUAUAUUACUAAAACAAAUGUUAACAGUUAACAAACACAAUUUUAAAUCUACUGUAUUUUGUAUAAAUGAGUUCCAAAUUUCAUUAUACCGUAUUUUUUGCACCAUAACACUCACUUUUUUCCUCCUAGAAAGUAAGGGGAAAUGUCUGUGCGUGUUAUGGAGGGAAUGCCUACGGGUGGCAUGCCUACGGAUUUUCCUCCUCUAAAAACUACGUGCGUGUUAUGGUUGGGUGCGUGUUAUAGAGCGAAAAAUACGGUACAUAUCCAUGCAAAGUCUACGUCAAUAAGCAAUCUGCUCAUAGGUGGCAACAGUAGUCAGCUUCAAUCCAUUGAAUAAGUGGAGCCAUACAUUUAUCGUUCCAGUGCAGCAAUAUCAGUCUUUUGGCCAUAGUAAGGGCACGGAGAAUCCAAUUACAUUGUCUAGUUGUCAAAUUCCAUAUAGUAGGUAUGUAGUUCAAAAGAACAUAAUCAUCUGAAAAUUUUAGCUUUUUUUGCACAGACAUAUUUAUCAAUCAAUCAAUCAAUCAAUCAAUCUUUAUUACGGUCCAGAGACCCAACAAAUCAUUACAAAUCAAUACACAGUUCAUACAGCCUACCUCCAGGUUAAUCAAGCAUUUUGUUUAGAAUAUAGGGCUCAUUUGUUCUUGCAACCACCGAUAAAAACUUUGCCACUGCUAACGUUCUAGCAUUUGUCCGGUCUUCCAGUAGGAACCUGACAUAGUGAGCCUCUGAUUUUCCCAGGAAAGAUACCAGCAAGGGUAGUAUCAGUUCAGCCCUGGCCUGCUCAUAUUUUGCACAAUGCAACAAAAUAUGUUUUAUGGAAUCGAUGUCUUGAGCACACGAGCAAAGUCUGUCCUGGUAGGGAACUCCUCUCAACCUGCCAUCCAACACUGCAGAGGGAAAGACAUUUAGUCUGGCUUUGGUGAAAAGCCUUCGGUAGUUUGGUACUGUCAUGUUUUUUAUGUAAGAUGUUAACUUAAAGACAUACCCAUAUUGAACUCCUACUGCCAGCGGACUACAGACUGCGUGUGAUCGAGAUCGCAAGUCACUGUGUGCAUUAUCCCAUAAUCUUUGCUUUAAAAUCUUUUGGGCGCCUUCAUAACCCAGGUGAUACAAUUGGGGGGGGGGGGGGAGACAGACCAAUAGAGGUGGCUUUUUUAGCCAUGGUUUUCUGCCAUUUGCUGACAAAUUCCUCAUUGGUCAGGUGUUGGUACAAACCCUUCCCUAGAUUAAACACUGAAAUCCUGAGCCAAUGUUUUAGGGCAGCCCACCACGCUUUAGUUGAAAUUGGGCAUUCACCAGCUUCUAACAGAAGUAUGGAGUUGGGGACGCAGUUAGGUACCUGCAGCAGAGAUUGCAUAAAUUUUGCCUGAAAGCCAUCUAGCUUUGGCAGGUCCCCAUUAUGCUGCAUACAGGAGUUGGGAAACGGGCUUUGUGUUGAAAACCCUUAAGGCUGCUGGAACAUAUUUGCUGCCCUUUGUGAAGAAAAAUCUAAGUAUGGCUAGCUUUGCAAUCUCCGCCUUUUGAAGGAGGUUUGCCAAUGGUGCUUCCAAGAUCCUGUAUGAUGGAAUGUGAGCCCUAGAUAACUGAAUAUUUAAUAUUGCAGCAAUAUCAGUCUUUUGGCCAUAGUAAGGGCACGGAGAAUCCAAUUACGUUGUCCAGUUGUCAAAUUCCAUAUAGUAGGUAUGUAGUUCAAAAGAACAUUAUCAUCUGAAAAUUUUAGCUUUUUUUGCACAGACAUAUUUAUAUAAUUCACUACUUUUUUCCAGAACAUAGUAAGUAUAGGAUAUUGUAAAAAUGUGUGUUUUAAAGAAGCAUUAUUUCCAAAAUACUGCUGUCUCAAGACAGUCCUUUUCUAUACAAACAUAAUGGAGACCAAUAAAUUAUAAAUAUUAUUUUCUGUUGUGUAAGUAAUGAUUUAAGGUUCAUUGACACCCUUGCUAUAGAAGUUAAAACACUCCCAUUGUCAAGGCAAUAUAGGAACCUCCAAUUCUUUAUUCCAUUCAUUUCUUAACAUCUGCAUAUGAAAUUGAUUUAUUUGUAACAAAUAUCUUUAAAAAGUAAUCAUGGGUUUUUUAGUUCUAAAGGAUUUGACCAGUUUUUUUAGUAUCUCAGGUGUCUCAGAAGCUGAAAAUGCUGGUCCAAACCUAAUUGUUAAAAAAUGUUGUAGUUGUAAUUGUAAAUUGUAAUUGUAAAUAUUGCCAUUGGAUUACAUCCGAUAGCUGAUAUUUAUCUCAUAACACAAUGUAAAAAUUCAUUGUUAAAUUUCAGUUGAUCCAAAGUCAAUACAUCCACGUCCAUCCAAUUUUCCUUAUCACCAUAUUUUUCUUAAUUUUUGAUGGCUUUCUCUGUAAAGUCAAUUUACUGUGGGAAAAGGGGUCAAGUUGUUUUUAUUAGGCAUCACAUUCCAUAACUUUCUAACAGACAUACAGUCGUACCUUGGUUCUCGAAUGCCUUGGUACUUGUACGUUUUGGCUCCCAAACGCUGCAAACCCUGAAGUAAGUUUUCUGGUUUGUGAACGUUUUUCAGAAGCCAAAUGUUUGACGUGGCUUGCGCUUGAGUGCAGGAAGCUACUGCAGCCAAUCAGAAGCCACGCCUUGGUUUUCAAACAGUUUUGGGAGUCAAACAUACUGCCGGAACAGAUUAAGUUCGAGAACCAAGAUAUAACUCUAAUUAUUUCGAGAGAUACCAGAGUUCUAAUGUAUUUUGAUCCUCAUACUGUUUAUCCAAACAAAAGUGCUAUAUGUGUAUAUUCCAAAGUUGUCCAAAUUGGAAAAAUACAGUGGUACUUUGGGUUAAGUACUUAAUUCGUUCCAGAGGUCUGUACUUAAUCUGAAACUGUUCUUAACCUGAAGCACCAUUUUAGCUAAUGGGGCCUCGCGCUGCCGGAGCAUGAUUUCUGUUCUGAACCUGAAGCAAAGUUCUUAACCCGAAGCACUAUUUCUGCGUUAGCAGAGUCUGUAACCUGAAGCGUAUGUAACCUGAAGCGUAUGUAACCCGAGGUACCACUGUAACACCAAUUGUUGGCUUUCAUCAUUUAAUACUUGACAAUAAAUAUGCAUGAUAAUAUAGCUCCAGAUUCAGAAUCCUGAAUCCUUCCCCUUAAUUUGUAAUUGCAUUUUCGGUAAAGAUAUUCUCAGAAUUGAAGACUCUCUCCCUAGAAUUUUUUUUAUUUUCUGAAAAUACUUUCCAAGAUAGAUGAACUAGGAUUCCUCUUAGAAUAUAAAUUAAUCUGGGAAUAAUGUUCAUUUUGAGAGCAGUCACCUUCCCAAAAGGAGUAAAGUUUAAUGAUUCCCAUCUAUCAAUAUCUGAAGAAACCUCUCUUUAUAUUUUAUUUAAAUUGCAUAUUACUAAUUGAGUUAUAAGGGACGCGGGUGGCACUGUGGUCUAAAUCACAGAGCCUAAGGCUUGCCGAUCAGAAGGUUGGCGUUUCGAAUCCCCACGGUGGGGUAAGCUCCGGUUGCUCGGUCCUUGCUCCUGCCCACCUAGCAGUUUGAAAGCAUGUCAAAGUGCAAGUAGAUAAAUAGGUACUUCUCCAGUGGGAGGGUAAACGGUGUUUCCGUGCGUUGCUCUGGUUCACCAGAAGCAGCUUAGUUAUGCUAGCCACAUGACCUGGAAGCUGUAUGCCGGCUCCUUCGGCCAAUAAAGCAAGGUGAGCACCGCAACCCCAGAGUCGGUCACGACUGGACUUAACCAUCAGGGGUCCCUUUACUGUUACCUUUAAUUGAGUUAUAUAUUUUGGUAUAGGCAUACCUAAAUAUUUAAUAGAUUCACUACAAAUACAGAAUUAAUACUCCAGAUCAGGCAUAGGCAAACUUGGCCCUCCAGAUGUUUUGGGGCAACUCCCAUCAUCCCUAUUUAACAGGACCAGUGGUCAGGGAUGAUGGGAAUUGUAGUCUCAAAACAUCUGUAGGGCCAAGUUUGCCUAAGCCUACUCCAGGUGGUAUAUAAAUUGAAUGAAUGAAUGAACUAAUAAAUGAAGGUAUAGAUAGCGGUAUUUCUUGUUUUCUUUUUCUAAUCAUGUAAUUCAGUCAGCCUUUAAGCUUUCAAAAAUGGGUCAAAUAUGACUUUCUUAGUAAUAAGCCACUUUGGCAUAUAAGCAGUACACAUACUAAUAACAAUAGUAAUGGGUAAUUAAUACAGCAUUAUGUAAAUUUGGCAUUAUAUUUUCAGUGUUUGUAAUCUGCACAUCUUACAGCUCAGUUUCAUUGGCCAUUAUAUUGCCUAUCUAUAUAAUACUAUUCACUAGAUUCUGUUGUCUAAAAGAAUGUUUUGAUAAAUAGUGGAGAUAAUUUGGCUUCACAUGUACUGGUUGUAGUAUAAAUAUAUGUGUCUGCUGCUCAUGCAGGAAACCUACAGUUGUAACAAAGUAUGUUGGCUCAGAUGAUGAACAGACCUUAGAUGAAACCACAAAUCAAGAUGUUUCAAAUGAAAACUCCGAAAAUGAAGUUGAUAUGAAAAGCUUGCCUAAAGGUAACUUAUUCCAUAAAUUAUGAAAUAUUCUAACAGCAUACUGUGUAUAUUAAAAUUUAGCUAGGAUACUGCCUGUACAUGCUACCUAGAAGCAUUGAAACUUGUAAUUUCAGUGAAACUGGGAUAAAACUGGAAAUUAUUUUUGUUCCUUUUGUCAAGAACUCAUUCCUGGGAAUUUUCUUAAAGCUUCAGACCAACAAAAUAUUGAAUUCCUCAUUAUGUAAAACAUGUUUUCCCUCUCUGCUUUACUUUGUUACUUCAAGUUAGGGGUGGCUAGUGUGUAGCCACCAGACAUUGUUGGAUUCCAGCUUCUGUCAGCCCCAGGUAGCAUGGCCCAUAGUCAGGGAUGGUGAGAAUAUGAAUCCUGGAGCCCAGCAACAUCUGUAGGAUGCUUUUCUAUGAUAACUGUGUUUGAAGUGGGGCAAAUAAUUAUUUGCAAAAUCCUAGACUAAUGGUUCCCAAUUGGUGGUUCAUGGCACAUACACAUCAACUGUCCGGGACAGCCUGCUUUUUCGACGGGGGGUGGCAUCUUGCGUGGGUCAUGUGACACCAUGAUUUCCAAAAGUAGGGGGUUGGCUUUUGAAAAAGAAGGGGAGGGGUCUGCUAUACUUAGCUAAUUGGGAACCACCAUCAUUGGACUAGGAAUGGAUGUUGCGAUAUUGCUGAGUGCUGCUGCUUAAAAGAGCAGCCUCAUGUUUAUUUCUCAUGUCUCAUAGGAUGUGGUGGAUUCUCCUUCAUUGGAGGUUUCUAAGCAGAGGUUGGAUGGUUAUCUGUCAGUGAUGCUUUAGUUGAGAUUCCUGCAUUGGAGGGAAUUCAGCUAGAUAACCCACAGGGUCACUUAACUUGACAAUUCUAUGAUUCACAGGGUAUCCAUUCCAUUGUUGAACAGAUCUUACUAUCAGAAAGUUCUCCUCAGGAUGUUUACUCAGAAUAUCUUUUCUUAUAACUUGAAGCUGUUGGGGUUGAGUCCUCCCCCCCUCCCUCCCAGGGCAGGAGGUCUCCCAUUCUUUCUACCGUUUAUCUCACUUUUUUGAAUGUUUUGCAAUCUGCUGUAGGAAGGCAAAUAGGUCACUCUUGUUUCACUCUUGUACAUUUUUUACCCAUAUAUCAAUCUGCCUUCCAUGCUCCAGGUAAUGGUAUAUACUCGUGAAGAGAUCAUCUUUUACAUAUAUUGCUUCUCCUCCCUUUUUGUUUAGUUUUGAGGUAGUCAACUUUUUUAUUCCCAGCGCCCACUAAUGCAUCUUUCUUGAUGGUAAAAUUUCCUUACCGCCCACCAGUGCUCGAUAGAAGGAGGAUUCAGCUUGUGCCAUAGAACCCCCUACAACCCACCUAGAAUUCUGAAAUGCCCACUUGUGGGCAGUAAGGUCCAGGUUGACAACCCCUGGUCUAGUCUGUUUCUUUUGAAUCGGUUAUACCCCUCAGUUUCUACAUUCCAGUCAUGAGUCUCAUCCCACCAAGUUUCAGUAAUGCCCAUUAGGUCAUAUUUGACAUCCUGCAUAAAGAGCUCAAAUUUUUCUUGCCUGUUUCCCAUACUCUGUGCAUUGGUAUAGAGAUAACUUAAACCAUGAGUUAAUUCCUCUACCUGCUUCCUUCUUGUAGUUUUCUACCCUUUAGCAGCUUUCUGUAGCAUUGCCUCAGUUUCCUAUGCAUCAAUGAAGCUAUUAUCCCCAGUACCAUUUGUUCCCUAGUCAUCUCUAAUAUUGUCUCCCUACCCUUCAGGAUUUAAUUUAAAGUUCUGUUAGUCAGGUUUUUGAGACUGUCAGCCAACACAUUUCCAACUACUUUGAGGUGCAACUCCUCUCUUGCCAGAAGUCCUUCCUCAAGGAAAUGGAGAACAUGGUCUUAAGAUGCCUAUGCCUAACCUUUCCUGAUGACACCACCAGCACAGUCAGCGGUCUACCUCAGUAUUUCCCUCUCCCUGGGCCAUGACCUUCCAACAGGAAGAAAUGAUGAAAAAAAACCUGUGCCCCAAGGCCCUUCAAUUUCCCAGCCAGAGUCCUUUGCUAUACAUUGAAAGCUGUGACUGACAGAAUUGUUUGUACUUGCAUGACUCAUAAGGAAGGGGCUGUGGUCAGUGGACUUUAUAAGACCUGGCAACUUUGUGAAUCUUUGCACCUGAAAAACAGCACACCUCCCAGGACAUCUUGUUGCUUUCUGUCUCUAUCCUCAGUAGAGAGUCAUGUAUCACCACCAUUAACAUCCUAUGGUAAAACACAUGCCAUUCUGUUUUGAUUUUCCCCAUUGUCUCGAGUGGCAGCCGGUAAAACAGCCCAGAAAGGGCAUAGUCCAUGCUUUGUAUUACUGAAUGUAUUUUGAGAGAGGGAAGACCACUUGUAGUUGCUGUAAUUGGUUUCUGCAGUGCACGUAUGACAAAUAGUUGCAACCUUAAUUUCAAAUGGUCUAAUAUUAUGACAGCUAUUAAUGUUCCUGGCCGUUUCGUGGGAGUGAGGGUAAGGGGAACAUGGCAAUUUAGUCUACUUUCAGCAUAAGAUAUGGGGUGAAAGGAAUGAGAACUAAUAGAAGCAUCGCCGCCUGUUUAUAAGAGUAGGGAUAGACGGCUAGUGGCCUGAGGCUUAAUAUAACCCAUAACUAUUUUUUUCCUGGUCCUCUGAUGGUCUUGCCAGAACUAUGCUAAAGUUCUGUGUGAUAGAUAUGGAACAUGAAUGAAUGCAAUUUCUCUUUUAGGCUUUGUAUAUAGUAUGUUAAUCUCCAUAUUUGUAUGCCCAGCACUAUGUGAGCCACAUGUACUGUAUAACUUUGAUGCCUUUUGUGUUAGAUGAGUUGGUCAUCCUUUCAGUAAGAGUAUAGGAAAACCCUGCUAGACUUUUAUAUUACAAUUCUGCAUUUAAUAAUUUGGUGUAAUUUUUAAAUUGUCAUCUUAGGUACAAUUGUUGUACAGCCAGAGCCAGUACGUAAUGAAGACAAAGAUGACUUUAAAGGACCUGAAUUUAGGAACAGAAAUACUGCUAGAACGAAACCUGAAGCUCAAAAGAAGCGUGGAGGUAAAUGCACUUGAAUUAAGUUCAAUGAUGCAUUUAAAUCAUUCUAUUAUCAUUAUUAAAAAGUCUGAAUUACCUCUGCAUUCUUGAUGCUUGUGAGCUUUCUAGAGACACUGGAUUGACCACUGUAGUAAACAGACUGCUUGAUAAUGAGAUGGGACCCUUGGUCUGACCUAGUGCAGCAAUUCUUGUGUUCCUAGGCAUCAAUGAAUUCUAGAAUAGUUUCACCAGAAGUGCAAGGGCAGCUGUGCCCUUAAAGGAAUUUGGGAGCAAGGAGUAAGGCUGAGUUGUUGAUGGGAAGAAAGAUCAAGGGACCAUUGAUAGCCCCACCAGGUUUGGGGGCUCUUGCAUUAGCUCAGCAUUACAUUAGCAAUUUAUUUCAAAUUAUAAAUUUAUUAUAGUGAGAGAAGAACAGAGUGUGGGACACAUUUAGAUGAGUUCUUUGCAUAAUUUGCCUCCUGUAAUGUGCAACUUUAUUUUUGGAUGCCAAAACUGAUGAUUGCAUCGUAGUGGAUUUUUUUAAAGCUGCAAUCAAUACUUAAAAGAUUUUUCAGUAUCUUUAAGAAUAAUAUAGUAAUAUGUUAUUAAUAUUACAUCAUAAUAGGAUUGCAGAAGAAUUAUAACUAAAAUUAGUUUUUGAAAAGCAGCAAACAGAAAAGAGGAGCCCCUUUUGUGAAUUACAGAAAAUCCUAAUAUCAGUCGGAUGAUUAGGGAGAUAGUGAAGCAGAAAGAAGAUAAAUGGGAGGUGGGAUGAAGGGUAUGUUAUUGUGCGUUGGAUGGAAAGGAGUCAGCUUAGCAGGUUACAGCAAUUGUUCAGGGGCAAUAUUUUUCUUUAGGUGUUUUUGUUUAGUUUUUAAAAAUAAUUUUAAUACAACAUUUCCCCCUCUGUUUUCUUCUUUAGUCUUUCCUCAUUUGAAAUGUGAAUAAUCUUAAAAGCUUUCAUAAAUUUGUGCUCUUGGGUGAAUUAAAUGUUAUUUUUAUGCUCACAACGUAGACUGCAAUUCUGCACCCUGUUGAACAAUCAAAUUCCCAAUGCAGUUGUUAAAUCUCUAGCAAAACUGAAUGCAGGAUUGCAAUCUGUGAAGUCAAUCUUUAAGAUUUUUUACUGAUUAUUUAGGUUGCGCCAUUCCAUAAGAAGCUAAUUUAAUAUUUAUGUGUGAAUCCAAUGCUUCAGGGGGAAGAAAAUAAUUCUUAACUGGUUACAACAGUUUUCUUUAGCCUUUUAAAGAUACCUCUGCAAUUGGUGAUAUUGCAGAAGUAGUGACACUCAGAGUCCUUCUAACAAUGACAUGCAAGCUAAGUUGUGUUGGAAAAAGGAGGUUUUUGUAGAAGAAAAAUUGAUAUGGUCCUUCUGACUUUUUUUGUAGAGGAAGGGCUACAUGGUAUUGUGAGCUGUACAGCUUGUGGUCAGCAGGUGAAUCAUUUUCAAAAGGAUUCAAUCUAUAGACAUCCCACAUUAAAAGUACUUAUCUGUAAGGUAUGUAAAUGUUGGAUGUGUGUGUAUACCCUCUUAUGUGUAUAUAGAAUUCAAUUUUUUCACUCAGGCUUAGAACAAAACCUGCUACCCACAAGAGACAGGGUUCAUUGAGGCAGAUGACAGGUGGUUCCAUUCCCACAGUAUGUGUAGAUAGAUACAUCAAUUUACUUUCUCUCACAUAAGGGAACGACAGUCUUUUAUUUCAGUGAUAAGUUUUAAGUUACUGCACUUGGUGACAUUGCGUCCAAGGAGGGCAGCUUAUGUAUCUUUCCCAUUCAAAAUAUUGGUGUCCUAGCCUUCACUGAGGCAGAUUUCUCUAGGGAAGAUGCAUUGGUUAGUAUGAUGAAGAUGAACUGCAAUGAGCCUUGGACAUGUGCGCCUGCCCCUCCCACUUCACUGCAAGGAGGUAUUCAGAAGCUUCCAUUUCCUUAAUCUCAGUCUGCUAUGUUAUAUGGUUUGACAAACUUCGUAAAUGUUUUGUAAAAGCCAAUUUCAUCACCUAUGGUUUGAUUCAAAUUACUCGUAACAGUAACCACAGUUUAGGAUCCAGAUGACCUAGCAAGGUUUUUGCUUAACCAGAAGUGAGUGGUUCCGAAUUCCCCCUCGCGGUUAUGUCAGGGGCUUGCUAUGGCUCAUUCUUGUCAUGCUAAACUAUGUUUUAGCGUGACAUCUGGACACAAUCUGGAUGCAUUAGUGGAAAAAAAAAAGGAAUGCAUCUCUGUGCAUAGGAUAUGUAUAUAGAUAUAUAUAUAUAUAUAGAUAUAUAUAUAUAUAUAUAUAUGUCUCAUUUCUUGCUUCCACCAGAUACUUGUGAUAUGCAGGUCCUGUCUCUGUGUCCCACUCUCCAAUCCAUUGUCAUAUUGUUCUAUUGUGGAUUUCAUUUUUAGUCACUUCAGACAUUUUUAAAAUCAGAAGGCAGGGUAUAAAUGAAGUGUUAGAUAUUUUGAUAGCCCCGCAGAAAAGCUAGCUCUCUACUUUUCCAUGUUCUAUAGUACUUUAGAGAGAUGGCUUAAUUAUGGGGGGGGGGAGGCUAUUUUUGCAUUCAUUUAACAAUAAACCAUGCUUUGGCACUCCAUGGGCAAGCAGGAACAAAUUUUAUAAUACGUUUACAGACAAAUGAAAACACUAAAAUCAUACAAUUUGUAACAUACAAAGAGUUAAAAUAUAUGUUAUAUAAACUAAGUAUAAAAGCAAACUAAGAUGCAAUAAAAUUAAUAUAUUUAUAGAACUUUGCAGCAGAAAAGAGAAAUUUAGCAAGUGUUUCUAUUAAUAUUUUGUUCAUGUCAGCCAGUAAGUUGCCCAGAUGCCAUUCAGAAGUUAUUCCUUGGUGUUUUAGUAGGAUGAAAGUAAAUUAUUUUGCACCUCUCUACAAAAAGGACAUGUAUUAAUGUUUACAAUGCUCCUUUCCUGUAGUGGUGGAGCUCUUUGUAAAACCCAGCCAUCCAGUUGAGGAGAAGGAGAGCAAUUAAAUGUAGCCCUAGGAAAAAAAAAUCAGCCAAUAUUUCAGAACAUUCAGGCUUGGUCCUUCAAAAAGGCAGAUGACAGAAUAACACUCCCCCCCCCCCCCCGUACAGUUUACAUGGAGUACAGUGACCAGUAUCCUUAAUCUGAAAAUCAAGAAUAAGUUUUGCCUGGCAGUGCCUUGAGUAUGAAGAAGUUUCUUUCUAUUGUGCAAAGUUUAUUCACUUUAACAGCAGUAUGAGGUCAAUAAUAAUGUUUAGUGUAUAUUAUUACAUAGUCUGCAAAAUUGUUAAGGUUUCUGAAAGAAGAAAUUUAUUUUCUUCAUAGACUUGCUUCAAAUAUUAUAUGAGUGAUGACAUCAGCCGUGAUGCAGAUGGAAUUGAUGAACAGUGUAGGUAGGUGUAUAAAAAUUCCUCAAUAUCCUAAAAUUUUAUAGAGUGAACAGGGGCAUAUUUGAGCCUACAUUGAUCAGUAUUAGCGAGUACAUUUCUUGAAGUGCUUGUCAGUAUUUAUAGUUUGGAUAUAAAGAACCAUGCAGCUUGUUACUUGCACUGCAAGUGAUUUCUGGACUUUAGUUUCUUCAACAGCACUUUGCCCUCAUAACUCAUGGCAAGCUGUUUUGAAACUGAAUGAAAUAUCAGAGUAGUUAUACUGGGGCUUCUUUGUUGAAAGAAAAAAGUCAAAAGCCCAAGUCUCAAGUGCUCUUUUGGCUUCUGACCUAAAUUAUGAAUGUUAUGUUAAAGUAACAUCGUAUAUAGCAUUGUAUAAAGUUGAUUAAAACAUUUCUGUGGUUAUGAUAUAACAUUUUGUAUAUCAUUUUUUUCUUGCUAGUACAAGUAUAUUUCAGCCAAUUGGUUAAGUCAGCUUUUCCCAACCAAGUACCUCCCCUCUGUGUGUUUUGGACUAGAACUCCCAUCAGCCCCAGCCAGUGAUUGUGUUGUCUUGGGUGAAUGGGAGUUAUAAUCUAAGGCAACUGGAUGGCACCUAGACUGUGGGGGAUAGCUGAAUUCUAAAGUGCAGAAAGAAAUGGAAAGUUAGUAUGGAGUAAAAAAUUCAAGUUCUCCAUGCUCCUGUGUACUUUGAGCCCCUUUUGGAUGAAACAUUCCUGCACUGCAGGGGGUUGGACUGGAUGAUCCUCGUGGUCCCUUCCAACUCUGAUUCUAUGAUCUAUGAUUUUUCUUAUUUAACUUGCAUGUUGUCUUGCCACUGUGCAUGUACAACACAGGUGCAAUAAAAUUGAGGGGGGAGGAUGUGGAUUUAGCGGUGCAGGACAUUAUGUGUGUUGAGGCAAAUGUGUCACUAGCUCUGCCUGAAAGCAGUAUUUGUGAAAAUAGCACUAAAUUUCUCUUGUUUUCUCUGGAUACUUGUAUCUUUCUGAUACCAGCAUAGCUAUUUGCACUUCUGAGAAAUAUUUUUGAUGAUCAAUAACUGACUUUAGAUACUUAUGUAACAGAGUUUUCCUAAUUUAUGCCAACAUAUUUUUAAAAAUAUAUAUUCAAACUUUAUUAAUUUCAGAUGGUGUGCUGAAGGUGGAAACUUAAUUUGCUGUGACUUUUGCCAUAACGCCUUCUGCAAAAAAUGUAUAUUACGAAACUUAGGACGAAAAGAACUGUCAACCAUACUGGAUGAAAACAGUCAAUGGCAUUGCUAUAUCUGCCAACCAGAACCUUUGCUGGACUUGGUUACUGCCUGUGAUAGUGUGUUUGAAAAUUUAGAACAAUUAUUACAGCAAAAUAAAAAGAGAAUCAGAGUUGACAAUGACAAAGGUAAAAUAUAUGAUAAUACGCUUAAAUAUUCUCUGAAGAAAAAUAGUUCAAGUUGUAAUGGAGAAGAAAAGAAACAAAACCAUCCACAUUCUGGUGCUCUAACCUAUUCCUACAAAGCACUGAUGGUGCCAAAAGUCCUGCUUAAAAAAACUAAAAAACUAGUUGAAACGACAACAAAUAUGAAUGCUAGUUUUGUUAAUUUUUUGAAGCAGGCAAUUGAAAAUUCUGAAAUAAACCCGACGGUGCAAUUACGUCAGCUGAAGGCUUUUAAAUCUGUGUUGAGUGACAUAAAAAAGGCUCAUAUGGCAUUGGACGAAGAUCUGAAUUUUGAGAUUCGGUCUCUAGAUUUUAAAACCAAGCAAAAAAACACCAAGGAUAGUGAAACUGCAAUUAAUUUGGAUACCGGUGAAGAGAAGAAAACGGAAGGGAAAGAAAUAAAAGAGCAUAAAGUUGGAUUAGAAGUCAGUGAACAUACAGAUCCAAAUGUACCAAUAAUCGAUCAAUCAGGAAGCAAAAAACCCAACUGCAAAGAUAAAAAAGCUGUGAAAAUUGAUCUUCAGUAUGAACCCAAUAGAGCUGAGGCAACAGAUAUGGAUAUUGUAUCAAUUCCCUCAUCAGUUCCUGAAGAUAUUUUUGAAUCUUGUAUGGAAGCACAAAAAGCUGCCGGUGAACAGGGCAGUGGAAGUAGAGCAACAGAGCAAGGGGCAGUAAAUGCAGAUAUAAGAUCUAAAGACAGCAGGAAAGGAAUGAAAUUGAUACCAACAACAAAAGUAACAAAAACAUUGGUUGUGAAACUGACUCCAGUUUCCCUCUCUAAUUCUUCUGUAAAAGCUGAAGAUCCAGAUGGAAAGCCAGAAAAGGGAGAUGAGCUUGAAGACGGGAAAGAAAAUCAUGGCACUGAAUGUCCACCUGAAAGUAAAAUUACUCCUUUGGUAGAAGAUCAUGAUCUCAGAAGGUCUCCACGUGUUAAAACUACACCUCUGAGACGCCCAACAGACAUAAACACCUUACUAUGUAAUUCAGAAGAGGACAGCAAUGAUGCAUACAGUGAAAAACAAAGGAGAAAAUCCACACCAUCUAAAAGGAAAAAAGAUAAGCCAGACUCUCCUGUUACUACAGUUCACAGUCCUCAGUCUAACACAUUUUCUGAGACAAACAAACCAGACACAAUGGACCAAAGCUCUGAUUCUGAUGAGGUGCCUGCAGUCCUGCAAGCAGCAACCACAAGCAGCCACAGUACUUCAGAUACUGACAGCAACAGUGAAACACCCAAGGAUGUGUUAAAUGCUUUAAAGAGGCGGCCAGUGAAGAUGGACAAUGGAAAGCGUAAAAGAAAAAGUUCCAGUUCUGGAUCAGAUUCCGAUGCUAAAGAGGAAAAAGCAAAGCAGGAUUUGGUUGCAGCUGCGAAAAAGCAACGCCAGAACUGUUCAGAUUCUUCCAAUAAUGAUUCUGAGUUGGAGACAGAGAAUUUUAGUAAAACAGAGUCUGCAAGAAAAGCUGCAAAAAAAGAACCAAAGAAAGAUAAUGAUUCUUCAGAAGAGGAACCAAUUAAAGAAGGAAAAAGAAAUUCCAAGCAGAAGGGUGAAGUGUGCAAUGAAGUUGAUGAUGUUGAAGUCUCUGCUCCAGGAAAAGAAAAGCUAGACAAUUCUUUGGAAGAUGCACCUUGUAAAGAGCUAGGUUUUAAGGGGAGACGAACAAGGGAUUUCAAAGGGAGAGCCUCCAAAGGUAAACAGAAUAUGUCUCCAGAAAAAGAGAGUAGCAUUUCAGGCAAGAUAUGCGAACCACUGGCAAAGGAAGGACGUGAUGUUUCUUCUGAUGAUAUAGGACUGCCACUAAAGCCGGAACAAACUGGUGAAUCAUCAGAUGAUGCUAGAAAUAAAGCUAAAAAAGGCACAGAAGGAAAGGAAAGUGGAAAUCGGAGAAAAUUUUCUACAAGGGGACAAGGUGAUUCCUCUUCUGAAAUGGAGAAGUUUUCUCCUGAAAAAGAGAGUUGUUCUUCUGGAAGUAAAGGCAAGAAACAAAGUACUGCUGAAAAUAAAAAGAACUCAAGAGAAAGGGUUUCUAAGAAGUUGCAGGGUAACGCUUCAGACACUGCAAAGUCUCCCAAAAAUGAACAGGUCUGUGAUACUUCAGAAGAUAAUUUAAAUGUAAAAAGAAUCAAUGCUAAAGAAAAGAAAAAAGUAAGCCCCAAAAGAAGAAAUUCCAAACAAGUUAGAGGUGACUUGCUUUCCUCUUCUGAGGAAGACUUGUAUGAGGAGAAAAAGGAAAAAAAAAGAGGGGCAGUCACUAAGGGAAAUUCCAAGAGUAAUCGUAAAGAGAGAGGGAAUAUUAAUGUUAAAAAGGCAAAGAAUGAAACCCUCAAUUCCACUACCACAUCACCAUCAUCAUCCAAUGAAGCUGAAAACGAGGACCUGAAUUCAGCAGGCGAGGCAAGCAGUGAUGAACAGAAAAUUAAGCCCGUGACAGAAAGUUUAUUGGCACCAGCAACAAUUGGAUUUUGUCAGUCUUCAGGUGUGCAAAAGUUUUAAAUCUAAUUUUUUUGUUAUUAAUACAAAAAAGUGUUUGCAGCCUUUUAGCUUAAUUUAGAAAUUCUAGCACUUCUCUGAUAAAACAAAACAAGUGCCUUAAAGUUUGAAUGUAGUUGGAAAUCCUUACUAGUAUGGUGUGUGUAUGGGUUUUGCAGUUUAAGAUAUGAAUUUCCAUUUUUUAGUUGAUACUUAAUCAUGUAUCAAAACCCCGUUUUGGUUUUUAAAUGAUGUUCAAAAAAUGCUGAAAUGUUGAUGAUUUUUAUAGCACUCAAAUUGAUUUCUAUAGCACUGUCCUGUUUCCUAUAGUGCCCAAGUCCUGGGGAGCUGACAAACAGGACAUGCGUAAGAGCCCUCUCCUGCUCUUCCCCAGAAACUGAUAUCCAUUGGUAGCCUUCUCCUCCAUGAAUUUGUCUAAUUCUCUCCUGUGAUCUUCUAAGGUAGAGAUAUCCAGACAUCUUGUGGAGGUGAAUUCCAAAGGUUAAUUAUGUGGAAUGUAAAGAAGUACUUGACCUACGGAGCUGUGAAUUUGUCUUACUGCUAAAGUCACCUAGAAUUGCAUCCCUAGGUUCAUGGUGUAACAAUAAUAAUUCAACAUGCACUUCUAUUAUAACUUCAGUUGUGAAAUUCAGUCCAGCAGUUUUAAGUAUAUACAGUAGGAACCAGGACCAAGUAGGUUACAGAUGGGGAACCUGUGGCUCUUGCCUUAUUGUUAUCUCCAGAUCACAUCAUUCCUGGCCAUACUACAUGGGGCAGACAGGAGCUAGAGUACAACAACACUGGAAACUACAGGUUUCCUGUCUCUGGGAUAAGGUGAAUACCAAGGUUUCAACCCUAUACCCAUUUAGGAAUAAACUGCAUGGAAGAAAAUGGGACUGACUUCUGACUAGGCUUGUGUCUAGUUGUGCUGUGAGUCCAGUUGCAUUUACUAUAUUGAAUGUCACCUCAGAAGGUCUCACAGAGGAGCAUAAAGAACUGUGAUAGCUGAGAUCUGAAUGUUCACCAGUUCAUUGAUUGGAUAUACCAUGAGUAUCCCCUUUGGAUCCCCCCUCCCUUUAUUCUCUCUAAAACUGAGUAAACUAAAGUUUUCUCAUACCAUCCUGUUGUCCACAGUUUAUAAUUUUCAAAUACUCAAGAAGAUAGUCACAGUUAAGCUGAAUUUUGCUGUAGUAUGAAAGAUGAGCACUUAUAUGAUGCUGUUCAGAUUUAUAAACAUUCCUGGUAGUUUCUGGGUAAUUGAUUCCUGGGUGAUUGAAUUUAUCAGGGCUAGAAAGCAGAUGUGGUAUAGCCCAGUGUGGUUUGUUUAGAGUUUGAUCAGCCUUUAGGAGGAUUGGCCCCCUGGUAUACACCAGAGCUUAGAGCGAGGAAAAAAGCUGGGAGACAGCUUGAAUGCAAGUGGAGGAAAGAUCUGAAUGAAUGCAACCGAACACUGGUAAGGGCUCAUUAUCAAGCCUACCAAGUGGCAGUGAAGACAGCGAAGAAGGCAUCCUUUGCUGCCUCCAUUGCAUCCUCAUCAUGUCAUCCGGCAGAGCUUUUCUGGGUUGUACGGGGCCCUUUACAGGCUGGCCCAAGGGAGGUGAUAGAACCAACUGUAGCUUGCUGUGAUUUGUUUGCAAAGCAUUUUGAGGAUAAAAUUGCUUGUAUCCACCAAGACCUUGACUGUUGUUGUAGCAGAUGAAUCUCAUGGGGUGUUCCGAGCACUGUCUAGUCCAGGCAUAGGCAAGCUCGGCCCUCUAGAUGUUUGGGGACUACAACUCCCAUCUUCCCUAGCUAACAGGACCAGUGGUCAGGGAUGAUGGGAGUUGUAGUCCCAAAACAUCUGGAGGGCCAAGUUUCCUAUGCCUGGUCUAGUCCUGUUGUGUUGGAUGAGUCUCAGUAAGGCUCGAGGAUUGCACAAGGUGCUUGGAUCAGUCAGGGCAACCACUUGCGCUCUAGAUCCUUGCCCCUCUUGGCUGAUAAAAUUCAGCAGGGAGGGGACAGCUGCCUGGGCCAGGGAGGUGAUCAAUGCCUCUUUACGAGAAGGGGUGGUCCCUGCCUGUUUGAAGGAGACAGUGGCAAAACCACUCGUUAAGAAACCUUCCCUGGAUUCGGAAAACCUAAUUAACUACUGGCCAGUUGCUAAUCUCCCUUUCCUGGGCAAGGUCCUGGAGCAAGUAGUCACAGAGCAGAUCCAGGUGCUUUUGGAAGAAACUGAUUUUCUGGAUCCAUUUCAAUUGGGGUUUAGGCCUGGUUUUGGCACAGAAACUGCCUUGGUUGCCCUGUAUGAUGACCUUUGUCUAGAGAGAGACAAGGGAAACAGGCCCCUUUUAAUGGUUCUUGACUUUUCAGCAGCUUUCGAUACCAUCAACCAUGGUAUCCUUCUGGAGCAACUCUCCGAACAAGGGGGUGGGUGACACCGCUUUGCGGUGGUUCCAGUCCUACUUGAAUAGUCGCUCCCAGAGGGUGUUACUUUUCAGCCCCGUGGAACAUUCAAUGUGGAGUUCCUUAGGGCUCAGUCCUAUCCCCCAUGUUGUUUAACAUCUACAUGAAACCACUGGUUGGGGUUAUCUGGAGGUUUGGAGUAUGUUGUCAGCAGUAUGCUGAUGACACUCAGCUCUAUUUCCCCUUUACAUCUGCAGGUGAGGCAGUGGAAGUGCUGGACCAGUGCCUUGCCUUGGAAAUGAACUGGAUGAGAGCCAACAGACUGAAGCUCAAUCCAGAUAAGACUGAGGCACUGUUAGUGGGUGGUUCCCUAGACCGGAUGGGUGGGAGGUUGCCUGCUCUUGAUGGGGUUACACUUCCUCUGAAGGAGCAGGUUCAUAGCUUGGGGGUACUCCUGGAUUUAUUAGGUAUUUUGUGAUUUUAUAUCUUGAUUUUAUUCUGUGAAUCACCCUUAGACCCCGGGUAUAGGGCGGUACAUAAAUUCAGUUGAUGAUGAUAAUAGUUCCUUAUGUAACUAAAAUACUUGAAGAGAGGAGCACUGUUAGAUUUAAAUGUUGAAGGAUAAUAGCUUUAGAUAGAACAUGUGAAAAGAAAUCUAGUAGAUACUGGUACUGCAAAAUGUUGAUGUUUGAAGUUUUGGGGUUUUUAAAAGCAAUUGGAUUCUGGUCAGAGCAGCCUAGGAUUAGAGGGCUGUUAUAGGAAGGAAAAUAUGUAAAUGAGGAAUGGACAGCAGUACAACACACAUGGAAGGUAGGAAACUUAAAUGUGUCCUAGUUAACUGCAGUGCAGCUUCUGAUGAUGGUGCACCGUCUCUUUUCUAAAACUGAAAGUUCAUUUUGUCAUUAUUGGAACAGCUAUUUGCAUUGUGUGUUGACAGUUUCUUGGUAAUUUGGAAGAGGGAAGUAUUCAGGGUACUAACUAAUUCCACUUUAGGCACAGAAUAGCCAUGCAUAGAAAGUUGCAAUAUCGCUUCACUCCAUAACAAGCGUUCCCAAUCACAGCUCUGGCCAAGCACCCUUUCCUCUCAAAUGGGUGACUUACAGCUCCUCUCAGGGCUGUAGGCAGUAGAAGCAGGACAAAUUGCUUUCCUUUCACCCUCCUCUUACAAACUGACAACAUUCUGUAUCGCAUGGUGAUGACUGAGCAUGCUUCAUCUUCAUUUGGUUAUUUUCUUUUGAGAGAGGUGUGGCACUAUGCUGAUACUUCCUCCUUGUUUCUCAGUAGCUUGUUAUAGCUCAAUUUCUAUUGGCAUGGGGCACUGAAUUCACUUGGAGUUACCAUAGACAUUUAAAUAAUAUUUGCUAUUCCUAGAGCAUAUGAAUUUUAGUUUAAAAGAUUGUGAAUGGGGAGAUCAGAAUGAAAACAUUGGGAUGAGGUGGGCAGAAAGAGAAGACACACCUAUAAGAGUAAGAGAGUGGGAGGUCUUGCCUACCCUUCUAACUGUUUCUUUUCCUUCCUCCCACCGCCAAGUCUGCAGGGAGCUAAGCUGAGAAUGGUGGACCCUCUUUAUGUUCUUCCUGUUUCUUGCACCGCUGUGCUUUGUAAUUGGAGGGGCUGGUUCUUCUGGAUGAGUGCGAAUUGACCCAAAUCUGUAGAGUACCAGUAUAUUACACACAGUGAAUCUGGUUAAUCUACAAUUGGCAGCUAUUUUUGUGUGCAUGUAAACUGCAGUGAUCAUUACAAAGGAUGUUACAAAAAAAAUGGUAUUAGUUUUCUUUUCCUCUGUUUAUUAUUACUUUUAUUAUUCUGUUCUUAAUUUUAUAUAGCAGUCCUUAGAAAAGGAUGAGUUGCAUUUAGUAAUUGUAAGAAACGUUGAUGAUCACUAUUCAGGUGAUUGAUGAUAUAGCAUUUGAUGUGACAAAAGUUUAUUCUGCUUGUGCCAAAUAUAUUUCCUUUACCCCUCCCCCUUCCCAAGGAGACGAAGGAGACAAUAAAUUGCAGACUGUACCAAUGGAAGAGGAGGAAGAUGAUGACGACGAUCCUGAGAAUAGGUAUGAUUCCAUCCGUAAGGACUUUAAAAAGAUUAUAACACACCCUAGGCGUGGGCGCAAACAAGAGCAACGGAACAGCAAGCAGGUUGUAAAAACCAGAAGUGCCUGCCUUGUAAAGACUCGCUCACAGGCUUCCCGCAAGUUUGAACGAGGGGCCAGAAAACAAACCCCCAAAUCCAGAAAUGAAAAGAAACUAAGAAAAUAGUGAUAAUUCACACACCUUGCAUAGGGUGUGUUAUAAAUGCAUUGCAGCACUGUCUGUUUUAAGUUUCCAUGUAAAAUGCAGAUUUUGUGUAACUUUAACACAAUUUGAUAAUUAUGGCUACCUGUAGGAAUAAGAAAUACCGUUUAGCUGGUAUUGUGACACAAAUCUUUGUUUUCGGUAUUGAAUAUUUUUGAAUUGGUUUGCUCAUUCAUUCUUAAGAAAACCUGAUUAGAAAGUAGAGCCAUGCUUUUGAAGAAAUCCGUUCUGUUGUAUCCAGAAAGAUUCACUUUUAAAUUUAAAAGUGAAUAUCUGGUGGCAUUAAUAUAAUGAAUGACUGGGUUUUUUAAAAAAAAAACACACACACCCAUUCCUGUCAUUGAGGUUUUAUUGGCAUUGUUUGGGGGUGUUCAGUCACAUGUUAAAUUAAACGUGCAUAUAUGAUAUUGAAGUUCAAUGUUAAAGUAUUGCUGUAGUCAAAAGCUUUUAGUUUCGUAGGCCAUACGAUAGGGCUGGGCAAUAUAUCAAAACAUCGUGCAAAACAGGUUUGAAGUCCAUAUUGUAAUAAUGGUUUCAUAAUUUUUGACCUGGCAAUUUAUUGUGAAUCAUGAUAUGUGCAUGCGUGUGCACUAUACAAAAAUCACAAUGUGCGAAAAACCGUAAAACCCGCCACUGCUUCUCUUGAUUCCUGCAGCCUCUCUUAACUCUGCUGGCUCGGCUUUCUGCUGUCUCCUGCAGGAGGAAGCGAAUCACAAGAGCAGCUGCUGGAAAAAUCACAAUGUGGGAAAAAUCAUGAAGCCAGCCAUUGUCUCUACAUAGCUCCAUCCUUAUUUCAGACAUUGUGAUAUAUCAGUAUAUUGCCAUGUUUAGCUGAUGAUAGAUCACAGUGUUGAAAACCAGAUAUCGCCCAGCCCUACCAUAUGGUUUCCUAAUACCUAAAUUCUGUAAUGGAAGAAAUUGCCAAAUAGUAGACCGGAGGGUGGGGGGAAGAGAAGAAGAAACAGUUGAGUAAAGUGAAUUUUUUAUUGGGAGAUUUGUUGGAAUACCAAGAGUACUUACUACCAAGGCAUCUAAAUUCUAAUGUUGGUUACCAGGAAGUUUCUUUUCUGGGCACUGUUUCUACAAAACUCAAUAACUAUGUUUUGGAAUGAGGUGUCUUUGAUAAUGAUGUGUGCAAUCAGCUUUGUGGGGUUAAGAAUUGUUUGUUACCAAUUUAUCUGGCUUUUACAUACAGAGGAGAGCUUUUCGUUUCUCCCUAAAGUGAAUAUUAAUACUUGUUCUGCUAUAUGCACCUGGCUAUAGAUUAAAAUGCUGCUAAUCUAGCUGUUACUUGCUUUUCACACACAGCGUUAAAACAAAUGUAUAAAGGAAUGUUUAAAAUAAUUGUUUAAAGAUUGGCAGUAUAAAACGAUGAGCAUACUUUUGAACAAAAUGGGACUUUUAAAAAAGAUGCAAACUUGAGUCCCUUUUUAAUUACUAGAUUUUUAAUUUUUAGUAGGUAUUUUUAGUUAGAAAGUUGUUAGGUGCUUGCUUGGAGUAUUAUACUUUAUUUCUUAAUACAUAGCAUGGAGUAUUAUACUUUAUUUCUUAAUACAUAGCAGAUGUAUCUUGAAAUCAUGAAGAAUAAUUAUAUCUAAUACAUCAGUUCCUGAAAUUUUAUUUAAAGGGGGUGGGGAGAUAAUGAAUACAAGCAGGUCCCGCUAUCGGAACAAAAUGCGUUCCCAGCAAAUUGUUUGUCAGGUGAGCAUUUGCAUAACAAGCUGAUGAUUUCCAUUUUUUCUUAUGGAAACAUUUCUAACCUAUGUUUUUUGCCUGAAACUGCUGCAGACAAUUAACAAAAGCCAAACAAAAGAAAAUUUGAUUUGUUCAAUCACUCCUGCUCCCUAAUAUGUCCGAUCUUUUUAAUAGAAUCAUAGAAUUUGAGUUGGAAGGGAUCUAAGGGUCAUCUAGUCCAACCCCCUGCAAUGCAGGAAUCUCAGCUAAAGCAUCCAUGACAGAUGACCAUCCAACCUCAGCUUAUAAACCUCCAAGGAAGGAGAAUCCACCACCUUUCGUGGGAGUCUGUUCCACUGCUGAACAGCUCUUACUGUCGGAAAGCUUUUCCAAAUGUUUAGUCAAAAUCUCAUUUCUUCUAACUUGAAGCUAUUGGUUCGAGUCCUACCCCCCAGAGCAGGAGAAAACAAGCAUGCUCCCUCUUCCAUGUGUUAUUCCUUAAGAUAUUUGAGGAUGGCUAUCAUAUCUCCUCUCAGUCUCCUCUUUCCAGGCUAAACAUACCCUGCUCCUUCAAGUUCUCCUCAUAAUGUUUAGUUUCCAGACCCUUGAUCAUCUUGGUUGUCUUCCUCUACACACGUUCCAGCUUGUCAACAUCUUUCUUAAAUUUUGGUGCCUAGAAUUGGACACAGUAUUCCAGGUGUGGUCUGACCAAGGCAGAAUAGAGUGGUACUAUUACUUCCCUUGAUUUCGACAGUAUACUUCUGUUGAUGCAGCCUAGAAUAGUGUUAGCUUUUUUUUUUUUUUUUUUUUUUGGUGCAUCUAAUUUAUGGAUCUAAGUCCCCUAGAUCCUUAAAUCAGAUAUCUGAGCAGCCAGUUUUGCUGUUUGGCAGCAAACAUUUUGGUCAGAAACCAUGGAUGAAGCAAUGCUUUUUUCCGUUCCAGUGCUUUUUUCUGGGGGGUACUCAAGGGUGUGCAGCACUAGCACUUUUUUCUAGAAGAAAAAUACUGGUUAAAAUUGUGGCACUUACUGUAACAACAUCAUGCAGAGUACAGGCACUUUUUUUUCUAGAAGAAAAAGCACUUCUCUAUCCAUGGUUUCUGCCCCAAAUGGCUUCUGCCAAACAGCAAAACUGGCUGCUAAGAUACCUGAAUUAGACAUUCUUGUAGUGAGGUUUGGGUAUGUUCAGAUAACUGAGAUUUUGGAUAACGAGCUUUCCAAUAGUGGACCUGCUUGUACUGUUUAAUCCAGGAAAGAAUAAAUCUACCUCUCUUAGAUGGAGUUGGUGUUCAUCAAAUAGUCUUCACCAGUAUGCAAGGUGAAUUUUGGCUGACUUGUAUUAUAUCUUUUUGCAAUGCUUUAUGUUGUACCAGAAUUAAGAAAAUCAUGUUGUACCAGAAUUAAGAAAAUGCAAUUUAAAGAGUCUAUUCACUGACUAUGUAUGUUAGAUAGAUCCAAAGAGCUGCUAAGGACUUCCAUAAGACACGAGCACUUCUGGUCUUCCUUCCAACCCUUCAUCCCCAAGCAGUGACUGCUGUGGAAUAAAGGGAUGCAGCUUGGGGUAUUUCCCCAUCCCAUUUGCACACCAAAAUGCUUUCUUCCAGCAUAUGGGGCUGUUCGGAUCUCAACCAUAGUGAUUACUGUUAAGGGUUUGGUGACUUCUUCCUUGAUAUACCAAUCCCAGACUUCCAAGUAAAUGCACUUAGGUUUGCAAUUUAAUGGUUGCUUGUUUUUUGGUCAAAAGACCCAUUUCCACCAGGCCAAAGAGGGAUGCUAGAUAUUUGUUGUAAUGUUACAGCUUAGGCUGUACCUACAGCUUUCUUUUUCUGACAAAACUAUUAUUUUAACAUGUUUCUUCCUAAAGUGUAGAAAUAAUCUUUUGCCAAAGUACAAUAUUUUAGUGGGUCAUAAUAUAACACAGAGUGUCAUAUUUCAUUGUGGUGUGUAUUUGUUUCUUCUUGGUUUGUCUGAAAUUUGAAAUAGUACUGUUUUAAUAUGUUUGGAGUUAUUUUUGUUCAUUGAGAGAUUCAUAGUGUAUUCAUGCACAAUGACUUUGAAGUAUUUGAUGGAUGCAAUAAAUUUUUGUAAAACAUGUUUCUUGUCCAAGCAUUUAAUUUAAGAAAUGUAGACUGCCAGUUUUUCUACAAAGAUGGUAGGGCACAAUUUAUUGAGGUAUUUUCUUUCAUAUUAAAAAAGUGUCCACAUAUUAGUCAAUUUUGUGGUCCGCUAGGUUAAAGCUGUGUUAAAGCAUGAAACAUCAUUAAUAAACAAAACGUGUAUAGUUUGCACACUGUUGAAGCUUAUAAGCUACUCUCAAGCAAUUUAGGAGCAUGUAAAAUAAAUAAUUGUGAAUUUGUGUCUCGUUGGAGUUGCCAGCAUAUCUCAGAAGACUUGUGCAUGCAUUAAGGAUUUAUCAUUUUCUUUCAGAUGCAAUAGUCUGCAUGAUGCAAGCACGUGUGCUGGCAAAUUGCAUAACACUUUUCUUCCCACAAUAUCAAGAGUAUUGCAUUGAUUUGUUGGUUGUGUGAGUGAGUCAGCUUAGGAGCUGCCAUUGAUGUCUAUGGAAAAGGCAGCAGGCACAUGCGUGGCAUUAAUCUUGCAUUGUAAUUAUAACCGCAAAUGACUGCACAAUAUUUGAAAUGGGGCAAAAGGUGGUCUCUCUUCAGUGCUGUAAAUGAAAUGAGUAUCAAUGUGCUAAUCAGCUAUGCUUAUUGGGGGCGGAGGCGGGAGGCCCUAGACUCUGAUAAAACUGCAAAGGAGUGCCAGUUCGUUAAUCAAAUUCUGUAUGAAAGCAGGAAUUCAUCCCUCAAAUACUUUACAAAUGAUUGUUUUAUUAAGGUACAGUGGUUGACCAGAACCAUGAUUUAAAACAGUUGCUUUGUUCACAUGUUAGGGUAAACAAAGUUAAUGAUUUACCCGGAAUGCACAGAUGGCUCCUGUCCUAGUAUGGGCAAGAGCAGCAAGUCAUGAGGUGAAACCAAGUUUUCUUCUUAGCUUACCAAUCAUGGUUUGAGCAAACAAACCAUGAUAUCCAAUUUGGAUGCAACACUUAAACCAGAAAUCAUGGAUUUGUUACUUCUGCAAAGUGGGAAUGAUCUCCAUGUCUAUGUUAAAGCAAUAAUUAUUAUUUACCAUGACAUGCAAACUGUACUAAUACAUAUAAUAAAGUUGAAGCAAGAGAAAGAAGUGAACUAAAGUCCCAUUAAUAAAUAAAUGGAACUCAGCUUAUUUCAUGGGGACUAAAACAGUGGUUCCCAUAGUGAAUGGUACUGCCCCCAGGAGGAUGAUGCGAUUUCCUAGGGGGGCACUAUGUUGAUCACUAGAGCCUUGUAUUAUUUUUAAAGUUUUACUCUUUCCACUUUCAAAGCUAUUUCCUUUGAUAAUGUUUGUUUGUAUUUAUGAUUUUGAGUUGUCAUGAGUCACAAGAUAGCCAAUCAUUGGUAAUAGCUUUUGAUUUUCUUAUAAAUUAGUUACAGUACAUCUGUGAUAGGUGAAAGUUUGUGCAUGUUUGGUAAGUAGUUAUAUAUAAACACUUUAUGCUAUAAAUUUCCUUCACCUUACGAUUUUUUAGUAAUAAUUCGUAAAAUAUUUUUCAUGCAAUAUCUGGUAUCAGUGGAUCAAAUUCUUGAAUUAAUUAAACUAAAUAGUUUUAAUUGUAUUUUGAAUAAAUGUGCAGUUGUUACCAUUUUGAAUUUUAUUGUGUUAAUAUCUUCCUUAGUGGGUUGUGCAAGACCCUUAUUCUGAAUUCUGCUUUUUAUAGGGUAGGGGGCACUGGAAACGAGUUUAUAGAACCAUGGGGGUGGUGGCCUGAAAAGAAUUUGGAUCUAGUGGUCUAAUUUGGCUGGCUUCAGACUUGUUGCUUUCAGAAUUGUGCCCUACAUACACCAAAGCCAUCCUACUGUGAGGGAGAUGGUUUGUCUCUUCUUGUAAACAAACAAACAAACAAACAAACAAGUAGGCAAGUAAAUAAGUUAACAAAGUUAAUAAUUAUAUAUAUAAAUAAAUGAAUAAUAGGAAGUAAAUGUUAACUUAAUAGUAAGCUAAUAGCAAAUAAGUGAAUAAAUAGGUGAGUAAAUAAGUACAUAAUAAAUAAAUAAAUAAAUAAGUAAAUAAAUAAAUUAAAGUCAUUCCAUAAGUAUGCAAACAAACAAACAAACAAAUAAAUGAAUAAGUAAAUGAGUGAAUAAAGCUCACUUGAUUGGUCAAGGGAUGUGGGAUAGUUAUUUUUUAAAGGUGAUUCACAAAUUGAGUCCUUAUCAAGAACUCAGUAACUAAAUUCUGUUUGAAUGCACUUUAUUUUUUAUAACUCAUGCGACUCACUUUUGCAUUUGGUGGCCAUAGAAAUACAGUAUUUUUUUAUAAACUGCUAAAUCUGUAAGGAGAUUGUUGGAUAGACCAGUGCUAUAAUCUAAAAUGCUUUCUUGGGAUGUGGUUUUCUGCCCUUCAGAGAUACAGAUUUCUUGUGAUAUUUUGGAGGCUACCAAGAUUGAUGUGGGAAUCUAAUAUUCAGUUAGAUAUUGCUGUGCAGCUAUGAUUAUGACUCAUGAGAGGGUGACACUGAAAAGAGGCAUAUAAAAGUGUAACCAUGUCAUGGUACCAAGUCAGCAAAAUAAAUACUUCUGAAAUUGCAAGGCUGUUUGACAUUAUUAGGGGGAAAAUCAGCCUUUUCCUCCACAAGCAGGUUAAUCCACCAAAUUACUCUUCCAUUUCCAGCUUUACUCUUGCUCAGUUCUUAAAAUUCUCUGUUCAGGUUUGUUUUCAACCAUUAAUCUUGCUCGGUUAUUAUGCAUUUACUUUGGCAUUUACUGAUUUUUAUUGCUGAACCAAUGGAAUACACCUUUUUUGUUUUACUUCAAAGAAUUGCCAAGAAAAUGCUUUUAGAAGAAAUCAAAGCCAAUCUUUCCUCAGAGGAUGAAACUUCUUCUGAUGAAGAAUCUGAUGAAGGGAAAAAGAAGAAAGGAAAGCAUUAUGAAAAAAGAGGUGACAAUGGUGAGCACCACAUAGUAAUACAAUAAGAGUACUAAAAUGUGAUUUGUGACCUGGGUGGGCAUUCUACCAUAUAGAGGGACUGUUAUUUUCAAAUUCAUUGUCAUUUCAAAAUAUUUAGUAAGAGACUAAUCAGCAAAGCACCUUUUAAACAAAAUAUGUAAAUUGACCAAACAUAGAACUUAGAACUGUAUUUCUCACAGUACUUAACGGUAAGUACUGACACUCCUUUUUUCCUGAACAUGUAGCAGCCAUUUUGUGCUGGUACCCACAGCACUUUCAUCAAUAUAUGAGUACCAGCACCUCAUUUUAGACCAAAAGAAGCUCUAAUUGAACUCAUAUGGCAGCUAGUUGUGAGCAGAUAGCUAUUAUAGCCAUCUGCUCACAGUGUAAGGUUGUGCUGAAGUGUUCAUAUAAUGCCUUCAAUCCUAUGACACUCUUAAAUAUAACUUGAAUACUUAAUUAUUUGCUCAAUAUCAUUCACAUAUUAAAAAGAACUGAAAUGUGUUCUUCUUAGUGAAUAGAUUUAAUAAAUAAUAAUAAAGUAAUAACUGCUAAACUCAAAUCCUUCGUAAUGUAGAUGGUAUGUAUUGUCAUUACCUCCCUUUGAUACUGAUACGAGCUGGAAAAAUAAAUUGUAUGGGAGAAGCUUUAUGUUGAUUCCCCCCCUUUUUGUGACAGGAGAGAAUGAACAGGAAGAUGAGUCUGACUCUGAUUCAGAUGCUGAUGGGGCUAAGAAACCCAGAUACAGACACCGCUUGUUAAGACAUAAGUUGACCACGAGUGAUGGAGAGUCUGAGGAAGAGAAAAAGGAAAAAGCUAAAGAGGCAAAAGAAGUUAAACGCAGGAACAGAAGGAAAGGUACAAAAUCUAAAAUGUGUGGUGUGUGUCUACAUAUCAGGGGCUGUAUAGGCAGCCAUUAUUUUGCUAACAUAUUGCUCCUUGAAGAUAGUGGUACAAUUCUUAUUGCUACUUUAUUGGAAUGCAUCUGUCAAAUAGCUGAUAAUCCAUACUCUGGCAGUUCUUGAAGCAAGAAUUAAAAAUGCUUAUUUAUUCACAUGAAAGGCUUAUUUACCACUUUUCAGGAAAUGGUCUUUCAAAGUUGUUUACAGUCUCAUUGAAGUAUAUCAAUAAAGUACAACAAUAGAAUACCAGUUCUGUUGGACAAAUGAGCAUGGAGUAGUGGGGUAGAUGCAGCAGAAACCUCUAAGAUGUGUGUGCCAAUCCCUCACUGAUAAUGACAUAUCUCCAAGGGGUCUCACAUUGAUUAGAGUAGAUGAAAUCAGGUAGGAUGAUGCAGAAGGUCAAACAAUUCAGGAAAGGGAUAAUUUAGUUGUGUAUUGGGUUCGGAGAGAAAGGCCAGUAUUUUUAGAGCAUUUUUGUUUUCCCAAGGUUUUGGGAAUGCCCAGUGAGAAUUGUUUCCUUUGAACAGCAGAUCUAAUGAUUCACAAACUUCUUUUCCUUAGUUCCAAAAUUGUUUAGCCAUGACAUUGAGACAAAUUAUUAUUGCUUGAGGCCGAUGACCAUUACAGUAUAAAACAUAAAAACAAAAAUGGCAGUCCAUAUCACUUACCCAAACUACAACCAUAUCACCCUGAAUAUGGCCAGUUUUAUCUGAUCUCACAAGUGCCAUGUGAAACAGAUUGUUGUUGUUGAACAUGCAGAAGCUUAAAACCCCUUGACCUUGUGGAAUUACUUCUGCAUCCUGGUCAUUAUAAAAAAAUAAUUGAGCAGCGAGUUUAGAAUUCUGUUGAAUCAGCUGCUACUUGAUAGUUGAAAUCAUGAUGAUUCAGCAUGCGAACUUAAGAACAUUGUAUGUCUUGAAAUGAUAAAUACAUAGAUUUAGGGAGUUCUCACCUUUUCCCAAAUGUUUAUUCUAAUCUUAAUUUAGAACUUUAAAUUAUCUUCCUGUUUUAGAACUAGCUUGCGCAUCCCCAGGAGGCUCUUGACUUGUGUUCUUUGUUUGGGAUGGGAGAUUACUGUGGAAGAGGAAAUCCCACUGGAUGCGUGCCAGGCAACAGACACACAUACCGUGCAAUCCUAUGUAUAUCUACUUGGAAGUAUGUCUCGUUAUCAAUAGAGCGUACUCCCAGGUAGGUGUGUAUGGUGUUGCAGCCUUGUUGGGCCUAACAUCUGAGUAGACAUUUCUAGGAUUUCACUGUUAAGUAAGCUCUUUGGAUUCUGGCCUUAAUAAGUAUUUAGAGGGCAUGAAUGCAAGCAGAUUGAGACUGCACUGGUGUUUUGCAUCCGGUGUCACUUUCUCUGUUUAUUUUCUUCCAUUUCUUCACAAUUAAAAAAGAAGUUUACCAAAGUCAGGUAUUGUCUGCUACUGUUUGUUUUAUUUUUAUACAAAUAAGAUAAUUACAUUUCAUUGUUCUGCCUAAUUCUGCUGAACUGUUUUAGCAUAAGUUUUAUUUUGGAUAGCACUGAAAAUAAUAUACCUGUUGAAACAGCUUUAUAUCUUUACUCAGUAAGCACUAGGAUGCCACCAUCCUUCACUUGCUUGAAGGUAGGAAAAAAUGAACUGCCUUCAGGCAAGUGGAGGAUCAUAAUACCCACUUGGUAGUGUCCUAGUACCUCUUAAAUACUUACCGGUAAAUACCAGCAGUAUCUUCUGUACUUUUCUUAGCCCCUUUCCCCUGUUUUUUGUUAGAAACUCAGAAGUCCUAAACCCUCAUUAUUCUUCACCCACAUUUAAAUAAUGAAAUAAGUGUUUCUUCUGAAACAUGCCAGUGUGUGAUCAGCAGGUGGCACAGGUUCUACUUUUCUCUUUUUGUUAUUUUUUGUAAUAUUGGACAUAUUUCUACAGUUGACUCGCAACUUGUGUGUGGGGGUGGGUACAUUCUGGGGACGUAGUCAAAAUUACAUAUAGUUAAAAAGAACCCCAUUGAACAUACCCACACGGCCACCCUUACCUUCUGGAGCCGGCACACUGAAUGAGUCCUACCCCCUGAAGCAAGGCCCAGGCUCUGGAAGGUUCCUGUGAAAUCUCUCAGGGUCAUUUGAGUUCUUAGAAGAGCCUCCCAGAGCCUAGUAAGCAAAUCUGAAAGCUUAAAAGCUCUUUGUGGCUGGAGAAGCCUGUGCAAAAAGAGCUUUUCAGCUCUCCACCUUUCAUGCAUUUGAUUUGUGUGAUUUCAACUGGCCAGACAUCACCUACCUAAAGGUUUUGUAUUAAUUUUUAAAGCCCUGAAGAGUUUAGGUCCAAGGUGCCUCAGGGGUUCCCUGAGUCCUUAUGUCCCAGCUCAGUCACUGUGAUCAUCUGCAGUACUGUUGUUUGUCAUUCCCUGAGUUGGUGAGGCUUAUUUGGCAAAAAUGAGAAACUGACCAUUUUGUGUCAUCAGCUCAGUUCUGUGGAAUACUCCUUUCGUGCAGGAGGCACACAAAGAAAGGUCUUAAAUUGUGAUCUAAGGGUUCAUAUGGAGAGAGGCAGUCCUUGAGGUAUAAUGGUCCUGAGCUGCUGAAGCCUGUAUAGGUUGAAACCAGUACUUUCCAGGCAAUAUAUGCUCAAACCAUCUUGCUUUGGUGAGCAAUCUGGUCACUGAAUUCUGCGCUAGCUGAAAUUUCCAAACCACCUUCAGAGGCAGCUCUACAUAUAACUAAUUUAAUCUAACCUAGAGGUUACCAGAGCCUAGGCAACAGAAGUUAGGCUACUCCUGUUUAGAGAGGGGCACAUCUGGGCCACCAGCUGAAACUGUUGGAAGGCAUGCCGCCCCACUGAGGCAACCUGUGCCACAAGUGACAACAGUGGAUCCAUAAGUAUCCCCAAGCUGCAGUACUAGCUGCAUCAGAGGGUGUGUAACCUCAUCAAGAGCAGGCAACACCCCAUCCAUCCAGUCUAGGGAACCACCCACCAACAAGUUGCUCAGUCUUAUCUGGACAAACCCCACAUGAAUUGAAGACAGUUAAAACAAUUAAAAAACACUAAUACAGUCAAAAUGUAGCAGUGGUCCAGUCUCUGCUUUUAACUGGUUCCACACUCCAGAGAUGUACAUUUCAGGUGCAGAGGUUACAAGAUUACUCCUGCUCUCAGCUGUGGGCUGGCUUGCGUGAAGCUGAGUAUUUCAGCAGUUGCAAUGUUAGUAGCAGGGAGUGGGUAACUGUGGUUGGUGAAAGGAUUGAAAUCUCUCUUAUUACCCUCUCUCCUGUUUGCCCUUUGCCACAAACUGAAUUCUCUUGGUUCCUGGACCAAAAUAAAAAAAGUUGAAAAUUUGCAAAUUAAUUGCAUUCAAGAUGUGAGUCAACUGUACUUCUAGUGGCUUUCUAUUAAAAUGUUGAUAAAUGAUGGUCAAGUACUUAACUACAAGUGUUUUAAUACUGAUGCAGCAAUUAUGAUACCAAUUUUUGUUUAACCUUAAAGUAAGCAGUGAGGAUUCAGAUAAUUCGGAAGCAAAUGAAUCUGGAGUCAGUGAAGAAGUCAGUGAAUCUGAAGAUGAUCAGCGUCCUAGAACAAGGUACUUCACUCUAAAAAUAUGCUCUUGAGAGUUUGAUUUUCAGCCAGGAACUGUAUUGCAUAUCUUUCUUUCUGGGGUGGGGGAAGAUGUGAAAACUGAAGGAUAACUCAUUCAGUCCAUGUUUUAAAGUAAACCAACCUGGUUUGCACUUCCCAAACUAGCAUGCCGUUUUUCUGUUUUUAAACAUCUACAGAUUUUUGAUGUAGGCCAGGGGUCCGCAACAAAAAGAGCCACUUGGACCCGUUUCCGAAGAAAAAACAACUGGGAGCUGCAAAACUCGUCAUUAUAAAAAUAACUUUUUUUUCACUUUUUUAUUAUUUCUUUGUUUGACCCCUCAGAAUUACUCCUCCUCAUAGAAAUAAACAUUAAAUUAACAAGUUACCUUUUUUUGUGUGUGUGUUCUUCACUCCCCUUCAAAACAGUGACCAGCGUACAUGCCCCCUUUCAAUGCAGUGACCAGCGUACAUGCCCCUUACAAUGUAGUGGGCGGGCGGGCGGGAAGGUGACGUCGGGAUGGUGCGUGACUAACGCACGCACCGCCCCCAUGUGACGUCACAGCCAGUACAGCGCCCGCCACAGUGGGGAGUGUCGGGACGCACAAUGCGCCUCCUCCCCUCUCUAGUAUCCGCCCCGGAGCCGCAGCAAAGGUGUAAAAGAGCCACAUGCGGCUCUGGAGCCAUGGGUUGCUGACCCCUGAUGUAGGCCUUCGCUCAGAAAGGUUCCAAAAUGCAUAUAAAAUAACAUGCCUUUCUGGACAAAAUGCAAACAAAUAUAAUGUGUCUUAUUGGAUUAAAUGCAGAUUGAUAUAGGAAAGCUGGAUAAAACAGAUUGAUGAGUGAUGAACACGUGUGAAACUGACACAGGAAAUCCCCCCCCCACCCCAAAAUAGAACAGAACUGGUCCAUAGCCCAGGCAGUGGUCGAUAGGAAAUCCCCAAGCCAGUGCAUCAAACUUCAUGUGAGGCUUAGCUAGUAAACCAUCAGAAAUGGAUCAGACAUUGUUUUUAUUUGCCUUUAUACUACUAUUUUACUGUACUACAGUUCUACUGUUUUUACUGUCCAUAUUGCUUAUAAUGAUCCUGCAUAAUGUUUUUAUGUUGUAGAUUUUAAAGAGUUUUAAGCAGUUUAUCAAUUCUAAAAAUUUAAUAUAUCUUCAGCUUAAGUUGUAAAACAGACAACCCUUAAAUCUCUUCAGACCAAUGUUCCUCUACUGCAAUACAUAAUAUUAGGUCAACAAUUAGUCAACAAGGAGUUCAUUAAUAUGAAUACUUUACCACAAGUUUAGCAUGGUAUGUUCUACCUCUACUGCUGGAGGCAGCAUGGAUUUGAAUACCAAGUGCUGGGUAUCACAGGUGCUGGCAAUUGCAGGUGAAUAUAAAGUGCUGGUGUUGCAGUUCUGUAGUGCCCGUGUUUUGCCUGCUGGCUUUCCAUUGGAAAAGGGUAAAGGUAAAGGACCCCUGGAUGGUUAAGUCCAGUCAAAGGCAACUAUGGGGUUACGGCACUCAUCUUGCUUUCAGGCCGAGGGAGCUGGUAUUUGUCCACAGACAUCUUUCCGGGUCAUGUAGCCAGCAGGACUAAACCACUUCUGGUGCAGCGGGACACUGAUGGAAGCCAGAGCACACAGAAACACUGUUUACCUUCCUGCCACAGUGGUACCUAUUUAUCUACUUGCAUUGCUGUGUUUUUGAACAGCUAGGUUGGCAGGAGCUGGGACAGAGCAACAGGAGCUCCCCCUAUUUCGCGAAUUCAAACUGCUGAUCUUCCGAUUGACAAGCCCAAGAGGCUCAGUGGUUUAGACCACAGUGUCACCCACAUCCCUGCGGCUUCCCAUUGGUACAUCUGGUUAGUCACUGUGAGAACAGAGUGCUAAACUAGAUGGGGCUUUGACCUGAUCCAGCAGGGCUGUUCUUACGUUCUUAUACCAAAACAGUUCAUUGUGUUAUAAACAUUAUUAAGGGGCCAUUAAUUUCAAGUUUGUUGCAACUACCAGUUUCUUAAUUCCUUAAGCAGGAGUGCAUUCCUGGUUAUCUGAGUCACUAGUUUUUGAGUAGAGCAUAGGAAAAGAGGCCAUCAUCAUAGUGCUUCAUUAUGAAACGUUGGUGCAGGUGAAACUAGAGGCGUUAAUUAGUUAAUAACAAGUAGCAGAAACAACCGCUACAGUUUGUGUUCAAAUUGAUACAUGAUAUAUUUAAUCUUCUGGCAGAGGAAGUGAAAAUGACAUUUCCACUGUUAAGUUCAGUUUUGGAUCUGUUGGUUUAGUAGUAAUUGAGCAGAAAAUCCAUGAACAGAAGAUCUGUGAAUCCUCUUCAAUGUUUCAGAUCUGCCAAGAAAGCUGAAUUAGAAGAAAAUCAGCGAAGUUACAAGCAGAAGAAGAAAAGAAGACGCAUAAAAGUCCAGGAGGAUUCAUCCAGUGAGAACAAGGUAUUGCACAGAAAUAAGUUCUGUGGCCUUGAGGAUUUAGAGUGCACAUGUCAAAUAGUGCCUCUCCCCACAGUAAAAGGCAAACUCCAUUUAAACCUGAAGAGAGUUUCUAAAAAAAGUUUAGUAUGGCAGAGGGAUGGGUCAGCUCUUCAAGGUGAGUGAGGGAGUCAGAACUGUCAUUUUGUAUGAUGCUGUUAAGUCCUUUGCAUGAUCCUAAGAAUCUCUUUGGAUCCUGGCCUCUCUUUAUUAUUCUUGUGAAAUAAAUUGCCAUGACUUUAUUUAUAUGCUGCUUUUCAACACACAAAAAUAAAAAAAGAGUUGCUCAAAGCAGCUUACACCAAGGAGAACAGCAAUACAUCACAAGAUCUAAAACCUCAGGAACACUUUCAUAUUAACAGGAAGACUAAAAUAACAAAAUAAUGACAGAAGUAGCAGCAUACAAAAGUAAUAUUUCUUUGCUGUAUAUGUAACAACAUUGAAUUUAACCAUGUAUUUCCUGGCAGUGGCAAAAAUGACUGAGCUUCACCCUGAAUGUAGAAACACGAUUCCUCACAUUCCCCCUACUGUUUCAGCUUCUUACAAGGCUUUCUUAUAAUUUUGGUGUUUUCCAUGGGUGACAGGCCAUCACAUGGGUGUUGCUUCGCCACCUAUUAUCCAAGGAAAUAAAUGAUUAUAGAGUUGAGUUCAAGGCUGCUUCCUGCCCUCAUUCAGUCCAUUCCCUGCCUUCAUCUUGGGGUGGACAUGUCAGCUUUACUCUUAACUUAGCCUGUCUCUCUUUGUACUUGCUGACCUUGGACCCAUUGUGAGUUUUUCUAACUUGUGUGAGUGGUUGAGUGUGUUACUGUUUUUAAGCUUUCCUCCACCACUGUGUUUUAGCCUUUUGUUCCCUUGAUCACAUGUUUUUUAAAGUUCACCUUUAUUCUGUGGUUUUUCUCCCUCCUCCUGGCUGAAUUUCUCACUAUUUUUUCCUCACCUUGUUUGAAGCAGCCUAGCUGCUAGCUCAAGACCUCUUUCUGUCAACCAUCCCGGUCAUGUCUUGGGCUCUUCACACUUGGUAAAACCAAUGGUUCCUGUUGUCAUACCAGCUCUACACUGCCAACUCUCAGCACAAGCUCCUUUACGUUCCUCUAUCAGUUUGCCUCUCACUAUUGGUAGACCUCCAUUCAACAUCUCAACAAAGGGGUCCCAUUUCAGGAUGCCAGAUGCUAGUCUCUUAAGGUUUCGGGGGGGAGGUGUCCAUUGCCAGGGUGAGUUUUUAGAACAACUGCAUCUGUUUGCCACACCUCAGAAGCCUCAGCUGCCAAAGUUCAGUGCAAGGUAGCAAGUAGAAGGGGCUCUGGGCAUCAGUGCCCUGUCAACCUAGCCCCCAUCCCCUGAUUAUUGUUUGCCUUUCCUCCUCUUCCACUUCUGGCCCAGACUCUCAGAUAGCUGUGAUUGGAAUGGCCUCAGUACUGCUGGUGCCAUUUUGACCUGACAGCCUAGCAUUUGAGUGGCGCCAUCUAAAGCAUUCUGAACUGCAUAGGUGGUGACUACUAUUCUAGCAUCCCAUUGACCAAUAGAAGAUACCAGAGCAUGUGGUAAACCAUUCAUGAGUGGUGCUGGUUUGAAGGUAUAAUUCAUUUAGUGCCCAUCCACUGUUGAAAUUCUUCUUGAAAGAUGCCUCCCUGUUCUUGCCUCCUGUAGUACACUGCUUUCCAUCUUAGGAGUCUUCACAAAGUGCUGCAAGCUCUCCAGUGGCUUUCUUUGAGCUUCACACUGUUCCUCUAGGAAUUCUUUCCUUUAAGGUGCUCUUCCUCCUCACCAUCACAUCAGCUCUGUGUGUUUCCAACCUGGGACCCCGUCUACUGACUGGUUCCUUUGUGUUUUCAAAGACUCUGUAGUUCUCUGAACCGAUCCAGCCUUCAUUUGCAAGGGGAAUUAUUGCUUUUUAUCACAACCCAGGGCAGUUUUUUUUGCCUUCUUUCUGUUCAAAUCUAAGUCAUCCCCUUGAUCUUUAGAAGGCAUGGCACUCCCUCACUGUCCAGUGGACCUUCAGUUGAGGUAUAUAGUAACUGCACAACAUAAUGUCUCCUUUCAUCCACAAUCCUUGGGCAAGAAGUUCUCUCGAACUGCAAUAACUUGUUGGCUGAAAGCCUGUAUUUCUUUUGGCUACAAGUCUUCUAAUUUACCUGUGCUUUCAAAUAUCAUAGCCCAUUCUACUAGAUCAGCUUCGGUUGUGGUGGCCUUUGCGACCAAUGCCUUGCUUCAGGACAUAUGCAAGGCCACGGCAUGGGUUACUUCAAAAUCCUUUGCCCAGCAUUACAAAAUGGAUAAAUUUGCAUAUGCAGAUGCUUCUCUUGGGUGGCGAGUUUUUACAACAGGUGCUUCUGCAGAUCUAAUUCAUACAUCCGCUGCUGCCCCCCUCUCCCAACUAUUGAGAAUGUCUCUUUUGGUACAUUCCAUGUGAUGGCUUGCCACCCAUAGAAAGUGGACUAUUGGUCUCACCUGAAUAGUCAAUUUCAUGGAUGUCACACCACCACAACCCCCCACCCCCUUCUAUGGGUGGGCUGCAAAACUAUGUAGGCUCUUUCCUUUGCCAAGGUCCAUUUCUCUUGUCUAUUGGUUCAAGUUUGUUUGUGCAUGAGUUGACUUCUCUUCUUCCAGUAUUCAUUUUGUUAAUCAUCUGCUCUGGCUCUGUGUCAUUCUCGUCAGAAAAUGGAUUGAAUGAGGGCAGGAAGCAGCCUUGAACCCUGUUUUCUGCCUUGGACAAUAGGUAGUGAAGUAACACCCAUUCAGGUAAGACAAAUGGUUGGAUUCAAUUGGUAGUAUCUAAUAGAAUAUGCUUUGAUACGACUGCCAUAUGGUAGUAUUUUUUUGGUGGAGCUUCUGAAAGAAUUAAAUAUGCCCCAUGAAGAGUUUAUUACUGCAACAUGUUGCAAUUGCUGUACUCAGAAUAAAUUGUAGUUUGCCACUGUUGCACGUCUUACUUUCGAUUCCCUCCUUUUUGUCCUACACUGCAUGCAAGCCACUUUUGAAACAGGAGGACCUUCAAAAACAGUUUGUGUUGCAACUUUGGGGUAUUUAGGGUGCUUCUGAAAUACACUAAGGGCAUCCUUGUUUGGUAAGUGCUCACGCGAAUAAGUAAAUACAAUUGUGGCAAACUAGCCAUUCAGUUUUGAAAACUUCUUUUCUCAUGCACUUUAUUCAGCUACGGUUGCCGUGUAUUGUAUACUACUAAUACUUGGCACCAUUUAAAAUAAUAUUAAGUAGCUAGGUUCAUAUUAGUGUCUUUAUUUACAAGACUAUUCAUUGUUUCCUUUUUAUUACAACACUCAUCAAUGUGCAUGAAAAUAUGGUAGACUUUCAAUCAGUAUUUUCUUCUGAUUUUAACAGAGUAAUUCUGAUGAUGAUGAUAAUGAUGAUUCAAAAUCUCCCGGGAAAGGCAGGAAAAAAAUACGGAAGAUACUUAAAGAUGAUAAGCUCAGAAGAGAAACUCAAAAUGCUCUGAAAGAAGAGGAAGAGAGAAGACGGCGCAUUGCGGAAAGGGAACGUGAGAGGGAGAAGCUAAGAGAAGUAAGUUUGCUUAUUAUAUACAAAGGGCAUCAGGGAUUAGUCUGUUUGUUGUUAGCUUUGAACACUUUGGUGCUGGGGAAUCUUAAUCCUACCAGGUGCUGGUAGUACCUUGAAAGCACUAAGAGGGAAUUAUAAUAGAAAACUUCAGUGUGCAGUAGCAUUUCCUGGGAAACUUAAAAUGCUACAAACAUUUUAAACGUAUUCAUUUAUUAUUAUUACUCUUACCAACAAACUACUCUUUCAGACACAUGCUUACGAUAUUUUUAUUUACCCAAGCCCAUUCUAGUUGAUAUUUUAAACAAUAGGUGUACCUCCAGGUAGGGCUAGAAAAACCUGUCUGAAACUCUGAACAGCCAGUGCUAGUUGGUGUUAACUAUACUGAACUAGAUGGCCCAGCAGCAAUUGAUCUCAAGUAGCUUCCUGUGUUCCUUUGGAGGACAGUUUUCAUCUGUCCUCCAGACCAGAUGAAUCCUUCCAAAUAGCCUCCUUCCCUGUUUUGCUCAUGGAUGCCUUCUGCCAGUGGGGCAGCACAAGCUGGAUAGUACCCAUGUGUGAAAAGUACAAUAAUGUUCAGAAAACACUUGUUGAAUGUAUUUAACAACUUUAAGAAAAAUUACUCUUGAUUAUCCAAUCCUAUGUAAAAACAUGGAACUGUUAAGAUUGUUGGUGUAUCUAACUCAAUGUUUUCUACACUGAUUGGUAGCAGCUCAUUAAGGUUUCAGACAGAAAUCUCACCCAGCCCUAUGUGGAGUACUGGGGUUGAACACAGCAACAUAGACAUGCACAUCAUGUGUUAUUCCACUGAACUAUAGCCCUUGCCCUCAACAAUGAACCCUUCAAAAUUAUUGCAGUUCUUUUUAAUGAAUUUUUGUAGAGGUAUAUUAGAAAUUUUUACACAAAAUGUAUACACACAAAAUCACAAAACUUUGUAUGAAGAUAACAACUUGUCUGCUGAAUGAAAUGUAAAUAACCAUAAAAAGUACUACUGUCAUCAUUCUCAUUAUUAGAGGUAAUGUCAUGUUGUUUGGGACACUGGUGGCCCAGGGAGACUAUGGGCUUUAUUGAUAUACCUAAUGAAGAGAAACCAUGUAACAUUAAAAUUGGCCCAUAUCACUUAAUUUUUAUUUAUUUCAUAAAAUUUACACCCUGCUUGAUUGUAAAGCACCUUAAUGACUUGCCUGUGUUGGGACAAGAGUUCAUAUUAUAUUGUCUCCCCUCCCCACCUUUUUGUACCUUUCUUUCUCUGUGGGCAUAGAAAGCCCCUUCCAACGACUAGCUAGUUCCAGCUGGGCAGCAGCCGGUAACAUCGCUAGUAAUUUUCUAUAUUGAACUCCAUUAUUAUUACCACUUCCAAUCGAGAAGACAAAAAUACUAGAUUCUCUUAAGAGAGUUCUUUUUGGAUUAUCUUUUAAUAAUUUUUCUUUAUCUUUCAUCUUGUUAUUUAUUAUGUCUCCUAGCUUGUGAUUAAGAGAAUCUCCUGUUGUUGCAUGGAACAAAUUAUUCAAAGAUCCAACUGUUAGCAGGUUAGAAGCAAGCAUUACUGCAUUCCCCAGAAACAGGAUAUAGAUUUAACCCAGGGCACUUUCAUUUCUAGCUUAACUAUUAUUUAUGCUUUAGCUCAUUUCUUUUGACCAGAGUGCCUCCAUUUUCCAACACUGUCCCCAUACACAUAUGAAGCACCAAUUUGCAGUUUUCAAAUGAAGUCCAUGACUAUGAUGCAAGCCUCAUUUGUUGACUUGGCAUGGAACGCUCCCUGUCAAAUACAAAGUAAUUGUUUCAUAUCUUGGGAUAAAUCCAUUUUCUUGCAACUGAAAAAGUGAGGCUUCACAAUAUUUAUUCUGGUGUUAGCUCUGAGUAGCUUUGUUGUUUCUGUAACAGCUUGAAUUAAUUGCACACAAAAAUCUUUCCAGGUGAUAGAACUAGAAGAUACACCAAUGAAAUGUCCAAUUACAACUAAGCUGGUUUUAGAUGAAGAUGAAGAAACCAAAGAACCUAUAGUACAAGUUCAUCGUGACAUAGUUACAAAGCUGAAGCCACAUCAAGUUGAUGGUAAGAAACUGUGGCAGGAGCUUUGCCCCCAAAACUCUGGAUUUCUAUGAGUUUACCUUUUUAACUGGUAGGGUUAGAGAGAUGUUGCCAUAUUCUGUGACUGCCAUUAUAAGCCAAAGCAAGAAAUAGUGCUUGUUUAUUGCUGAUUUUUUAAAAAAAUAAGUAAUGCAGAGUAUUUAUAAUUUCUAUAAAGAUCUUUUGAAAAUAUUACUUCUAGGUGUACAGUUUAUGUGGGAUUGCUGUUGUGAAUCUGUGAAAAAAACAAGGAAAUCUGCAGGCUCUGGAUGCAUUCUUGCCCACUGUAUGGGUCUGGGAAAGACCUUGCAGGUAUGUUUAAAGAAUUUGUUGGCAGGGAUAGAACUUGCUCUUUCUAGCUUUGGUAAAAGCUGCAGCAUCGUGUAAAUGUAAAAGCCUUCUCCUGACUAUUUGUGUGUGUUUUCCCAUUGCCUUUUUUAGCCUUAUUGUUAUAGUUUCCAUCUUAAGGCAAUAAUACAAUAUCCAGUUUAUUUGUAGUCGCUGUAGGGAGAAUAGCUUGGUGCAGGGAGGAGAGAUUUUAUUACAUCUUGAUACCACUCUUCCUCCAAGGGGCUCAAACACUUUCCAUGAAGGGUGGGUAUCCAGUUUUAUCCUCUGAACAAUUGUGUGAGGUAGGUAAGACUGAGAAAACAGCUUGUCCCCAAAUCAUCCAGUGAGCUUGAUAGUUGAUCUGGGAAUUUGAACUUUAGCUUCCCCUGUGCUGAUCCAACAUUCUGUUCUGCACAAUCAGAAUGAAUUUCAAGAACGAGAACACUUUUUCUGUGCAGCCUGAGCAGGGGCAGUCAUCAUUAAGAAAAGAGAUAGGAAUAGGCCAACAUAUAAGUGGACUGUCCCUGGAUCAAGCGACUUUUCUUUAAGUUUUCAAGUUCUUAACCUAGCUCAAGGUGGUCAUCUGAACUAGCCAGAUGUUUAACUGAGAAUCAAUCACAGUCAGUCCAUCAUUUGAAAAAUAAGACCUUAUAGCUGUCUUACCCAAAAAUGGGAACUAGACAUUCCAUUUUGGGACUGUAAUCUUAAUUUGGCACCUAGCUCAUAUAUCUGAGUAUCUAACACUGCGCGCACGCGCACACACGGUGUUACUUCUUUCGAAAAAGAACUGGCAGAAGCAUAGUGUAGCUGUGUUGAUUACUGGAAGAAUGUUCCUUUGUUGUAGUAUUACAGUCAUUGAACACCUAGCCCCUAAAACAAUAAAAAAAACUAAAAAAGAAAAUUGAGAAAUAUCUCACAAAAUACCAUGGGCAUGCACAUGCCCAUCACAGCUUAUAGCAUGAGUGAUGGUUGGCUCCCUGUGAUGCUUGUGAAAUUUUGUUCCUUAAAGCAGUCUCAAAGCAGUAGAUGUGCUAUCUUAGGGAAAUACUGCAUUUUUUCAGGUAUAACAAUGCAUUCUGGGAAAAUGCUGUAACCUUGCAGGGGAGAAAACAUAAUAGGAAAAUAUCAGGACUGCACCCAAUAAAUGAGUAAAAGGCUAUGCAUGUGUUAUUCUACAGUCAGAAGUUUGAAAGGCUGAGUGUUUGAGGGGGUAUCUUUUGCCUCUCUGGGUAGCAUUUCCCCCCCAACCUGAAUAUAAACAAAGUAUACCUUUAAGUGCCAGAGUUUCCUUGGGUUUUCCUACACUAAAGUUGUACAUCUUGGAAUGGAUUAACAUGCUACGCACAAGCGCCUUUUCACACACAAACACCUGGCAGUGAAUUUAACUACCUAGAGAGAGAUGAUCCACUAAAUAGCUAUAUUGGAAGAAAUCAAAAUUAGUUGGUUGCAUAGCAAAUACACGCAGGAGAAAGGCUUUGAUUCACACACAAACCCCUAAUAAAUAAUUCAUUAUGAAAAUCAGCUAGUUUUGCCCCAUGUUAGUCACCACAUUUUUUAAAAAGCAUAUUUGUAGCUGCUUUUUUCUUUAUAAAAAUGUGAAGACAUAUAUUAAAGGUGAUUUGUUUGACUUUCUCUCUCUUGAAGGUAGUUAGUUUUCUUCAUACUAUUCUGUUGUGCGACAAGAUGGAUUUCAGGACAGCUCUUGUUGUUUGUCCGCUGAACACAGCCCUGAAUUGGUUGAAUGAAUUUGAGAAAUGGCAAGAAGGCUUAGAAGACGAUGAGAAACUUGAGGUAUGUAUAAUUCACGAUGGACUUCAGGGUACAUUCAGUUUCAAUCAUGAAAAAUUACAUAAUUAAGAAAUGCAAACAAUAACAUUUGUGUUGAAUGUGUGAGAAGUUUAUCCAUUGAGUAUGAGCAUGUUCAGUAUUUAACAUUCUGCAAGUACAUUAAUGGCAUGUUUGGUUGGGGGUGGAAAUUCAGUUUUUUUGUCUGUUUUCACAAGGUCUGUGAACUAGCAACAGUGAAACGCCCUCAAGAGAGAAGCUAUCUGCUCCAAAGAUGGCAGGAUGAAGGGGGUGUAAUGAUCAUAGGCUAUGAGAUGUACCGUAACCUUGCACAAGGGAGAAAUGUGAAGAGCAGGAAACUCAAGGAAAUAUUUAACAAAGCACUGGUUGAUCCAGGUAAGCCAGAAUGUUAUGCAAAUUGUUUUAUGUGAACUGGUCAUAGUGAUCAGAUCGCUUUGAUGCUUCCUCUGUUGCAGGGGACAUUGAUGGAUAGGUAGUUCGUCCAUUACAUAUUUGGAAGCAGGUAUGUGUAAAGUGGGUCCCUCUAGCAGCUGGAGUUCCACACACAAAACACAACUCCGCAGUCUUCUCCAGCUUCCCAAGAGGAAUUCCAACCAUGCCAGAAUAGAAGCAUUGAAACCUCCUCUCAGAAAAGAGGAGAGGAGGUGGUCUCCCUUCUCUUUUCUACACUCCCACCCCUUCUGCAAUAAAAUGCUGGUGUUUGGGGGUUCUGGAGAGUGGGGAAAAGGUGUUUUUGCUUUCUGUUCUCUUAAAACAUUCCUGUAUAGUGCAGGAAGGGAAGUUUUUUGUACCUCAUGGCAUGCAACUCCCCAGCUCUAACCUCAUCAUCCAGGAUCAUUUACUUUAAGUUGUUAGGAGUUGGAAGAGGCCACGUAUUCCCAGCUGCCUCCCAUUCUCCUCCCCUCUCCCUUCUCAAUGGGUACCUCAAUAUGUCAUAUGUCUUGGAAGCACACAGUCUUCUUGUCAGACUGUUUUGGGGUUUCAUAUUAAUUCCUGGAACAAUGCUGCAGCAAUACAUUUGGUGUUUCCUAUUCUGUUGAUCGUUUAUAUAUGAUUGGUUGUUUAUUUCUGUAUUAUGAUGAUAUUUCUGCAUAGUAUCUUAGAUUGAGGAUUGAAAUCUUUCUCUGUAGUCAGUUGUAUUUAAUCCUUACUUCUUCUGUGACUAUAUUGUUUUUUUAAACUUUUUUAAAUUCAAAACUAGAACAAAAUAUAUUAACCAGAAACAUAUCAUCCUUAUUCCCCCCCAUUUUUCCGCCCUCCCUCCACCCUCCCACACAAAACCCCCCGACCCCCACCCCCCUGGCUUCCCUCAGUUCCAGUCUUUGAUUUUUCUAAGAAUGCUGUUUUCUGCAUGUUACACAGUUGUAUAGAUCCUCAAACUAUUUAGCUGAUUAUCAUCAAUAGAAAGGUUUGUGAAUGUUUAUUCAAAGCCAGCCAAGGAGUCCAGUUCGCUUUGUUGCAUCUUCAAAUACUUUGUAAAGGGUUCCCAUUCAUCUUUAAAGUCACAGUUAUCCUUGUCCCAUAGCUUAUAUGUCAAUUUUGCCAGUUCUGCAUAGUCCAUCAAUUUUUCUUGCCAUGAUUCUUUAAUUGGGGUGUCUUCAGUCUUCCAUCCUUGUGCUAUUAGAACUCUCGCGGCCGUUGUUACAUACAUGAAGAUGUUUUUCAGCUUUUUUGGCAGAUCUUUCUCUACAGUCCCUAGCAAAAAUGCUUCAGGUUUUUAAACAAAUGUUAAAUGGAACAUUUUCUUCAAUUCAUUGUAUAUCAUUUCCCAAAAAAAUUUAAUUACCAUAUUUUUUGCACCAUCACUCACUUUUUUCCUCCUAAAAAGUAAGGGGAAAUGUCUGUGCAUGUUAUGGAGGGAAUGCCUACAGGUGGCAUGCCUACGGAUUUUCCUCCUCUAAAAACUACGUGCGUGUUAUGGUCGGGUGCGUGCUAUAGAGUGAAAAAUACGGUACAUUACAAUCCCACCACAUAUGAUAAAAUGUCCCUUCCUUUUCCUUACACUUCCAACAUAUAUUUGAACUAGUUUUGUACAUUUUCCCUAACUGCACUGGUGUUGUGUACCAUCUGUACAUCAUCUUCAUGUAAUUCUUCUUCAGUAGGGAACAAUCUGUAAAUUUUAAAUCAGUUUUCCAUAAUUUUCCCCAAUCUUCCAUCAUAAUGCUGUGAUCUACAUCUUGUGCCCAUUUAAUCAUAACUGAUUUUAACUCUUCAUCUUUCGUCUCCCAUUCUAAUAAUAUGCUGUAUGCGGCCUUCAGUAAUUUCACUUUCCCUUCGAUCACUUCCAUUUGAAACCUAGAUCUUGUGUAACUGAAUCCUUUCUUGCUGUCUUUUUUAUGUGUUUCAUAUAGUUGUCGUUAAUGUGACCAACUCUGAAAGUGGUCUUUGAUCUCAUCGUAAUCUCUUAAUUUCCAUUUUCCAUCUUGGUCUGUGACUAUAUUGUAUCUAUAUGCAUAUGCAUUCCUGUGUACCAAGGGAGUCCCCUGAGUAUGUAGGAACUGUUGCCUUGUUUUCAUUUUUGCUUUAGUCCCCCCCAUAUAUUUGUCUACCCUCCCUCCAAUACUUGAAAGGCUGCCUUGUCACCUAAUGACUGCCCAUCUACUAACAUGUACCUGUAGGGUAAGGGUAAUGUACGGAAUAGAUCUGCCAGGUGGCAUUUUCUUUCACCUUGGAGAAAUAGUUAAAUUCAAGACAUAGUUUUGUACAAGGUGUUGCCCAUCUUGCUAACUUGACUUGGAUAUUGCUGAAAAUUAAUUAUGGAGAAUGAUCAUUUUUACAGGAUUAUAGUCAAGAUUGACUUUAUUUCUAGGGUCCAGUAGAUGGUGGUAUAGCCUGGAAUUAUAAAUGCAUAUUGAGAAAUACUGCUAGAGAGAAUCUGCAUGGUUAAUUUCUUGGGACACUUUUCAAGGGAAUUGCUACAGAACGCUGUGUUUUGUAAUCCGUGGACCAACACAUAAUGUUCAAUAAGCUGUUGGAUCAAUUGAUGUUGUUUCUUGCACAUAUUUAUUAAAGUUGUGAUUAUCAUGUUAAUCUUGCCUUUCUGGCCUAUAGGUAUUAAAAACUACCAAAGGUAAUCCUCUUGUUUUCUAUUUGAGAAAAUGCCAAGGAAAAUCAUAGCUAGUAUGAAAUACCCAGUAAUCUUCUACCACGUUCAGGAGGGUCACAUUAUGCACAUUGAAAAGCUGUUGCACAUGAGCAAUUCCUUGAAAGAUCUUACUUUGAGCACAGAGGUGCCAUGGCAGUACAGGGCAGAUAGAGAACUUGCCCUUUCUAGACUGGAAAUGCAUAUCUUCCAUCUGGACUCUCAUGAGUGAAUGUUUUGCCACAUCAAAAGACUGCACAUAUGCUUCCCUUUUGUAGGUGUAGUUACCUCUGGAUAAAAGUAGAAGUGGCAGUUAAGCUGCAUGUUUGUAAGAAGCCUGUCAAGUAUUUCUUCUUGGUAUCAGCAAGAUUCAAAGUAGGCUCUCCCCCCGCCCUUUUUUAAACCAGGCCCUGACUUUGUCAUAUGUGAUGAAGGACACAUACUGAAAAAUGAAGCGUCUGCUGUUUCUAAAGCUAUGAAUUCUAUAAGAUCCAGGAGGAGGAUCAUUCUUACAGGAACUCCAUUGCAAAACAACCUCAUAGAAUGUAAGUACAAUUUGAGUUGGUUGCUGAUGACCUGAAUGGGUUGGGUAUCAUCCCUCAACACAUGAUGGAGGCAGGAGAGCAAAGAACUCUGGGAGCCAGGUGCAGUCCCCUCAGUUUUUUCUUUCCUGCCUGAACAUCUAUUUUAUAUAUGUCUGUGAUUUCAGUAAAAUAAAAUUUAAAAGCUUUGUUAAUAUGAGGAAGUGAGUAUUCCUGAAGCCUUGAUUUUCUUCUUCCCUUGUAAUCCUCAGGUGUAUUCAGUUAUUUCCUUUGUCAGUCACACUCAGAGUAGAUCCAUUGAAAUUAUUAAACUUUACUAAUUUAGGUCCAGAAAACUUACUGAGUCUACUAUCAGCAAAACUUGGUUGGAUACAGUGCAUGGUGUUUUUUUAAACAUGUGCCUGUGUUUCAGCUGUUAUUACCUACACAGUGUUACCACAUUUAUCAAAUUAUCAAAUAUGCCUGAGAGAACUUUGCUUAGGUUUAUUCCCUGUCUUUGUUUAGCAAUAGACUUCAUGUGAUUUAAUAUGGGUAUGCAAGCAUUGUAUACUUACCAGGUUUGACAUAGUCUGCAAAGCUACAAUCCUGUGCCAUGGAAGGACAGGAUUCAAAUGAUCUUUUGUUGGGUCCCAAUAUGCAUGCUCACGCACAUAUACUCUAUUUGUCCCACAGAGUGUGCUCUUCCCUGUGUACACAACUCCUGCCUCUGCAAUAUGCAGACCUGAGGUCUUGAAAGGAAGGGACUGGAGUGCGUCACCUGCUCAUAAAUGGUGUGACUGAACUGGAUGCCUGGAAGAGCUUUGCAGUAGGCAGAGAGGAGAGUCCUAGCUGGACCCUCCAGGGCUUCCAGAAGUAUUAAUGUAUGCAGAGUACAAGAUUGUAGUGCCCCUUUAAACAGUUUUCUUUUGAACUUGCUUGCCAAAUAGGAAAUGACAUGGUGCAUUUAAAAAAUAUUUCAUGGGAGCUAUUUUGGCAUAGAAACCUAUAUAGCUAAAGUUUAAUUUGUGGUUCCUUAGAUCACUGCAUGGUUAACUUUAUCAAGGAGAAUUUGCUUGGGUCAAUUAAGGAGUUCCGAAAUCGAUUUAUAAAUCCCAUCCAGAAUGGUCAGUGUGCGGACUCUACCUUGGCUGAUGUCAGGGUGAUGAAAAAACGUGCCCACAUCUUGUAUGAAAUGUUAAAUGGAUGCGUUCAGGUAUGUGAAUCUUUGUUUUUUAUUGCCUUGCAAUCUGAGAGUUAAGGAUUACUUAACUUUUAACAGCUUUUGAAUUCUGUUUAUUUGUAUUGACCAAAGAUACACUUCUUUCAGUUCUUUAAUGACAAUAGGAAUUUGCAGAAAAAAGAAGAAAAAUCACUGUAAGUUGUUACAGUGGCUUAUAAAGGAGUAUAGGAUGCAGCUUUAUGAUUUACAGAAUCAAUAGUAAAACAUUCUGAGAGGAAAGGGAUGUAAUUACAAUGUGUUCCAUUGCCUAAAACAAAAUAAUUACAAUUUUUUACUUAUUUCAUAAAAUUUAUACACUGAUUGAUUGUAGAAAACCUCAAAGAGUUUACAAAAAGAAAAAAGAAAAUUGAGUAAAAAUAACAUUAUUUUAAAUACUGUACAUACAAAAGUUAAAAUACCAAAACAGAUUAAAAUUACCUCAAUGCAUCUGGGUAGGCUUGUCUAAACAGGAAAGCUUUUAGCAGACACCAAAAAGGGUUCAAUGGGCAGGGAGUUCCAAAGUGCAGGUGUUGCUACACUAUAUGAUUGGUGAGUUCUUAAAAUUGUGGAACAGGUAUUAUGUGGCAGCUGUAGUAGUGCCAGUUCUGCCAAUCAAAGUGGGCACAUGUGGGGUGGGAUAAUUUCAUACUUAAACUGCCCCUGGUUCUUAGGGGUUUUAUAUCCUAAUAAUAACACCUUGAAUUUGCUCUGGUAACAAAGCUACAUUCAGUGCUGAUCUCUGAGCACAGAUGUUAUAUCCUGACAAGGCCUCGCUCCUGUCAUCAGUCAUGCUGCAGCAUUCUGCACUAAUUGCAGUUUCCAGAUCAAGUGCAAGAGAAGUCCAACAUAGAGCACUUCAGUAAUCUAGUCUUGGAAGUAACCAAUGCCUUAACUACUGUAGCCAGGUCCAGGAAUGACUGUAGCUGUUGAACCAACUGCAGUUGGUAAAAGGAACUUAUAGCCAUUGAGGUUAUCUGAACCUCCAGUGUCAGAAGCACUUCAAAACUGAACUUCAGGGAGAGUGUAACUUCAUCCAGAGUAGGCAACUGAUCAAUUUCUCAGAUAGAGGAGCUGCUUGCCCAUAGUUUCUCCAUAUUGCCAGGAUUCAAUCUCAGCUUGUUUUCCCUCAUCCAUUUCACUACCAUGCCCAGGGACCGCACUGCCUCUCCUGAUCCAGAUGUUAUGGAGUAGAUGUCAAUCAUCAGGGCAAACCAGGGUGACACAGUCUCGUGGCCAGGCCUGAACCCAGAUUGGAAUGGAGCUAAAUAAUCUGUGUUCUCCAAGAAUGCCUCCAGCUGCCCCACCACAGCGCUAUCCACCACGUUCUCUAAAAUGGGGGUGGGGGUAUUGGAAACUGGCCAAUAGCUGCUCCAAUCCAAACGGUCCAGGGCUGAUAUGUUUAGGAGCAGUUGCACCACUGCCUCUUUCAGUGCAGCAGGGUCCACCCCUUCACUAGCAAAGUGUUCACCACACUCUGCACCCAACGAGUCAGCCCACCUCUGCUGGAUUUAGUAAGCCAGGAGGGACAGGGGUCACGGGGGCCGCAAGGUCGGACACAUGGCUGCCAGCAAAAAAAAUUAUGUGAUAAACAUUUGAAUUCUGGAUUGUGGAUUCCUACAUUAUAAAUGUCUUUCACCAAGUUUUGUUUUCUGUAGUUUAGAUUUUGGAGCUGUCCAAUGUUUAGUUGGUUUGCUAAUUGUACUAUUCUAUAACAAUAUUCUAUGGCACAUUAAAAAAAUACUUACAAUUUACAGAGGAAAGAUUAUACAGCAUUAACAAAGUUCCUGCCACCAAAAUAUGAAUAUGUUCUGGCUGUUAGAAUGACUCCUCUUCAGUGUAAACUGUAUCAGUUCUACUUGGAUAAUCUAACAGGUAAGUGAUCAUCCAUUAUCACUUUGGGCUUUAUUUUAUUUGAUUCCAUUGCAUCCUUGAGCUCUAUGUGUGGAUGCAGGUCUAACUGUCCAGAGGCUUUUUGCUGUGACAGUUUUGUUAAAUUUCUACACUAGCCUCCAAAGUUUAGACCCUGCAUGUGAAAUGCUGCAGUUUGUGUGUUCAGCUGGCAUUCAGGGGAAAGGCUGCUUUGAAAGUUUAAGUCAGUUAUUGUCGUCAGAUUUUAAUACCAACAAGGAGCUGAUCCAUGGGAUCUUGUUGACGGUGUGUGGUGUAGAAGUGGAUUUGCACUUAUUCGCUGGACCCAUAGGUAGCCCAUGUGGGCAGCGCAUUUUGAUAAUGCCUAUUAGACAGGAGUGCCUGGCAUGCUCUGGUCCAUGGGGUCACGAAGAGUCAGACACGACUAAAUGACUAAACAACAAAUUAGCGAAAAAUUGAGUGUGUGUAAUCCAGGAUUGCACGAUCAAAUCCCACAAGGCAGUGAAAGGUGGUCAAGGUAUGAAAAACAACUGGGUAUGUUUAGCCUGGAGAAGAGAAGACUGAGGGCUCUCACACAGCAGAACUUUGAUCUUCUGCCCCAGAGGACAGGGCUAGGUCUAAUUGGCUUAGGUUAUAGGAGAAAAGAUUUUAGUUGAACGUGAGAAUAUAUGUCUUGUCAGUAAGAGUAGCUUGGCAAUGGAACCAAUGAGCUAGAGAAAUUGUGGGAUUUCCCUGGCUAGAGGUCUUCAAGCAGAGGCUGGACAGUCAUCUGUUAGGAAUACUCUAGGUCAGGAUUAACUAUAUUGGGAAGAGCAUUGAACUAGAUUGUCUCCAAGGUCCUCUUCAGUUUAUUGGGCUUGGAGAAUUCUCUGUUUAAGGGCUGCCUUAGAUCAUACUGAACUUCCAUUCAUAUGGGUUUCUCUACCCCUUGUAGAGUAUAUCUCUAUAUUAUAUUUGGACUCCUUUAUUGUUGUGCUGGUGAUUGCGUAUGAAUGUAUCCAAGACUGGUAGUCUUCCUGCACUGUUGCUGCCACUGAUGGGAGAGAGCGGAAUGAAGGAGAGGAAAUCUUUCUCCAUUCCCCCUCUCCCUCUGCCAGCAAGGUUGCGGGGGCGGGGGGGGGGCAGGAAUGGGACAAGCUCUAAAGUGAUGCAGGGUUGGGGUUGAGUCAACUUUUAAGGGCAUGAGAGGAGGGGGAUUGGAAAAGCUAUGGGGGAAGGUGGGCUGAGCAAAGUGUGAGAAGAAGACGUUUUUUGGGACAUGCUCUGAGGGAAUGGGGGGAAGGAUAUUGUGGGAAUGAGCUGUGAAAGGGAGCUGCGAAGGGAAUGUUUUUGUAGGGCAAGGUGUAAAGGGAGGAGUUGAGAUGUUAAGUGAGGGAGGAUUGGAUGAGGUGUAGUGGGAGCAGGGUUGGCCAGCAGUGUUAGAAACUGUGAUAGAAAAGCUAGGAACCAAAUGGCUUCUGGGACCUGAGUUGUGGGUGCCAAAACAGAAUGUCUAGUUGCCACUGGGGGGACAGCAACACUUUAUGUUUAUUAUUGUGAUAAGCGUGAAUUGAUAAGCAAUUCAUAUAAGUGACACAUUGUUAAUAUCACAUUUUUAGUCGAAAUUGUUAAUACAUGUUUAAUUUGGUGCUGACAAUAAAAAAUUGGUACCAUACUCCAGUUUUCCAAGUGCUCUACUCUUUUUUUGUUAAACUCCUUAACAUAUUGUCUAUCCUUAACGUAUACUUUGAGGCUUCAAAGCACAUACAUGUCAGUAAUCCUUGAGCAUCAGCCAGGCGCAAAAAAAUGGCACCCAGUCUUUUGCGGGUGCUCACAAAUGGAGAAUCUUUAGGCGCAAAAUGCUCCUGGCACCCUGCUAAUUUCAAACCCUCUUGGCCAGAUGUAAAUGUAGGGGGCUGGCAAUAAGGGUGUGUGGGCUGGCAGGGCUGGUGAGCAGUGUGAGGAGGAGUGGCAAGCCCAAGUACACCAAUAUGCACAAUUCAGAAGGAAUUGUUACAUUUUUAAGAUGUUGGGGAAAAAAUACCACCAAUAUACUGAAUGUUGCACAAGCUAAAGUAUUUUUAUAGCAUUUACAUACACAGAAAUUCUGGAAAUUUUUGAGGCACUGUAGAUAAGCUAAUUCAUUAUUUCUUUGGGUUUAUUUCCAUAAUCUCUGCCACUUAGGGAAUUGUUAAAUAGACAUUUUAUGUUGUUGUCUGAAUUAGAUUUAUAUCUCACCAGUGUUGCUGCUUAAUAUCCAGAAAAGCUAUACUUCUUUGAUCAUUCUUGAAUAACAAUUAUAGACCACAGCUUAAAAUGUUAAGGUCCAAUAAUUUAACAUUUCUGAUAUUUAAAAACACCAUGUUUAUAGACUUUCUCAGAAUUUGCAGCCCAGACGAACAUCAGUCAGGGAUACAGUAUUCAGUUUUAUAUUUUUAAACCAGGUUUAAGUCCAUAGAAAUAAAGUUGGCAUUUAGUUAAGAUCGUAAGAAGAGCUUUCUGGAUCAGGGCAGUAGGCCUUCUAGUCCUACUAAUGAGCCCUACUCUCACAGUGGCCAACCAGAUGUCUGUGAGAAUCUUGCAAGCAAGACCGAAGCGCAAGACCCACCCACCCUGCAUGGUUUCCAGAAACUGGAAUUCAGAAACAUAUAAGCUCCAAAACUUACUGCCAAGAAAUUAAACAGCAUGUGUGUAGAUAUGUUGUUACAGAUUAUCAAAUAUGAGGAACAGCAGGAAUUACAAAAUUUUAAUAAUUUAAGCAGAAGAAAAUGUUGAUUCAGUCAUUUAAAUAACUUCCUCUGUUAUAAGAGAUGUUGUACCUGUGGAAGAAGCUUGUGUGAGAGAGAGGUGGGCAGGAGAGAUGUAUUUUUAAGAAGCAAAUGCUAAUUUGGCUAACUUCAAGUAUGAAUAUUUUAGUUUAACUUCUGAACUCUAUUGUCAGGUGUCGGCAACAGCAGUGAAGGUGGAAGAGGCAAAGCUGGAGCUAAGCUCUUCCAGGAUUUCCAGAUGUUAAGCAGAAUUUGGACUCAUCCUUGGUGCUUGCAGCUGGAUUAUAUUAGCAAAGAAAAUAAGGUAAAUCACAUCUGUCUGUCUCUAAUGAAAGUUUCAGUGAGACAUGCCAAGUCCUAGACAGUUUCACUGAAAUAAUUGAAAUUUAUUUUCGGUAUGACAGCUAGUUAUUUUUUUAAUAUAUUUUAGUUGUAACUGUUAACCACUUUUCCUAUGUGUUUUGUCAUUACUAAAAUAGUCCCUUACUCACCCUGGCAUUGUUCAGAUGAGUGAACAGAUGUUCUAAACGCUUAAGCAAGGACAGCUAAACUUCUCUUCUAAAAAUAUGCAAUUUGGUGUUUUGCUCAGGGCUAUUUUGAUGAAGAUAGUCUUGAUGAAUUCAUAGCUUCUGAUUCUGAUGAAACAUCAGUGAGCUUAAGCUCUGAGGAAGAGAUCAAGUAAGUUGAAUUGUUCCACAUAAACUGUAAAUGUAUUUACUCUGAGUUGGUGAAAUUUGUGUUUGUUGUAGAAUUACAUUUUUUAACAACAACAUACAACCCCCCCCCAAAAAAAAACCCACCCUAACUUUGCAAGUUUUUUUUUAUAAUAAUGAGCAUCAAAUGUUAUGCUUAUAGGAAGAAAAAAUCGAAGGGUAAAAAAAAGGAGAGUAGCAGCAGUGAAAGUGGAAGUGAUAAUGAUGUUGAAGUGAUUAAAGUCUGGAAUUCAAGAUCUCGUGGAGGUGGAGAAGGAAACAUAGAAGAACCAAUAAACAAUCCUCCAGCCAUUGCAAAGUCAGAUGAAGGUAAUGAGGGAUUUCAGCUAAAUUUCAAAAUUUAGACACCAUUGCAGAGGAAAUUCACCAUACAGGACUGGAGUAGAAAUGAUAAUGUUGGGUGUCCUACUCUGAAGCUCACUCAAAAUAUCAGCUUAUUAUACAGUGGUAUCUCUGGUUAUGUACUUAAUUCAUUCCGGAGGUCCGUUCUUAACCUGAAACAGUUCUUAACCUGAGGUACCACUUUAGCUAAUGGGGCCUCCCGCUGCUGCUGUGCUGCCGGCACACGAUUUCUGUUCUCAUCCUGAAGUAAAGUUCUUAACCUGAGGUACUACUUCUGGGUUAGUGGAGCCUGUAACCUGAAGUGUUUAAAAAAUGUUUUAAACAAAGUAAAUCAGUCAAUCAAAAAGUACUUAUACUUUUCUGGGUAAAGCCCUCCCUCAGUAAAAAAUAUUAUUAGUUUGAUGUAAGUUAUGCUUCCAAGUAAUUUACAUCACUUGAAACACUUGCAGUGCAGGCCCAUAAUGAUCUUCCUUUCAUCCAUACACCUGUGAUUCAUCCUGCUUUUUAAACACUGCCUUUCAGCUCUCAGAAGAGCCCACAAAGCUUAGAUUAAAUCAACACAAUCAAAAUAAAUUGUAAAUCAUACAAAAUCAGAGAGGAUUAAAACAAGCCAGUAGUCGCAUAAAGGUAGUAGUUUCUGUUUCUGGGGGUGAAUGGUUUUUGAAAGGCAGCUUAUGAAUCUGUUAAAGUAAAAUAAACCAAAGGUGGAAGAGAUAUGUUUUUACUACCUUCCUGAAAGCAAUUAAUGGGGAAAUCAUUCUGAUUUCUCUUGGGAGGUUUUGGUGCGAUGACUGAAAACAUUGCACCCCAUAUUCUCAGUGGCAAAACACAUAGCAAAGCUUCUAAGGGUGAAUGCAGUUUGUAGACUUGUUCAUGCAGGAACAAAAGGUCCUUCAAAUAUCUGGGUUCCAUCCAUCUAAGAAUUUUAUUGGUAUUAAGUAGCAUUUUGAAUUGGGCCUGGAAAUAAACUGGAAACCAGUAAAAAUUAAACAGGAAUGUAGUGUCAUAAGGUCCAAAAAGCUGACACCAGAGAUUAGUUGGGCUGUAACUUUUGAAUAUUUUUAAAAGGCAACCUGAAGUAGAAUGUGUUAAAACGGCAUUAAAGCAAUUUUUUAAACUUCCAAAAGGACUGCUUGAGAGAGGAUUGCAGAACUGUCCCUUGCAGCUCCUCUCCCAGCUGAACUAACAUUUGAUAAUUGCAGGUUCUCUAAGGAGAAAAAUGUCUAAAGGUGACAGAUUGUAUGGGAAGGGCUGGUGGGUAGGGUAAAGUUGCAUACAUCCCCCCUCCUUUGCACCCCUUUCCUCAUUAGAGAUACUAUUUAGUAUGUGCUUGGGACAGAGAUAUGUUUAAUUUUUCAGAUCAGCCAGAAUCCCUUCUAGUUUGGCUUUGAGACUGGAAGUGCAUUAAAAUUGAAGAUGUAAUCAAAGCAUCCAAAUGACAAAAAGCAGUCUGUAGCAGGUACCAAUGAUUGCAGGUACCAGGGAGCCAAGCAGAUUAUGAGGAUAGAUAGGGACAGUUCAGUGAAAAGCAAGUCUGGGAAGGUAUUUUGGGGGGGGGGCGUUAUGGCCCAUGUAUAUGCUUUUAGGAUGCUUUUGUGAUCAAGGACUGCAAUCUAAGGCCUACUUUCUAGGAAGUGCAUUCUGUUGAACUCAGUCUGCCAGUCAGGCUGGAGAGAUGUAUUAGGUUGGGAGCAUUACAAACAAUUCUGUCUUAAAAGUAGCUGGAAGGUCUAGAGCUCUCACUUAUAUGAACUCUGUUUCCUCUCCCCACACUAUCCAGGGCCUUAAGAUGUUACUUGAUUGCUGUAUUCCAUAUGCCCUUUGCAUUCCAUACAAGGGAGGUAUGGAGCAUAGCAACAUGAGAACUGGCCUUUUCAGUGGUGACUCUUUACAUGUGGAAUGCUUUCCCCAAGGGUGCCAUCCUUAUUGGUUUUCAGACAUCAGGCAAAAAAAAAUUCACCCAGGCUUCUUACCUUUAAUUUGGAGAGCAUUAGGUAUAUUUGUGCCUUAUUUCUUGAUCAUCUUAUUGUGUAUAUCUUAUUUUUAGCAAGUCAGUGUUUUGGACUACCAAUAAGAUAAUACAAGGAAAGAAUUCUGUGGAAGAGCAUGCUGCAAUUAGUAACCAUAUCAAAGUUUUCAAGACUCCCCCCCCCCCCCCAAAAAAAAAUUAACAAUAAGUAACACACGACUGAAGUAAAAUUAAAGCCACAAAAUUAAAGCCACAUAUUUAUAGUACUGCCUAAAGAAUGUAGGUAACAUAAAUAAAGUCAACCCUGGAAUCUUGUAUCAAUCUUAUAAAUUUGUAGAUGUAUUUGUGUAUGUGUUGGAAGUCAUCACAGUGAAAGGAAUGCAGAUAGCUAAUGGACCUCCAGUAUUUUCCAAUUUUAAUUCAAUUCAGAUCUAAAGUUUUGCAUCAAAAUAGUUCCACAGUCCAAAAGGCAUCACAGCUAACUCUGAGUGCAACAGUUAAACCUUUCCCUCACUAAAUUUUAAAUAGCAGACCUCCUCCCAAGCUAGGAAAUAGCUGGUAAGGAAACAGCUAGCUACUUUAAAUGAAUUCAGAUCUCCAGGGUCUGACGGGCUGACCCAAUGGUACUAAAGGAGUUUGUAGAUUAACUCUUGUAGAGCUUGUAGAGCCUGUCUAUUUAUGGCCAGACUGCAGACUGGGGAUGAGCAAAUGUCCUAAAAGGGGAAGAAAGGACCCAAGUUUCUAUUGAUGAGCUUGAAGUUGAAACCAGAAAAGGUUAUAGAACAGAUGAUUAAAUGCUCACUCUGUGAGCACUUAGAAAAGGAUGCUGUGGUUACUAAGACCCAGCAUGUGUUUCUCAAAAAACAAGUCAUGAGUCAACAGUAUGAUGCAACAUCCAGUUUGCAGACAACAUCAAACUGUGAGGGGCACAGAAGACAGAUUUGGGAUUCAAUAUGAUCUUAACAGAUUGGAGACUAGGUCCAAAUGAACAAAAUAAUUUUCAACAGGGGCAGAUGUAAGGUUCUAUACUUAGGUAGGAAAAACCAGCUUUAAAAUUAUAAAAUGGGGGACAUUUGGCUUGCCAGUAAUGGCAUGUGGAAAUGUUCUACGGGUCUCAGUAGGUAACGAGCUGAACAUGAGUCAGUGUGAUGCAGCAGCAAAAAAAGCUAAUGCUGUUUUGGCUGCAUCAACAGAAGUACAGCAUCCAGAUCAAGGGAAGAAAUAGUACUAUUCUCUUCUGCCUCGGUCAGACUACACCUGGGGCACUGUGUCCAAUUCUGGACACCACAAUUUUAAAAGGCUAGAAUGUAUGCUGAGGAGUGGGAGACCAAGAUGAUCAAGGGUCUGGAAACCAAGCCUUAAGAGAAACAGUUGAGGAAGUUGGGUAUGUUUCACCUGGAAAAGAAGAGGCUAAGAGGAGAUAUGAUAGCUAUCUUCAAACAUCUAAAGGGCUGUCACAUGGAAGAUGGACCAAGCUUGUUUUCUCCUGCUGUAGAGGGUAGGACCCAAAGCAAUGCUUCAAGUUGCAAGAAAGGAGAUUCCGACUAAACCAUCAGGAAGAACUUUGUGAGAGUAAGAGCUUUUAGACAGUGGAAUGGACUCCCUUGUCUCCCUCAAUGGAGGUUUUUAAGCAGAGGUUGGAUGGCCAUCUAUCUUGAAUGCUUUAGUUGAGAUUCCUGCAUUGUGGGGGUUUGACUAGAUGACCCUCAGGACCCUUCCAAUUCUACAAUUCUGUGAUUCUAUGAAUUUGGCAUAGGGAUAUCUUAGCCUUUGAGUUCCUUAAAAAGAGCCUUCUGGGGGUUUAGGAUGGGUAGUGCACCACCCCCACUUAGUGAGAAGCCUCCACUGAUAUACAGAAAUCAGAACAGAAAAUCAUGUCAUUCUUGGAGCUAACAUCAGUUGUGAACAGUGGGAGAGUGGUGGAAAAAGUGUGGUGGAGAGAAGUGUGCAAGCCCCCCCCCCCCCGGCCAGCACAAGCUGGCAGGGCUCGGGGAAUAUUGCCUUCUCCUGAAGAGUUUUAAGCCCUUGCUGUAAUUUGAGUUUCAAAUGUUGUAAAUGGUUCAUGUUUCAGAGGAAAUGACAGCUGUGUAAGCUAUCCAGAUAUUGUGUUAACUAUAUUAGAAAACAUAGUUGGUAAGCAAUUUUGAGUUAAAACCAACACUGAAGACGCUUCCCUUUUGCUUUUUUGAAAUGCAUUUCUUGCAGUCAAGGCUGAAAAAGUAUUGCUUACUGAUUUAUGCCUUAUGGAAAAUAUGUCAAUAAAGCAGACAUAAAUACAUGAUGCAAAACAUACAGCAUUACUGCUACAGGCAUUUAAAACAGGAUAAAAGCAGCAUAAAAUCUACCACAGUAGAAAAAAAACAAACCCUGAAAAAUGUCUUAAGAUACAUAUAUUAAGGUGUUUAUUUGUUUUUGUAUUUUCCCGUAGGUAAAACUGCUUCCAACCCAGGCAGCCCAGCUCCAGAUUGGUACAAGGAUUUUGUCACUGAUGCGGAUGCUGAAGUGUUGGAGCAUUCUGGAAAGAUGGUGCUUCUUUUUGAAAUUCUUCGCAUGGCUGAGGAGCUCGGGGAUAAAGUGUAAGAGUCAUUCUGGAAAGAUUCCAAAGCAUUUGUGCUUUAAGCAGACUUGGCUUUUUAGAAUUGGCAGAUUUAGAUUAACAUUCUGCUUUAUAUCCAUAAAGUAUGUCAAUGAUACUGAGAGUGGUGAGGCAAAUUGGUGUGCUAGUUAAAUUGAAAACUAGUAACUGUUCCUCUUUUUCUCAACUUUCAGCUUAGUGUUCAGCCAGUCUCUGAUAUCACUGGAUUUGAUAGAAGAUUUUCUGGAGUUGGCAAACCGGGACAAAGAAGAAGACAAACCUAUUAUAUAUAAAGGCAAGUGUAGAAAUGCAAGAUUUACAGAACUAGAAGAAUUGUGAGACAAGUCAUUUUUUAACUACAGUGGUACCUCAGUUUACAGUUGUACCUCGGUUUACGAACUUAAUCCCUUCCAGAAGUCCAUUCUUAAACUGAAUCUAUUCUUAUACUGAGGCGCGCUUUCCCUAAUGAGGCCUCCUGCCGCCGCCGCCGCCUUUCUACCAUCCAGCUUCCAUUUUUAGACCGAGGUAAACUUCACAAACUAGGACACUACUUCCGGUUUUGUGGAGUUUGUAAAUGGAAUAGUUCGAAAACAGGGCUGUUCUUAAACCGAGGUACCACUGUACUGUUUAAUUUUUGGGUUUUAAACAAAAAACUCUGGUACUUGGAGACUUAAGGAAGUUCAACAGGAGAAAGGUUUUGAUUUUACAGAACAAAAUUGGUAAAACAAAAGAUGUAUUAGGAGAUAGGAUUCUUUCAAGAAACUGUGUGUGUUAUAGGCUUCUAAACAAGGUGGUAAACACACAGCUUCUUUUGCUUUCAGCUUAUUAAGAUAACUGUUUGAGUGUUAUAGCUUAGGUCUUAAUACUUGGGCUCCAAGGUGGUACUUUCUGUCACUUUCCCAGUCUUCUAUAAAUCACAACCCAGAGGCUCCUCUAGCAUUAUAACAGAUCAAGGGAUCACCAUACCUCUCCUAACUGGUUUGGGAUUCUUCUCUUUCUCUAAACGUUCUCUUCCCUUCUUACUGUAUUGAGAUAUAGAGUGUUCUGUAACAACUCUUCUUUUCCUGUCCCCAAUUGAGCUUCCCAGUUAUUCUUCUUUGGCUGCAGAUAUUUUCCUCAGAGUGGAUGUUCAGGAGGUAUACUCCUAUCAAGCUGAAUGCCAAGAACGGCAUCUCUCGCCUCGAACUGCUUUUCUUUUCCCAAAGUGCUAGCUCAACCCCUCUGUGGCUAGCUGUACCCACAGCCAAUCAGAGAGAGGCUCCAGCUAAGCGCCAUGGUGAAAUUCUGCUGCACUGCACAACUAAACUCUGGUCUAGCUAAGCUUUCCAUCACAACUUUGUUUGUUUGAAGCAUGCAUAUCAUGCAAGCAGCUCGCAUUUGAAUUUGUAAACCAUAUCAUUAUUUACUAAGUUCAUUCAUAAUAAAUGUUUUCCUAAUCCUGCUUAUCUUCCAGUAGGUUUCAUCUGACUCCUAUUCUCCAAAAUAGGGUCAGUCAAAUUUGAACAGUUUGCCUUUCUAUCCCCUCCAUAAAUGUGAAUUCCUUAGAUUGUGAAAAUAUAUCUUACUGGACUUUGUAAACACAUCUUCCAGGGAUACAGUGUGGGCAAAAGAUUUGGAUUAUGCUGCUCAGCAGGGAAGCUAAAGAGGAAGAACUAUGGGGGUCGGUAAGCAUAAGACUUGCCCCUAUGUCUUAUUCAAUUGAUAUAUAAUAAUUUGUUUUUUUUAAUUCCUAGGUGAAGGGAAAUGGUUCAGAAAUAUAGAUUAUUAUCGUUUAGAUGGCUCUACAACAGCACAAUCAAGAAAGAAGUGGGCUGAAGAAUUUAAUGAUGUAACGAAUGUCAGGUAAAAGAAACCCACACCCUUUUCUGCUUGUAAAUUUAUAUAAGUGAUAAAAGAAUAUCUUUUUCAACCAUUGUAAUCUAGGAAAUGAGCCCUGUGAAGCAGUCAUUAGUGCUGGGGCACCCUGUUCCCCCAAGCUAGUUUAUAAAUGCCACAGACUGCAGUCCUAUACUCACUUGCCCAGGAAAAAGCCUGUGUUGCAUUGUCAGGAAAUAAAAACAGUGGGAAUUAACUUAUAUGUAAGUAGGUUUAAUAUUGAAUCUUUAACCGCAGCAAGUCAUACUUGCUUUAUUUAUUUCAUAAAAUUUAUAUAGCGCUUGAUUUUUUUAAAAAACGCAACUCUCAAAGUGCUUUACAAAAAGAACAAUUUACCUGUAAAAAAAUUAUAACCUUCAAACAGUAAUUAAAAUCGACAAUAAGCAAAAAACUAGAUUAAAGCACAUUUUAAAAACAGUUAAUUUCAAUAAAAUAUUUUGAAGAGUUAAUACAUAUUCUGACUUUGGCAAGAAUCUCCUUUGGCACCAGACCACGCAGAAGGCGGGAGAGCAGGAAGACCCAGUUGGGCUAGGCCAUCCUACUACACCCAGAGUCCAUGUGACUGUUCUGAGCCAGCCUGUCAUUGGCUAGUGGUGCGCGGUUGGUUUGGAGUAGACCUAAGACAUAAUUCCCUGCCUACCCCUCUUAUUAACUCCUGGGUCUUUUAUUGGGGAUCCAUCCUAGGCAUUGUUCAGUGCCUUUUGACUUCCUCUCCCUCCUUUGGGGGCCUUGGGGUAAGGGCCAGUUCAAUUUGGGGGCUGAUAUUCCUGCCACACACUCUAGUUGACAACAGUGGGUGGAGCAGCAUACACUGUCUACUUUCUUAGUAACUGUCCUUCCCCAAUAGCCAUCUUAGCAACAGCAGCAGUCCAGCACUCUGAGACUUGGGGUUGCUGUUCCUGCUGUUCCAUCUGCCAUCAAUAAUGUUGUGGCCUAUUUUAACCCACUCAGUUCCUGUCCCUGUUUUUCUGGCCUUGCUUUGGUCCCUGCUGCUGGCAUAAUUAGUUACUUCCUCUCUUAAUGAGAAGAAAUGCAUUUGAUGUUUGGAUUUCAUUUAAGAAAGGGCUUCUGUCACUACGUUAAAGGCUUCCUGUUGAGUUAGUUGAUUAUAGGUUUGUGCUGACACAUGUCCCGCCCUUUGAUGUGACAAACUUGCUGUUCACAACACAUGUGUGGAUUUAGACAAUUUUUGACCAUAGUAAGGUAAAUCUCUCUAGUAUUCCUCUGCAUGUGAGUGCUGAACUAAAAAAUAAAUAAAUCCUUAUGUAAUCCUUAUUGUAACUUGCAGUUUCGCAGGGAGACUGGGAGCGUUCAACCCCCAUGCUUUGUUCAGUUUUGAUCAGGCUUACCUAUGCGGCACUAACACCACCCCCAAUGUUUGUUUCUUAUUGCAUUUGUUAGGUGUUUUAUACAAAAAAGAAUUGCCUUAAAGUGACAUAACAUCAAAAUAAAAUACAGAUAAAAGAAAAGGGAAAAACCCAGAUAAACGAGUUUAGUAUCGUGUGCACGUAGUCUGUUUCACUAAAUAUAGUUUUCCAAGAUUUCAAGUGUUCCACUCAAACUUUUUGAUGUAUAUUUAUAACUGUCUUCCACAGAAUGUAGAUUGCUUCAGCAGUAUAACCAACAAUCACCCCAGCCUGUUAAAAUUUUGUUUUGCUUUUUAGUUUGACAAACUGUUCAGAUACCUUGGGACAUGGCUUGGUGAUUCGGAGCUCCUUAUGGGCACAUCUGCUCCGUCCUGCUCUCCUGGUUUACUAUGACAUCAAAGUGGCAUUUACUACAGUAACUGCCAAGUGUUGUUUUCACAUAAGCAACAAAUUUAAAUUAUGGGCCAAUGUGAAAUAAGGUACAAGGUUGUGUAUGGGCGUGAGAAUUUCCCAGUAGAUGAAAAAUACUACACACUAUAAAUAUUGCAAAAAUAAAACACAAUAAUAUCACAUUUUUAAACAACCACCAUCUUGUUUUGUCACUCAAACUAAUGAAUAUUCCUUUGAUUUGGGGAGGGGAGGGAAGUAUCUGUUUAAAUUAAUUAGGAAUGAUUGUGAGAGGAAUUAAAAUUUACUUUCCUUUUUGCAGAGGCCGUUUGUUUAUUAUCUCUACUAAAGCAGGAUCCCUUGGAAUAAACCUGGUGGCUGCAAAUAGAGUAAUUAUUUUUGAUGCUUCUUGGAAUCCAUCAUAUGAUAUCCAGAGUAUUUUCAGGGUUUAUCGCUUUGGGCAAAAUAAACCAGUGUUUGUGUACCGCUUCUUGGCUCAGGUAGGUUUGAAUUAAAUGCUUUCCAUGUGAUGUGUGUAUGGUUCUAGAUAAGUUCAACAAUAUCUUCUAGAAAAUAGUGUGGCAUGACUAGAUUCACCCUUGUUUUUUGUCUUCUCAUAUUUGUUAGCUUCAGUGUAGUUUUAGACUUAAGAAAUUGAAGCAAGUUUCCAGAAGAAAACAUGAAGCUCUAAAAAUCAACCAUACCCACCAUGUACAGUGGUACCUCAGUUUAAGAACAGCCCUGUUUAUGAACUAUUCGGUUUACAAACUCCACAAAACCGGAAAUAGUGUCUUGGUUUGAAAACUUUACCUCGGUCUAAGAACGGAAUCCAAAAGGUGGAAGGGAACUGGCAGCGGGAGGCCUCAUUAGGGAACGCGCCCCUCGGUUUAAGAACGGACAUCCGGAACAGAUUAAGUUGUUAAGCCGAGGUACCACUGUAUAUUCUUUCAAACUGUGUGACUUGACAUUCUCAGAAAUUUUAGCAAACACACAAAAGUUGCCCUUCAGCAACUCAGUGGUGCAGUACCUCUAAAGACAGAGGUUCCAUCCAAUUAUCCAUGCAUUUGUCAUAUUUCCCCCUUUAAAGACAUCUGAACUAGCAGCCGCCACCACAUGUUUCAUUGCAAUGAAUUCUGAAAGGUUUUAAAUUUUUUUUUUAUUUACUUACUUGCCACCUUGCAUUCAAUAAGGUUUGAAAGAGUGGCAUAUUUUUGCAUCAGGUGAGUUAAAGUGUUUUCUUUCAUCUUGAAACUACAGCCAACCAGCUUCAUUGGGUAUCUCGUUCGUCAGCAGUAGGGUGUGUGUGUGUGUGUGUGUUGCAAAACAGUGGCAGAGAGAUUGAGGGAACUCUGGGUUGGUGGUUGGGGUCUCUCAUAUGUGCGUGUGGACAUAAAUUGUAAUGUAUUUUUGUUUUGAAGGGAACAAUGGAAGACAAGAUCUACGAUCGUCAAGUAACUAAACAGUCACUAUCUUUCCGGGUGGUUGAUCAGCAACAGGUUGAACGCCAUUUUACCAUGAAUGAACUCACUGAGCUGUAUACUUUUGAGCCAGACUUGUUGGAUGAUCCUAAUUCAGAAAAGAAGAAAAAAAGGGAUACACCUAUGUUACCAAAAGUAAGUCAAUAUGUACAGUUAGCACCUACAAUACCAAAAUAUUUAGGUAUGUGCCUUUUUGUGGGGGGAGCAGGGAGUAAAUAUGAAUUGUCAUGCAGAAUGAAACCAAGGAUCUUUUUAGCCCUUCUGUCUGUCUUGAGCAGUACAUGCAGGUCCCGAUCCACUUGCUCGCUAUGUGAAAAGAAUUAUGCCUGAUCCUCACUAUAAACUCAGAACACUAGGAGUUUGCUCACUUAAUUAUUUUCUUGCUUGUUUGAUAGUAGGCAGCAGCCAUUUUCAGGCAGAAACCAGGCAGGGAGGGAGGGGGCAAGAUUGGAUGAACCAGAGAGUAGGAGAGAUCGGACAAAUCAGGUCUUCUUUCUACAUUGCAUUUCCUAAGUCCAGGCAUUCCGCUUGCAAAUUUGGCACUGUGAAAUUGAAGUAGGAAAUGGGGGGUGGGUUAGCAUUACAAAAUCUCCACCAGAAUAAAAGGCGUGACCUGCGAAAAAUAAUGAAAUGGAGUCAUCAUUCUGCUGCUAAUCCCUGGACUGCUUUCCACAUAACAGUUUAAUUCGCAGAAGUGGUUUUUGCAAGUCACUCCCAUGACAAGUGCCUAAAAGUGUGAAGGGUUGCGCUCUUGCCUCAUUCAUGGGAUUGCACAGCAUCCAGCUUCUUAGUUUCAUAAUGGCUUAAUAAUGUUCUCAGAUGUGUAUGAGGAUUCAUUUCCUGGAGGAUUUAUUUAGCGGGCUUGGCUUUCUCUGACAAGUUUCCUUUUUUAACACCUGAGUCCUCAGUUGUACAUUAGGAACUCUUACAUACUUCAUUUCAUUCAUUUUGAUUUAUUGCUGCCUGACCAAGAGAGCUACCUAACAAUGUCUCCGUGCCAGUCCAUAUUGUACAUUCCUUGGAACUCUUGUUGGCUUUUAUUGCCUGCUAAUUUUUGAGUCCUGGGAGAUUGCUCCUUGAAUAGAAUGCCCUGACGAAUUCUGACUCACCACUCCCAUAAUAUCUAGUGAUGGUUCACUUUGUUGCACUUAAUACUACAUUACCAAGCAGUCCUAAUGAUUAGAACAUUGCAGCCGCACCUGAAGCUCUGCCAGCAGUUUGUUGUGUUUUUACCUUAUUUUACAAAUUUCCUAUGCUGCUUAACUUCUGGUGAAGCUUCCAGAAUUGCAGGUUAGGGUUCCAAUUUUUUUAAAAAUAAUAAUAAUCAGUGCAUACAUUUUUUCUAUCUAUACAAGAACAAAAAGUUCAGCCUUUUAGAUUCACUAUUUUGGCCCUUAAUUGGUCACUUUGGUAAAAGUAAAUUGAAUAUAAAAGGUCACAACUCCUAGUCCCCACCCCCUUCAGCUCUCCUUAGUUUGUUUCCAUGCUUAGUUCCAUAAGUACUGAUGUUACACCACAGUGUGCGAUAAAGAAACCAGAUAUUGCUGAAUGUGGUAUAGUACUGAACAGUAUAGAUGUUGAUGAAUUGCAAAAAUUCCAAAAAGAGCAAAAAUUGCCAAAGUUCAUUUAUUUGUACCAUGUCUGGAAUGGAAAUCAAUCCAGCAAAUGAGGGGGUAUUUGCGGUUGAUGCUUCACUCUGCAGAUGAUAUGUAAGGUUGUCGGAAUUUUUUUAACAAAACAAUUUGCAUUGUGUUUUCUUUGCUUUGAAAAGAAGGGAGACUUGUUGAGUGCAAUUCACAUCAGAAAACAAUAUUCCUAUCAAUAUUGAAGUGUUUAUUGAUGAGUUCAUUGAAACAAUGUUUCAAGAAUCAUGCAAACGUUAAGAAAUGUUUUACUGGGGCAUGUUGGUGGGUGGUUGUUGAGGGUUUUUUUUAAAGUACUGUUGAGUAGAGAUGUUGAGAAGGCAUAACUUUCCAUUCUAAACGGUAUUUGUUGCCAAAAUGCAUUAUUCAUCUUGUUAUCUGCUGUGGUGAAAUAUUUAACUUACAUAAUUAAUGUUACAUUCUCUGAUAGUAUUGCACCCAACAAGUUUCUCUCACUCAUCAGUUUGAAGAUUGAAUAUUUGGCGGGUUGGUUUCAUUGCCUAACCCUGUGUUAAAUAGAAAGAGAUGUUGCAGUGUGCUUCUUAAGAUUAUGAGCUUGAAAUUAUUGGACAACUUUCAGAUUGGUUCAUGAACUCACUAGUUGAGAAGUAUCUAAAAUGAUAUCUCAACUGAAAAAAUUACUGAAAAAGUAAACAUUUUUAUCCUGUGCUUAAAGGAAAAUUGAAAGAACACAACUUUAAAACUUUCUUGGGAUAUCAUCUUUAUGAAAAAAUUCAAAGUUUUAUUUUGGGAGGAAAUAAGUUGGAAAAUAGAGAUGAUUUUGGGGGGCAACUUUUUAGAAAUUGGCUUUAAAAGAUGGACAUACAUUGUGUCCCAAAGCUGAACUUGUUAGUGAGAUACUUUCGUGGUUCUUACUUUUCUACACAUGUUGUUGCUUUUGCUCAAGCUGUCUUUAUACUGAAACUUAGAAUUUUUUAAUGUACACAUUUGAAAAGCAGCUGGGGAGAUUUUGUAUGAUACUGUAUAAAAGCCAUUUGUAACAUCAAUAUUCUAGCAAAGAUAUUUUACAUUUUUGAAAUAAAUCUUCAUACAAAUUCCUUCAUUAAACAUGCACUUUGAAUUGUGAGAGACCAUCAAUAAAUAGUUUAUAAAGUUUUUACCUUUCAAGCCUUGACCUUUAUUGAAUACAAGUUGCAUUUCAGACAAAGAAAUGCAGAACUACCCAGUUGCGUAUAAUUUAAACCACAUUUUGAUGACUCUGUUGGCAUGGUAUAUAUGGAUUAAAUUGCACUGUAUUCAACAGUAUUGUUACCAUAGGAACGAAGGCAAAUGCAUGUCUGAGAACUCUCCAGCCAUUUUAAGUCCUCUUACGUAGCAUGGAAGAGAGCUCCUUUGUGCUAAUUUAAUUUUUGAAUCUGGCCUUUUUUCAACUUCCAUCUACAUAGUUUUACUACUCUACUUUUUUGUUCUUCCCAGUUACUGAUAUGCUUUGUGAUCAGUUUUAUUCUAUGGAUGUGUUUGGGGCUUUGUGACUUAAAAGUGGAGGUUAUAUCUCACCUGAAGACGAGGUGCCUAUCUGUCCUGUUAGCCCUGUAACACCUCCCCCCUGAAACAGGUUCACAGUUCGGGUGUGCUCCUGGAAUCAGCUUUGAGGCUGGAUGCCCAGGUCUCUGCGGUGGGCAGGAGUACAUUUGCACAGUUAAAAACUGAAUUCCCCGCCUGGGGGGAACCAAAUUGGACUUCAAAAGCUAAAUUUCACCAAAAGCUUGAUUAGGCCAUAGAAAUGAGACUGCUGAGGAAACAAACUUUCCUCCUUCCGCUGCUUUAAUAUCCCCUGAUGAGAAGCAUGCAUCAGGACCCGCCACUUGCCAUUAAAGAAUUUUUAUAUGUGCUUACUGAAUGUUCUGGCAUUUUUUUUUACCAGGAUACAAUUCUAGCUGAACUCCUCCAGAUCUGCAAAGAACAUAUAGUGGGCUAUCAUGAACAUGAUUCCCUCCUGGACCACAAAGAGGAAGAAGAAUUGACUGAAGAGGAGAGGAAGGCGGCUUGGGAUGAAUAUGAAGCUGAAAAGAAGGUAGGAUGCCUUAAGCCAUUUAGAUCAAUUUCGUUCUGUGACUCAGACAAUUGUUCUGCAUCUUCAGUAUGUUUGGGCAAGGUAUACCUCAGAAAACAGGAGCCUUGAGUUUCCAGUAUAGACAGACUUUAGUAGAUGGAUUUGGCCUGUGAUCAAAAAAUGCAUUUGCUAGAGGAAUCCUUGUACAGUUUGGCUGCUAAAUGUGAAGAGCUCUUAUUGUUUUCACUGCCCUACCCCAGUACUACUAAUUUGUUAUUGACUGGAUUGGCAGUGAAGCACUGCUUCAUAUAAACUACACAAGAAGGAAGACACAGUUAAAAUAAAGAUAAGCAAAAAUCAGGAAUUCUUCAUGCCCCAGUUCUGAAUAUAUCAUUUCAGUGCCUUGUUAAGGCUUUUACUAUGAUUUCACACAUUUGGUUUGGGGCUUAAACAAAACUGUACACUGUAUUUCCAGAAAAAUAAGUGUUAUCCAUUGCUAUCUGUAAAAGACCAAACAUCUCCUUGCCCCUCCAAUUACUAGAAAGCCCUCCCAAAAUUUUGGUUUGGUUUAUUGAAAUAAGCAUAUUGUGAUGACUGAUGUCUACUUGUGCUUGGUGAGUCUGCAGAACUGAGGAAGGUAGCAGCCUAUUUCCUAAACUACACUCCUACGUUCUUCAAGGGGAUGGCGCCAGAGCCCAACCUAGUAGUAAUCUUAUAAUUCAAAAGCAUCAAUUCUUCGGCAAUCCGCCUUCUUUAUGGUCCAGCUCUCACUUCCAUACAUCACUACUGGGAAAACCAUAGCUUUAACUAUACGGACCUUUGUUGGCAAGGUGAUGUCUCUGUUUUUUAAGAUGCUGUCUAGGUUUGUCAUUGCUUUUCUCCCAAGAAGCAGGUGUCUUUUAAUUUCGUGACUGCUGUCACCAUCUGCAGUGAUCAUUCAGGUGAGUACCAGUCAUAUAUUCUCAAACCUUCAGCUUUGAAUACUCAGAAGAGCUACCUCUGUUUUUCAGGGCCUGACGAUGCGUUUCAACAUGCCAAUGGGGGCAAACAUGUUCCCCACCAACUUUAAUGCUCAGGCUCCAUAUAUUCCUUUCAAUUUGGCAGCAUUGUCUGCUAUGAGCAACCAGCAGCUUGAGGUAGGUGGGAAAGUUUCAAAUACCAUUAACAUGAUAGUUGCUUCAUGCUGAGGAUGCCUUACAUAGUCAUAUUAUUGCGCCCGACGAUGAACCUAGUUCUUUUGCUUCACAAUGAAAGUGCUGUGUGCAUUGACUUGUAAGAUGCUCGUUUCUAGGCUGUUUUGUGAAAGUUACUCCUUAAUGUAGUUAAAUAAAAACCAGAGGAGCAGAGUUGCCUCUCACAAUUAAAUUGUUUACGUGAGAAACACAGUAGUGUUUGAAAUUAUUUUCCAUUCAGUAGCCCAACAUGUGAUUGGACAUGUAUGUGAUUGGACAUGGUAGUUGUAUCAUAUGGAAGCAUUAUAAAGAAGCUAGGUAGGAAUGGAAUUUCACUAUAUUUGUAGAUAUCUUAAUCUAUGGUUAUUCAGCAACUCUUAAUCAUACUUUUCUUUCAGGACCUCAUUAAUCAAGGCAGAGAAAAAGUUUUGGAAGCUACCAACAAUGUUACUGGAGCAAGAAUUCAACCCCUUGAAGACAUCAUUUCCAGUAUAGUAAGUAAACUCACUGCUGAUAAGAGCCAUUUUUGCUCUGAGGUUGCAUACAUUUCAGAGAACUGCAUUAAAUGCUGAUUAUAGCUUGCAAUAUGUUUCCCCCCCUUCCUUCAGUAAUACUGAGAUUGCAGAUUAAUCAAUUGGCUGCAGUGCUGUGAGGAAGAAAUCUGUUUCAGGCAUUUAAAAAGCCCAGUCCUAUGGUAAUUUACUUAUAAACUAUACUGUAUCUCUGGGGUCAGGAACCUUUUUCAGCCAUGGGCCGGUCUACCGUCCCUCAGACCAUGUGGUUGGCCGGACUGUAUUUUGGGGGGGAAAUGAAUGGAUUCUUAUGCCCCACAAAUAACCCAGAGAUGCAUUUUAAAUAAAAGUACACAUUCUACUCAUAUAAAAACACGCUGAUUCCCGGACCAUCUGUGGGCCGGAUUUAGAAGGCAUUUGGUCCGCAUCCGGCCCACAGGCCUUAGGUUGCCUAACCCUUCUGUAUCUGGGGGAGCUUUCUUUCAGGGAGGCCUAUGUAGGAUGACUCCAUUAAUUUGUUUCUUUAUUGUCUUGGCCAAAUAGAAAAACUCUUCUAAACUGAUUUCUGUUAUAAUAUCGCAUAGUAUUCAGUUAAGAGUUAAAUGGGAUGAAUGACAUCUGAACACAAUACAGCCAUAGUUUAGUUCUAUUUUUUUCUUUGGAGAUGUAAGCACAUACUUCUAAUCCAUCAGUCAAAAUCAGUGGAGCUUUUAAGUGUUUUGGAGUUGCAGGUUGUGGGUUGUACAUGAGGUUAUGUUAAGAUUGUUGCAGACAAUGAUUGUCAACUCUGGCACUUAUUUUAAUGGAUGACAUCUAUAUAUUUUGUGGGGGGGGGGAGGACUUCAUAAAUAAGGUUUGUGCUAAAAUGUUACUAAAUCAGCAUCCUGUCAGCAGCCAAGCAAAAUAUGCCAUUUUCAAUUUGUAAAAGAUUUAGGAUUUAUAUUAUAUUAUGAACUGAAACUGUAUUUGCAUAAUUUUUAUGAAUGCUUCUUUUUAUGAGCAGCUUAAUAAAAUAACAGUCUGUUUACAUUUCUGCAGAAUACCAGAUACUUCUCUAUCUGCAUUUCCAAAUAGUCCUUAUCCCUUUGCAAUUUGUACUCUCUCCCUUCUUCCCUUCCCUCUCCCCAGUCUACCAGCUGUCAUUCAAAGAGGAAAAUUCCACAUAUCUGUUGGGCAUGCUAAGGUCAGAGAGGUACCUAACUUUAGAACCCUAGAUCCUCUUUAGAAUCGUAGCCCUGGUACAUUCAGCAGGCAUAAUCCUUGAGGAAAUGGUAGAUUACCCAGAGAACCAUUACUUCUCCUCCUUUCAGUUUGCCUUCUCCACCUGAUAUCCAAGACCUUUGGGACACCUUGCUCUCACCUGUUCUCACAUGUCUUGUCCAAGGUGGGUGCCCCUGACCUCCAAGUAGCCCUUCUGCAGCUGUUGAACUGGAACAAGCACCACCCCUUCCCUCUCUACAGCAUUACUACCAAACAAGACACUCAGGUAGAGAUGAAGAAUAUGUGGAUAGACAAAACCUGCACAUGAAGGAAAAAUCCCAGUGACCCAUAUUAUGCCUGUCUUCAGCCAGAGCAGUCUGUUGCAGUGUCUCAGCAGAUUUAUUUUAGACCAUUUUUUGAAAACUGAGUUGCUGUAUUCUCAAGGCAAAAACUCUCUGUUGACACAUUUCAGGACAAAUUGAGGCUCUAUAAGAACUACUGCUAAAACCCUCUGUUGUGUUUUCAUUUGCAGUGGAAGGAGAAUCUGACGCUCACAGAGUCCCAGGUCCAGUCUUUAGCUCUAAGCCGACAAGCAACCCAGGAGUUGGAUGUCAAGCGCCGGGAGGCCAUCUAUAAUGAUGUCCUGACAAAGCAGCAGAUGGUAAGACUCACAAACACUUCUUGAUUCAGGUAGACACAUGGAAAAAACAAACAGGGCAGUAAUGUAGAAGCACAUUUGAAAAGGGGAGCUAUUAACUGAUUUAUCCCACCCCAAGUGCUUACAAGACUUUUAUUAGCAUUGUGGAUAUCAAUCUUACACCUCCCUAGGUCUCACUUGCAGGUUAGAGGCAUCCCUGCAGUUGCUUGAGCUGUAAUUUACAUAGUGUGAUGCAGCUUGCCUUUCUUGCUCCUAAUCUGCACCAGCUCUUUUUUAGCAGCUUAGAUUUAGCUUGGUGAGAGCUGGGUGUUUAUCACCUUGCCAAGAAAUCCUGCUGCAGAAAAAAAGAUGUCAUGCACAGGUACAGUUCAAGUGAGUUUUAACCAUAUGUUGUACUGAAAAGGUUAUUUUUUUUUUAAGUUUUAAAUAAAACAGGAACUUUAUAUGGCUCAAGAAUGAGAGCUAGUUAUAACAACAGAAUUGAAAAUCUAAUGAUACUGGGUCUUCAAAUUAGCCCCACCUGUAUCACCGCUAAUCCCAAUUGCAUUGCAUCCUUCCGUGUACUCACCUACAAAAACAAACCCAAGUUGAUGUGAAAAAAAGAAAAAGGCCUAUAUACUUUGGCUAAUCUCUAUAAAAAGGAUAACUCUAAUAGAGUAGACCAAAUUAUGGAAAAAAUGAGAGGGUACAAUGUGAAUUAGCUAUUCAUACAUCAGGUUAUAUACAUUUUAUUUCAAACCAAGCAAUUAAAUCCCAAGCACUCACAUCAUGGCAUCUUCUGAAAAAAUAUUUCUAAAUACAACUCAGCAUUCCCAAAAAAAUUCUGCUGACACUACAUAAAAUACUCAGUGUUCUGGCCACUGAGUGAUGCUCAGCUACUAAACAACUUUGGGAAACUGACCUAGACACUAAAAUUGAAGAAGCUGACUGGAACAAUCUGCGGGCAAAAAACCCUUUUUAAAUCAGUAUCAACCCACAUAAGCUAAUUUAUAGAUGGCAUGUAUCACUGCUUAGUGUUUUGGGGGGGGGGGGACUUGCUUUCAUCCUCCAUCCUGAGAGCCAGUGUGGUGUAGUGGUUAAGAGCGGUAGUCACGUAAUCUGGGGAACCGGGUUCGCGUCUCCGCUCCUCCACAUGCAGCUGCUGGGUGACCUUGGGUGACCUUGGGCCAGUCACGCUUCUCUGAAGUCUCUCAGCCCCACUCACCUCACAGAGUGUUUGUUGUGGGGGAGGAAGGGAAAGGAGAAUGUUAGCCGCUUUGAGACUCCUGAAGGGGAGUGAAAGGCGGGAUAUCAAAUCCAAACUCUUCUUCUUCUUCUUCUUCAUCCACCCUCCCACCUGUAAUAUGAAGAUAGUUUUGCUGCCCUCCCUUAACAAGGCUGUUGUAAGAAUUUCAGAGAUAGUCAUACCUCAUGUUACGUUUGCUUCAGGUUGCGUGUUUUCAGGUUGUGUCCCACGGCGACCCGGAAAUAACGGAACAGGUUACUUCCGGGUUUUGCCACAUGCGCAGAUGCGCAAAAUAACAUCACAUGCAUGUGCAGAAGCGGUGAAUCGUGACUUGCCGACGCGCAGACAUGGGUUGCGUUCUUUUCAGGUUGUGAACAGGCCUCCUGUUUGUUGAGCCCUUGGGGUAGGGGGUGGAGGAUAUUGUGUUUUUUCUUCUUUUUUAUGUAUUUUGUGUUUUUUCUUGCAUUUUUAUGCUUUGAACCAGCCUGAGAUCUAGUGAAGAAGGGUGGAAUAAUAAUAAUAAUAAUAAUAAUAAUAAUAAUAAUAAUAAUAAUUCUAUGUAAAUACUACUGCAACAAGGAAAUUUGUUUCAUUCUCUGUAUUUUAUUUUAAAAGCACUAUGCAGACCUUGAUGAUCAGUAUAAAGUCAAUAUAAUUCAUAGCACUUCUGAAAGAAAAAUCAAUUUCUUUAGAAAUAGAUAUAAACAAUCUUGAAUGAGGAGAACUGAAGUAGUCCUUCACCAGACAUUAUUGAUAUUCUUUUCAAGUUCACCUCCUUGCUAACCAAAUACUUUUGGCUGGAAAUCAGUGCUUCUUAACACUAAGGAAUUAACAUGCGUGUUAUGUAAAGUCUUGCAGGGUUUUUCAUGUUAUAUUAUGAAACCUGAAACUUUUUCCGAGGCGUUCUGUCAGACUGGAAGUAUUUUCUCGUGUGGUGUUCGCCACGAAAUACUUGCUUGGUCAUUCACAUAAGAAUUUUCAGGUUGCUGGACCGGGUGGGGUGGGGUGGGGUGGGGUAGAGAGAUGGAAAAUGGUACUAGAGGAGAGAAUGUUGUAACUGAUAUAUGGGAGCAAUUUCACAGAGAGUGCUUGCCCCGAUGGCAACCAAGAUAAAGGUUGCUUGCAACACAAUGGGUGAGUCAUUAGGGGACUAUGGUCCGAAAUGGUAUUGCUAACUGGUGCCUCCAGUCACUAGCUUGAAAAUGCCGCCACAUUAGUGAUGGUGGUAGCGGUGCAACAAGUAUCAAGUUUCAGGUUUAAAUCAAUUUGUCAGGGAUACUGUGGCUGAAGGGAAAGGCAUUAUUGAGACAGGUCAUGCCCUUAUAACAGCUCCACUUUUUCCUCCACAGCUAAUCGGUUGUGUUCAGAGGAUUCUGAUGAGCAGAAGACUCCAUCAGCAGUACAGCCAGCAGCAGCCACAGCAGCUGACCUACCAGCAAGCAGCGCAGCACGUGGCUCAGCAAGCAGCCAUGAGUCAUGCAAUGAUGCCAAAGCCGGGUUUGAUUAUGAAUCCUUCCAACUUCCAACAGAUAGAUAUGAGAGGGAUGUAUCAAUCUGUUGCUGGUGCAAUGCAGCACCCACCCCCCUUGCAGCGGGCUCCUCUUCCAAUGAGCGGCAAAGGCCCAGGACCAUCCCAAGGGAAACCAAUGUGAUUAUUUUGCACUAAAAGUUUUUAAGGAUUGUUAAAAUCACAGAGUGAGAGAGAACUUUUUUAUUUUUUUAGGAAUCAAUGGCUUAACAGAACUCAACUGUUUAAAUAGUUUGAAUGAUUUCCGCCCCCCCAGCUUAAUCGGCACGUUCCAUUGUAAUUAUUCACUUUGUUUUAAUAAGACAUAACACCCCCUCCCCGAUAUUUAGUGGUGUUGCCUAGAAUCUUCUUACAUGUGUUGAGUACAGGAGAUAUCCAGUUGUUUUCAGUGAAAACAGGUCCUUUCCAUAACAUUAGGGGCUGUACAGGUUUCCUGUUUAAACUCCUAUGCUUGCUGUUAAUAGCCAUAAAAACAGCCAUUAAAUGGGAGAAACUUAGUGAAGUAACACAGAUCUGUAUAUUUUGGUUGUCUCACACACAAAUGUGCACAGCUGAGUUCUUGGUUAAAGUUGAUUCCUCAAAUUAUGGAACUUUUUAUAAUCUUUCACAAAAUAGAAAGUGUAAAGACAGAACUGACACGGAAAUUUAUUCUAAUCUUAGAAUUUGUGAUGGGGGAAAAAACCAUAAGAUUUAAAAAUGAUCUUAAAACAGAACUGAGUGCAAUAUUUUUAAAUACUACUGCUUUUAAACUUCCAAGUCAUGCAGGUUUUUUUAGAAACUCUCUGCAGCCUUAAGUUAAAGCCUGAGAAGUUGCUGUUUCCUCUAGCCUUCUGCCACUUUUAUUUCAUGUAUGUGAUGGAAUAAUAUCAAUAAUUUUUUAUCCUUCACCAGUAUACUUCCACCAUGUGCUCGUUCCAAUACAAAGCACAUUUUUUGGACUCCUUUAUACUGGUGCUAGGGUCUCAUCCUGUUGCCGGCAGUAGGAUGGUUGUGGACAGGCUAAGAGAAAUAUACUCCUGGUACUUUGGCGCUCAAAUAUGGUGGCAGUGGUUGGGACUGAGCCUGUCUUCAGUAAGCAGUUUUGAAAUGGCUAGAACAAUUUGCUCUUUAACCACAUGAAGGAAUGUGCUUUCACAGUUUGCAGUACUGUCAGGAGUUGUGAAAUAAUUCCUUGUUUUAUAGAUAAGAAUCUCAUUUUACCCUGUAUUCCUUUCCCACCCUAUUUCCCCCUUUUUAAAAAUAUAAAUAUGAAAGUGGAAGAAACAGCUUGGGUUUUUUUGUUUUUGUUUGUUUGUUUCUGUGCUGGAGGGAGAAGUAAAUUUCCAAAUAAUUAUGCUUCAUUAACAGCUACUUUUACAACAUGAAAGUGGAAUAGUUGUCUGUUUUCUGGGCUUAUGAAGACCCACUAAAUCUUUUUCUCGCAUUAGUCUAGCUGAUGUCUCCAGAAGAAAAUACAGCUAUUGGAACGCAGGCAUAAAAUUAAAUGACAGGUGCAUAUGAGGCAUUGGAGAAGGAGCAAGUAAAGAGUAGGGUUAUUUUGGAGAUUUAUGAACGCUAGGUAGGAUUCACACCACUGAAAAAGCAAGAGUUGCUAAUUUGUAGUCUAAAAUUUCUUAUUUUUUAUCUAUAAUGCGCUUUGAGUCCCUGUCAGAGAAAAAGGCAGGGUAUAAAUAAAUAUAUAAUAAUAAUAAAAGUUUGGUUUUAUGAAUCAUUCUAGAAGAAUGGUUACGUUUUAUUUCUCCUAUCUGAGUGAAUCAGUCAGCACCCAGGCAAUGUUAAUUUUGGGAAAGAUUCAAUUUUGCAGUGAAAAUGCUUUGGUUGGUAAUAGGAACACAGCUUGAUCAUUGCAGCAGAUUUAACCAUAAGUUGCUGUUUUCAGCUCUUUUAACAAUGGGAAGACAUCCUGAGCCCUUGUUCAGCUAGUGGUGUGAUUCAUUUCUUUAAUUUGGUGAGAAGGGAAGUGCUCAAAGAUUGCUAUAUUUGCUUCAGAGGAAGUGAAAAUAGAGAUUCCUUGACAAAUGCUUGAAGGCAAAUGGUAGCUGCCCAGGAUAUUCCUACAUUUUGUAAAAUAGAGCUGGGAAUCUGAGUGGCAUUUUUACAUCAACUCAGGAGACUAAAGUUUUCACCAACUUUUUAAAGACAACACUUUUUCUCAACCUCAGCAACAACAGAAAAAAGGCAACUGGUGUGGAUGAGGAUGUCUUGGAGACAAGAAGCAUUGAACUAAAACUUGGACCACUUUUCAUACAUAUUUCUCACUUGGCAUAUAGCUGCAUAAUAACGUGCUUUUUAGUAUAGCGUCAAGUUUUAACCAACAUUUAAUGACAGAAAUGUCAUCAGUUAUUAAAAAAACUCAUUUUUAUAUUUGUUUUAAAUGUUUACCUAGUUGAAAUAGCUUAUAUAAGAUGAUAAAUUGUUGCUCGUAAUACAGUUUUGCCUGCUAAAUUCUCCACCUUUUGUAACCUGUUUAUUCCUUUGGAUGUAAAGCGUUUUUGCUUAGUAUUGUGAUAUUGUACAUGUUUUUGUCCCAGUUGCAUAGUAAUGUUUCAGUCCCUUGACCAGCUUUGGCUGCUGAAAUCAUACAGCUGUUAAGACUUGGCCUAUGUUUUUAUUUUGUUUUUAAGACAGUUUUUCAGUUGUGUAUUAAAUAUCAUAAGAGUACUGUAGAAAAUAUGUCACUUCUUAUAAGGCUGUUUUGUAAAAUAUAUAUUAAGGACUGGAAACGUGUUUCUAAGGAGAAGCAUUCAAGUAUGGCAAUACGCUAUCUGUGUUUUCACCAUUCGAAGUGCUGUUUGGUAGUUAAAGCUAUUUAAUAUCUGAUUUAAUAAAGUGACCAAAAUGGAUUAA